GCCACGGCAACCUGCCAACGGCAACGCAACAGCCGGGUUGCAGAUGGAGACCUGGAAGCUGUGCAGCUGCGGUUCGCCAGGCGCACAAAACAAAGGCGCUCUCUUUUUCUCCCUCUCCCGGUCCUUAAACUGAGCCAGCAAACGCAGAUCUCCCUUUUUUUGCAUGCUCUGGGAGUUUUGCAAUGGAAGCCUCUUUCCUGGAAGAGGUGGCUGCAUCCUUGGUGAGAGAAUUUCUCAGCAAAAAGGUAAAGGAUAAUAAAAAUAAAGAGCUUGCGAUCUGCCUUGGAGAGCAGUGCAUGCGCGCUUUACGAUGCUUUGGGAAGGGGGAAAAAAUAGCAACGCAUUUUGUUAAGCUUAAAACAUUCCUUCUGCUUUCCCCAGAUUUUGCUAAGAUAAUUAAUGCUUGUGUGUGUGUGUGUGUGUGUGUGUGUGUGUGUGUAUAUAUAUAUAUAUAUAUACAGAUACAUAUAUGAGAAUGACUUUGAUUCAGGCUGCAACAACAAGCUCUCCGCCACCCACCACGAGGACUACAUUUCCCAGAAUGCACUUGGGAUUCCCAUGAACGCGGAAGCAGAAACAUGAGUUUUCCACCCAAUUUGAUAGGAAAAGGCUGUCCAAAUGUUAAAACAGAGCGUAGAUUGUGUCGAACGGAUGUGUACUGGAGAGGAAAAAAAGCACGAGCGAUGAAGCUGUGCUAGUGAUUAUUCUGUUUAAAAAUAAUAUUUUUAUUCUUAAAAAAAGUGGAGGGGAGAAAGGGAUUGAGAGCUCCCCGGUAGGAGGCGCUAUUAAAAGUCAUCUGUUUGGCCGCUUCUAGCAUUUUAUCCAUUAAAAGCUGCAGAGUCGGCGAGAAAGAGACAGAGAAGGAAUUUCCAAUAUUAAAAAUGCAUUUCUGCUUUUUUGACCCAUAUCUAUUUCACACAUCUAAUUCAAGCCUGGAUUAUUUAUCUUAUUUGUUAGUUUCACGGAAUCGUAGAAUUGCCGUGUGGGAAGCGGCUCAUCUAGUCCAACCCUCCGCAUCCUUUGUUUAUGUUUGUUUAUGCAUUUAUUUACAUGCUUGGCCGACACUUCAUAUCAUCAGGGACAGCUUGCAAGCUCAAUAAAAAAAAUAAAUUGCAACUUGUGGCGGGAAAACAAGCAAACAGAACUGAUACAAUGCAAAUGAAAUCAUAUAACUUUUUUAAAUGGUUUUUAAAAACAAACAAACAAAAGUUGCAAUACAGCUUUGUCCCCUGCCAUAAUGUCACAGUUUUAAAGAAAUUGAAACCUGGGGGAAAUGGUUUUGCAAAGCAUGGUUUUGCUGCCUUGCAAAGCAGCUAACCUCACUUCCUCAGGAUCCAGCCCUGGUGAGGAUCGUGACCUGCUAGAGGGGCAUAGGGUUGUAAACACCCGCAACCUCUCUUCCAAACAGGGUGCAUAAAAAUCAAUGAUUUAAAAAAAAUAAUUAAUUAAAAAUGGAUUUUUUAAAAUUUAAAUCGGAUUUUUUCAAAAUUUAAAUCAGAUUUUUAAAAUAAAAUGCUUUUGGAGGAGAAAUCUUUCUAAAGAUAGUUUUCUACUUAAGUUACAUUAUAGUCCAGAGGCUAGUCAUCAGGAAAAAAAGAUUUAAGUUUUUCAUGUGUGCUAAAACUCAGUCUAAGUUUUUUUUUAAAAAAAAUUUAACCACAUCAGUUAACAAACAUGGAUACAUAUGCUAUAAUGUUAUUGCUUUAGUUAAAUAAAUUGUUUAAAUGGUUGUUAAGGAAAUGAUUAUUUUUUCUCCUUCCAAUAAAGUACAGCAGAAAAGUUGCCCAAAUAUAAACAGUUAACUUAUGAAACCUCACAAUGAUUUCAUAAUUAUCUGUCUUUGUAUUUCCAAUAGUAUAACCAAAUCAGUAAUUUUCGAUAUAACUGUAAAAACUACUCUGAAAAUUUAUCAUUCCAAAAAAAGAAACCUUCCUCUGGUUGUAAAUAUUAAGAUUACACAGCAAGAAUGAGUCUUUCUGUAAAACAAAUGAUUUAAAUCAAGAAUUAUUGACUAGUGAUUUAAAUCGAUUUGAUUUAAAUCAAAUCCACCCUGCUUCCAAAACUCAAAAUCUGCCCACAGACCCCAAAAGGUUGGCAACCUUUGCUUUAUGCACAGAAUUGUAUUGCAUGCCCCUAUGUGCUAUGUCAGGGACACGGGUGGCGCUGUGUGUUAAACCACAGAGCCUAGGACUUGCCGAUCAGAAGGUUGGCGGUUCGAAUCCCCACGACGGGGUGAGCUCCUGUUGCUCGGUCCCUGCUCCUGCCAACCUAGCAGUUCGAAAGCACGUUGAAAGUGCAAGUAGAUAAAUAGGUACCGCUCCAGCGGGAAGGUAAACGGUGUUUCCAUGCGCUGCUCUGGUUCGCCAGAAGCAGCUUAGUCAUGCUGGGCACAUGACCCGGAAGCUGUACGCCGGCUCCCUUGGCCAAUAAAGCGAGAUGAGCGCCGCAACCCCAGAGUCGGUCAUGACUGGACCUAACGGUCAGGGGUCCCUUUACCUUUAUGGUAACCUUUGGCAAGGAUAUCUAAAAGGUAAAGGACCCCUGGAUGGUUAAGUCCAGCCAAAGGCAACUAUGAGGUUGUGGAGCUCUUAUUCCUUUCCUGAUGGGUCCGUUCAGGAUUGGCCACGACUCAAUAGGGUCAGAUUCCACAUAGUGAUUUUAUACAGUUCAUAAUGCAAAUAUUCCCUAGCGACGACUGGACCUAAUGGUCAGGGGUCCCUUUACCUUUAUGUGCUAUGCCAACUUCACUGGAUAGUAUUUUUCUGUAGGAACUUUAUCAACAAGUUGUCCUGAACUGUUAAGACAGGAUGGGGAGAGGUCUCUAUCCUGCACAGCGCCACGUCCGUCCUCUCUCUUCCCUCCGCAGUGCUUGAAGAAAACCAUCGUUGUGAUGGACGAAGAGUUGCCCCGAACAGCUCUCAGCAUCAGCAACAGAAACGAACUGCGAAAUGUCUUGCACCUCCAGCCCUUGUGCAAGCAAAACAAGGUGAGAAGAUGAAUCCUCUGUACAAAAUUCCCCGGAUCCUUUGGAAACCUGAGAGCGGGUGGAGAUGAGGCCAGCCGUUCCAUAGAUAAACUACGGAACUCGCUGGACAUGUAAAAAGGUAAAAGUGUAUUGGGAAAUGAUAUAUAAUGAGUUGAAAAAAAAUGUUUAAAACUACUUUUCCAAAAACACACACACCAGAGUCCUUUUUAUCGAGGAUAACCCAGACUGAAAUUCCUAGGUGUCAGGAAAGGUUAUUUAUGUAUGCAACAACUGCAGCCCAUGUUUUGUUAGCCCAUAAAUGGACAGUGAGUGUGAGGUCCCACCUAAAAAGAGUUGGUAACUUAAGUUGACAGAAUACGCAGAACUUGCAGGUUUAAUAUAUAGAAUAAGACAGCAAGAAGAACAUACAUUUAAAGAAGAUUGGAAAGCAUUUACUGAAUAUAUGGAAAAUAACUGUACACAGCUGAAAACGCUGGCAGCAUUAAGAUAAAUUCAACAGAGUAAAUAAUUUUUGAUGGAUGUGAAAGUGGAAAACGGAUUUGGACAGUUAUAGUAAGAUAUGCAGGGAUGUAUAUGAUAUGUAAAAUGAACCACGGGAAGAGAAGAAGGGUAGUGUUAUGUACUGAAGUUCUCACCCUGGGCCAGCAGGGGGAUACUGUAGAUAGUUAUGCAAAUAAGGGAUCGAAAGUGACGUUCAGUGAUUGGAUAGUUUUAGAAAAUUGUUACAGUUACGUUGUACUGGAGCUCUAUAUAAGCAGGCUGGCUGAACCCUUCAGUUCAGUUCUGUUCUGGCCUGUGAAUAAACAAGAGCUAUUUGAAGAAUCGCUGUGUUGUCUGAUAUGCUCACCCACAACUUAACAGGUAGCUCCUGCAGCCAGUGGGAAGCUGCGCACGCCUCCUCCGUGCCGGAAGGAGCGCCGGAAAUAGUGUUUGCACAUGCGUGAACCGGCCCAAGCCACAAAAACUUUGACGACUCCUGGUGUAGACAAUAUUGAGCUUGUUGAACCGGUAGUCUGAAGCAGCUUCCACUGUGCACAUAUCUCAGUUAAGGGUUCAAUGAAAGACAGAGGUUUUCUCUAACCAGCUGAGCUCUUCUGUUGCAGGCAAGGGAGAAUCCCUUGAAAACCCUCCUUGAAGUCAUGGCCAGCUAUUUUCUGGAGCGUACGAGCGGCUCCAAGGGGAGCCCGCCAGCCCCACGGAAGAAGCUCAGCCAGCCCAGGUGUACAGAGGACUCUGUCCUGAAGAAUUAUCUCUCUGAUGAAGACGCCCACUUGCAAACUGGGCCUGGAAAAAGCAAAACCAAGACCUACAGGUAUGGAUAAGCACUUUGAUUCUAAAUCCAUUUUCUUGGGCCAAGAAAUGUCGCUACAGAUGAAUCUUCUUGGUGUAACUCAGAAGUGGAGAGCAUUUUUCAUCUCUGCAUUCCCUUUUGGAGAUCCUUCUAGGGACCACAUACCGGUGUUGGGUGGGGCCAGGUUGGCUAGUGGGUGGAGCAAUGGAUGUGACUCUGACCUUUGCACAGGUGAUUCCAGCCACAGGAAGGUCAGGGGUUUCUACACACACAAACCUCUCUCCAUCCUUUGCCCACGCAACUGAGGCUGCAUCACAAUUGCUGACAGGAGUGAGGCCUUGUGUGCAUUUACGUAAUGCCUGGACUCAGAGGUCUGUUCCAGUUGCGGGCUGGCCCAGUAUACCUGAAGGAGCAUCUCUACCCCCAUCGUUCAGCCCGGACACCGAGGUCCGGCUCUGAGGACCUUCUGGCGGUCCCUCGCUGAGAGAAGUGAAGUUACAGGGAACCAGGCAGAGGGCCUUCUUGGUGGGGGCGCCCGCCCUAUGGAAUGCCCUGCCAUCAAAUGUCAAGGAAAUAAACAACUAUCUGACAUUUAGAAGACAUCUGAAGUCAGCCCUGUUUAGGGAAGUUUUUAAUGUUUUCUUAGGUUUUUAAUCUAUUGUUGAAAGCUGCCCAGAGUGGCUGGGGAAACCUAGCCAGAUGGGCGGGGUAUAAAUAAUAAAAUAUUAUUAUUACUACUUCAAUAAGUUAUUGAUAGUAUUUAAAGCCCUUAGGACCUGCGAGAUCGCCUCACCCAAAUGCACCUGCUUGACCACUUCAGUCGAUGCAAUUAACACUCCUACAAGUACCACAUAACUAGGGCUGGGUGGUAUCUAGUUAAUAAUAACUAGUCAUAAUAAUAAUUUUAUUAUUUAUACCCUGCCCAUCUGGCUGGGUUUCCCUAGCCAAUCUGGGCAGCUUAUAUCACUUAUAGGUAAAGGUAAAGGGACCCCUGACCAUUAGGUCCAGUCGUGACUGACUCUGGGGUUGCGGCACUCAUCUCGCUUUAUUGGCCGAGGGAGCUGGCGUACAGCUUCCGGAUCAUGUCGCCAGCAUGACUAAGCUGCUUCUGGCAAACCAGAGCAGCGCACAGAAACACUGUUUACCUUCCCGCCGGAGUGGUACCUAUUUAUCUACUUGCACUUUGAUGUGCUUUCGAACUGCUAGGUUGGCAGGAGCAGGGACCGAGCAACGGGAGCUCACCCUGUCGCGGGGAUUCGAACCGCCGACCUUCUGAUCAGCAAGUCCUAGGCUUUGUGGUUUAACCCACAGCGCCACCCGCGUCCCUUAUAGUACUUACAGAAACAUAAUAAAAGGUCAAACAUUAAGUAAUUCCCCAUAUAGGGCUGUCUUCAGUUGUCUUAUAAAACUUGUGUAGUUUCUUAUUUCCCCGACACCUGAUGGCAGGGUGUUCCACAGAGAGGGUGCCACUACCGAGAAGACCCUCUGCUUGCAUUCCUGUAAUUUCGCUUCUCGCAGGAAGGGAACUGCCAGAAGGCCCUCGGAGCUGGAAUUCGGUGUCCGGGCAGAAUGAUGAGGGUGGAGACGCUCCUUCAGGUAUACUGGGCCGAGGCUCUUUAGGGCUUUAAAGGUCAGCACCAACACUUUGAAUUGUGCUUGGAAACAUGAAGAUACUUUAGGACCAUUGUUAUAUGGUCCUGGCAGCUACCCCCAGUCACCAGUCUAGCUGCCACAUUCUAGAUUAAUUGCAGUUUCCAGGUCACCUUCAAAGGUAGCCCCACACAGAGCGCAUUGCAGUAGUUCAAGUGGGAGAUAACCAGAGCAGGCACAACUCUGGCAAGACAGUCUGCAGGCAGGUAGGGUCUCAGCCUGUGUACCAGAUGGAGCUAGGAGACAGCUGCCCUGGACACAAAAUUGACCUGCGCCUCCAUGGACAGCUGUGAGUCCAAAAUGACUCCCAGGCUACACACCUGGUCCUUCAGGGGCACAGUUACCCCAUUCAGGACCAGGGAGUCCUCCACAUCUGCCCAUCCCGUCCCCCCAAAACCGUACUUAUGUCUUGUCGAGAUUCACAAUGGUUUUCAACAUAUAUCUCCAACUCAACACCGCAAUACAGUGGUACCUCAGGUUAAGUACUUAAUUCAUUCUGGAGGUCCGUUCUUAAUCUGAAACUGUUCUUAACCUGAAGCACCACUUUAGCUAAUGGGGCCUCCUGCUGCCGCCGCGCCGCUGGAGCACGAUUUCUGUUCUCAUCCUGAAGCAAAGUUCUUAACCCGAGGUACUAAUUCUGGGUUAGCGGAGUCUGUAACCUGAAGAGUAUGUAACCUGAGGUAUCACUGUAUACUGUUGUUGCCUUCCUAUUAAUAUAGUGCGGUGCACAGCCCAAUCUCUGAAUAGUAAGAGAACCCAGAGGGCUUGGUUUCCUUGGAAGCAAGGUCACUGGUGGCUCAUAUUAUGGUUUUAUUUAUGCAUCUGUGCCUGAUGAACGGAAGAGAGAAAGCUCACUGAAAUGACAUUCAUGCCUGCUUAAACCAUGAGACACUGUUUCUAAACCAAAGUGUGCUUCUAUUCGACUCCAUAGCUCUCCAGGCAGCUGUUCCCAUACCGUGGUCUGUCCUUUGGCAAUCACUCGUAGCCGAGUAAGAUUGUCUUCCAUAAAUACAGUUUUAACAAUGAGUCUGUAAGUGACCGUGGAGGCCAAUUCUGGAUCCACACGUCCUUCCACAGUGGGGACAUUGGUUUCCGGGCAGGUUAUGAUCACGGUGUGGAUUUGCCAAGCGUGCCUUCCUCUUAGCAUGUUUCUCCCUUGCGUCCUGAGUUUGAGGGUCUUCAAAGCCCAUGACACCUUUGGUAAAGGCUGUUCUCCAACUGGAGUGCUCGCAGGCAAGUGUUUCCCAAUUGUUGGUGUUUAUACUUCUCCUGCGAACCUAGCAGUUCGAAAGCACGUCAAAGUGCAAGUAGAUAAAUAGGUACCGCUCUGGCAGGAAGGUAAACGGCGUUUCUGUGCGCUGUUCUGGUUCUCCAGAAGUGGCUUAGUCAUGCUGGCCACAUGACCCGGAAGCUGUACGCCGGUUCCCUCGGACAAUAAAGCGAGAUGAGCGCCACAACCCCAGAGUCGGCCAUGACUGGACCCAAUGGUCAGGGGUCCCUUUACCUUUUUAUACUACAUUUUUUUAGAUUUGCCUUGAAACAAUCUUUAAACCUCUUUUGUUGACCACCAGCAUUACGCUUUCCAUUUUUAAGUUUGGAAUAGAGUACCGUAUUUUUUGCUCUAUAAGACUCACUUUUUCCCUCCUAAAAAGCAAGGGGAAAUGUGUGUGCGUCUUAAGGAGCGAAUGCAGGCUGCGCAGCUAUCACAGAAGCCAGAACAGCAAGAGGGAUUGCUGCUUUCACUGCACAGUGAUCCCUCUUGCUGUUCUGGCUUCUGAGAUUCAGAAUAUUUUUUCCCUUGUUUUCCUCCUCCAAAAACUAGGUGCGUCUUGUAGUCUGGUGCGUCUUAUAGAGUGAAAAAUAUGGUAGUUGCUUUGGAAGACGAUCAUCAGGCAUCCGCAUAACAUGACCAGUCCAACGAAGUAGAUGUUGAAGAAUCAUUGCGUCAACACUGGUGAUCUUUGCUUCUUCCUGUACGCUGGUCUGUAGAACCAUCAGUGGUCCAUGAACUUCAUUCAGGUGGUCUAAAUGACAGACUUCCUUGCAUCUGUGUCCUUGCAGCUACGAGAUCGAUGGGGAAAUAAUCCCCAAGCGAGACCAACACAAGAAAAGCGAAAAGUGCAAAUCUGGGACGGCAUUCAAGAGCAGCUCACUUUCUGAGGGAGAGAAACCGGCGAGCCAUCACUACGGGGACUUGAGGACACCUGAGCUUUCUUUGAAUGCCAUGAGGGAGCAACCCCAAGCCAGGAGCGGUGGUCUAUUUGGCAGAGGAACGAUGGCGGCCCCCCCAGUCAACUCUCCAGAGGUUCUUUGCUCUCAUUCUAAACAUUUUGUUAUUUUUAUUAUUAUAAAAAGAUUAAAUAUUUUCGUUUAUUGCACUUCUGUACCACCUUUCUGACAAGGCAGCCCAAUAAAACUUUGCAAUUUAAGAUAUGAAAACAGAACAAGAAAACCCCCAACAUUGGAAAAUAUGUAAACAUAGCAAAAAAACAACAACCCCAGAGUCAUUUCAGGUCGUUGGUGGUUUCCUCAGAACCUGAAGACAGGGACUUCCUUAGCUGGGCUCCCCAGACUAGGGAGAAAUUAAAUUAAAUUCCCAAAUUCGUACUUCCUGAAACAAUAUGGGAACUGGAAAAAAGCAGCCCUCCUUCAAAAUUUCCCCUGCUCUGAAUUUGGCAAUGUCAUUUUAUAGUGUGCAUAUAUGUUAUGCAUACAUUGGUAAGAAUAAUGUCCAAGAAUGAAUUCUAUUAAGGGAACUAUCUCUGUAAAAAUGUGUAUAUUAGACAAAAUGGCAUAGGAAGUGUGUGUUGUAGAAGAAAUUCACACAAAAACACUGCUGCAUUUUCCCUUUUUAAACAGCAAUGCAGACUGAUGUAGAUAUGUCGAGAACUGAACAUAAUAAGGCUGGAAGAGUGAGGAAAUGAGAGAAGCCAAACAGACGUAUUUGCCUAUCAUCCACCUCUGAUUUUAGGAGGGAGCAGGGAGCUGCGUUAUUAUUAGUCCACAUAGCUCCAUAUUGUCUACACUGAGCGGCAGGGACGCUCGAGGGUUUCAGACCUGGGAUAUACAUUCCCAACCCUACCUGCAGAUGUUGGGGGUGAAACCCAAUACCUUCUUUGGAUAGAGCAGGUGUUCUCCCAUUGAGCCAUGGACCUUUCCAAGGCAGUUGUGAAAGUCACCUGAAUGGGGUUUAUCUGAAGAGCCAAAGUGCUGGGACAAAUCUGUGGAAGGAUAAAAGCCACAUCUUCUAAAAGGCAGCAGAUGGUUUGUUGAUUAGGACAGCUCUACCUCUAUGCUGGUGGCGCUGUGGGUUAAACCACAGAGCCUAGGACUUGCCAAUCAGAAGGUCAGCGGUUCGAAUCCCCACGACGGGGUGAGCUCCUGUUGCUCGGUCCCUGCUCCUGCCCACCUAGCAGUGCAAGUAGAUAAAGUGCAAGUAGAUAAAUAGCUACCGCUCCGGCAGGAAGGUAAACGGUGUUUCAGGGAACUGCUCUGGUUCGCCAGAAGCGGCUUAGUCAUGCUGGCCACAUGACCCGGAAGCUCCCUCGGCCAAUAAAGUGGGAUGAGCGCCGCAACCCCAGAGUCGGCCACGACUGGACCUAAUGGUCAGGGGUCCCUUUACCUUUACCUCUAUGAAAACCUGUUGGGUUGUGCAGGACUGAGUUGGGGGUUUUAUACGAUACAAUACGAUACGAUAAUCUUUAUUGUCAUUGUCCCAUACAGAACAACGAAAUUGAAAAUCUACAUCAGACAUUCAGAAACCAACAAGCCUGCUAUCCCAGCCAUCCCAGCCUGGUUAACCCCCUAAAAACUCUGAUACCCCAUAAUUAAAUACAAUAUACUCCCAUAGAGACUACCUUACACUGCAAUUAAAACCAAAAUCGCAUUUGAAUAGAAACUGUUUCUCAGGCGGCUAGUCCUAGUCUUUAUAACCCUGUACCUUCUUCCAGAAGGCAGAAGCUGAAAGAGAUCAUUUCUGGGGUGCGCACUAUCCUGCACUAUCUCUGCAGCUUUCUUGUGACACCCGGAAGCAUAGAUUUGAUCUAAGGUGGGAAGAGUGCAUCCAAUUAUUCUCCCCACAGUCUUUACAACCCUGGACAGCAUUGUUUUUCCCCUGACCGUGCAGCUCCCAAACCACACACAGAGACCAUAAGUGAAUACACUCUCAACAGUACAAUGGUAAAAUGCCAUCAACAGGUCCUUUGAGAGAUUAUUUUUCCGGAGGAGUCUCAGAAUAUAUAACCUCUGCCGUGCUCUCUUCACCAGGUCUUUGCUGUUUUCUCCCCAGGUUAGGUCAUCUCUCAACUCCAUUCCCAGAAAUCGAAACACCGAGACCUGUUCCACACACUUCCCCUCAGUAAUAAGUGGCUGAAUAUUCAAUUUACAUUUCCUACAUGUCCACAAUAAUCUCUUUUGUUUUCUUUAAGUAUGUGCUGUUAAUGGAGGAGAUCUGGGUUCCAGUGAGUGACCUACCCAGGCUUUCCCUGUAAGGGAAAGUAAUUGUUUGGGGAAAAUGGCUUUCACCAGGUGACAAGGGGGCGGGGCCUAGCAACACAUAGUGACUGCUCAUUGGGUGCAUUUGUCUGCAGACUUGCAGCUGAUUGGCCACCAGAGGUAGACUGAGUGAUCUAAUUGAUGAUUAUGUGGGUCAUUAUGUUGGGGUGACAGGAACAGUGUUGAACCCUGGCUGGGAGAAGGGCAGUGCCCCAUUUUGCCCUGAAGAGAAACCACCUAUUCUGGGCUACAUGGACCCAGAACCUGGCUCAAUGUAAGGUAGAUUCGACCAUCCUAAUCCCUAUGGUGCAGCAAUUAAAACUUCACAUUUGCAAAGCUAAGCAGGGUCUGAUAUGGUUUCAAACUGGAUGGGAGACCGUGUGUUGAGAUUCCUCCAUUUGCAGGGGGUUGGACUAGAUGUCCCUUGGUGCCCCUUCCAACUCUACAGUUUUUUGAUUCUUUGCCAUCAUGUGUGGCUCAUCCUAGGGCCACUUUUAGAUGUUUUGAGGAGUCGAGUUAUCAAUGUCUCUUGUACAGAAGAGAAGGGCAAGCGUAGGUCGGUUACCCCUCUGUCAUAAAAAACACUGCUGUGUGUAUAUUCUCAUUUUAUUCUAAAAACAUGCAGUUUUAGGGUGCUUUGAUGCAUCAAGGCCUAUAGAAUUGUAUCAAGGCCUGUAUACCUGAAGGAGCAUCUUCACUCCCAUCGUUCAGCCUGGACACUGAGGUCCAGCUCCGAGGGCCUUCUGGCGGUUCCCUCCCUGCGAGAAGUGAGGUUACAGGGAACCAGACAAAGGGCCUUCUCGGUGGUGGCGCCCGCCCUGUGGAACGCCCUGCCAUCAGAUAAACAACUAUUUUACUUUUAAAAGACAACUGAAGGCAGCCCUGUUUAGGGAAGUUUUCAAUGUCUGAUGUUGUAUUGUUUUUAAUAUUCAGUUGGAAGCUGCCCAGAGUGGCUGGGGAAACCCAGCCAGAUGGGUGGGGUAUAAAUAAUAAAUUAUUAUUAUUAUUAUUAUUAAAUGCACUUGAUUCGACCAACCUUAACCAAUGUGGGAAAAGGAGCUUGGGGUUGCUCCAGAAUCUAUGCGUUGCCUGAUCUCUGCUUAUGGGUUUCCAUAGGAGGUAGUCUUGGGGCUUGCCUGCCUGUCUUCUUUAAGAUGGUGUUUUUCAGGGGGAACAUUGAAAUCAACAGCAAAUCCCACCAAGAGCAAUGAGUCUUGAUGAUAGCACAGGAAUAUCAGUAAUAAUUCUACUUACCGUGUAUGUAUUUUACAUUCAGUUCUCUUUUAGAGUCAUAGGGAGAAUUGUGCAUACUUUAUGUGAAGUAAUAUAUUAUUAUUAUUAUUAUUAUUAUUAUUAUUAUUAUUUUAUUUUAUUUUUAAUAUUAAUAUUAUUAAGCUUCAGAAGGGUACCCAAGGGUCAUCUAGUCCAACCCCUGCAAUACAGGAAUCGUUCGCCCAAUGUGGGUCGCGAACUCAUAACCCCGAGAUUAAAAGCUUCGUGCUUUGACCACCGCUCUCCUCUCUCGACAAUUUAUUUCAGGACUCCUUGAAAAGACGGCGCACGAAACAACCAUCUGGAAUCCAGAGAACAUUUAAACCUGGAGAGGAAAAGGAAACCGGGGACCGUUUGGCCACGCCAAUGGGGGAUUCGCAAGAGUGGGCAGGAAUCUCCAGGCCAUCUGCAAAUCUCUUUUCUCCACACCUCGGCCGUUCCAUCGACGUAACCAAGGACUAUUCAUCCACGAUCCUGACUGGCCCAUACACAAAUGCCAGCGGGGAAGCGGCAAGAAAUUCAGCCCAAAGCAUCGAAGGCCCGUUCGCCAAAUUGAUGUCCGAAAGACGCCCAGUUGAAGAAAGGAAAGCUGCGCCCCUGUACCCUGCGGAGGUGAAUAAGGGGAGCAGCCGCUUGAACUUUCUUCCGAGGCAGAUGGGAGCUGACCGUGAAAGGACAGCGAGAUCCACACCAAAGAGCGAACCUCAAAAUACAGAAUUCAGGUAGGAUCAUGAUUGAAAUCGUAUUUAAAACGUCGUUUUAAAACGACACGCUUGUGUGUAAAUAUGCUACUCCAGUGCUUUAUUUUCUGGUAGGUUAGGAUAGCUCAGUUGGUAACAGCAUGAGAUUCUUAAUCUCAAGGUUGUGGGUUCGAGCCCCACGUGGGGCAAAGAGAUUCCUGCGUUGCAGGGGGUUGGACUAGAUGACACUCUUGGUCCCUUCAAACUCUGUUGUUGUUGUUUAGUCGAGUCCGACUCUUCGUGACCCCAUGGACCAGAGCACGCCAAGCACUUCUGUCUUCCACUGCCUCCUGCAAGUUUUUGGCAAGUUUAAAGGUAAAGGUAAAGGGACCCCUGACAGUUAAGUCCAGUCUGAACUACUCUGGGGUUGCGGCGCUCAUCUCGCUUUAUUGGCCGAGGGAGCCGGCGUACAGCUUCCGGGUCAUGUGGCCAGCAUGACUAAGCCGCUUCUGGCAAAACCAGAGCAGCACACGGAAACGCCGUUUACCUUCCCACCGGAGCGGUACCUAUUUAUCUACUUGCACUUUGAUGUGCUUUCGAACUGCUAGGUUGGCAGGAGCAGGGACCGAGCAACGGGAGCUCACCCCAUCGAAGGGAUUCGAACCGCCGACCUUCUGAUCGGCAAGCUCAGUGGUUUAGACCACAGCACCACCUGCGUCCCUUGGCAAGUUUAGCUGGUGUUAAAUACCAUCUAUACGUCAGAUUCAGACCAUACAUCUAAAGCACUAUGGUAACACUUUAAACAGCUGUGGCUUCCCCCGAAAAAUUCUGGGAGCUGUAGUUUCUUAAGGGUGCUUGUUAGCUGCUAGGAGGCUCCUAUUACCCACCCAGAGCUACAAUUCCCAGAGUCCCCCUGCGGAGGGAGAUGGACUGUUUGAACGGUUUUCGUUUCCGACUUGGGAUGCCUGCAGUACGGUCAUACGUCCAGAAGUCCAGCAGAGGGCACUCUCUGAAAAGCAAUGCUCCCUGCCAUUGCUUCAUUGGCAGAUAGCUUGCCCCUCUUCUGCCAGCUCCCAAAAAUUACUGUCCAAAAUGCUGUGACUCAGAGCUUCUGACUAACGCUUCUGAAAGAUGUACGAUCGCUGGCCUUUGAGCAGGAGGAGCUGCCUCAGUUCAACUUGGUUGGGUGUGAUCAGCGAUCACAGGAUUGCAAUGCCUUCCAGGCAAGGAGAGAGAGAGACUUUUCGGGGCUCCAGUCUUUAGAAAAACAAGGUGAUUUAGGAGGGGGGAAGGCCACGCUGGGAGAUUUCUAAAGGUGCGUGUGGCGCAAAGAAAGAUUUUGCUCCCCCCCCCCUCCGGCCACGUUCACGGCAAGCAUUUAAACAGCUACAACUUUCCCCAAAGAAGUUUGGGAGCUGUAGUUUGUUGAGGGUGCUGAGAGUUGCUAGGAGGUCCCCUUCAAGGAACUACACUUCCCAGAGUGAUAUAACAAUCUCAGAAUCGUCGAGUUGGAAAGGAACGCAGGAAUCAUCUAACCUAACCCCCUGAAAUGUGGAAAUCUGUUGCCCAAUGUGGGAUUCGAACCCACAAACCUGAGAUCAAGAGUCUCAUGAUCCGGCAUCCAAUGCCCUGUUCAAUGUGUUUUGCUAGGGGUUAUUGGCUUGCUGCUGUUCACACACACACACACACACACACACACACACAGUGGUACCUCAGGUUAAGUACUUAAUUCGUUCCAGAGGUCCGUUCUUAACCUGAAACUGUUCUUAACCUGAAGCACCACUUUAGCUAAUGGGGCCUCCCGCUGCUGCCAUGACGCCGGAGCCUGAUUGCUGUUCUCAUCCUGAAGCAAAGUUCUUAACCUGAAGCACUAUUUCUGGGUUAGCGGAGUGUGUAACCUGAAGCGUAUGUAACCUGAAGCGUAUGUAACCUGAGGUACCACUGUAUAUAUAUAUUGUGGUUUUCAUGUUGUGAUUUUAUGUUGUGAACCGCAGAGCAGUAUACAAAUUCAGGUGUUGUUGAUAAUGAUGAUGAUGAUGUUCUACAAACUGAGUGAAACUAGGACCCGCCAGACUCCUUCCCAGGGAACUCUGGGAAUUUUAGCUCUGUGCACCCUUAACAAACUACACCUCCCAGGAUUCUGGGGUGACUGUUAUUUUGAAAUUCAUUUUUAUUUGAUUUUGCAAUACAAAGUUAUAAGAAAAAUGAUAAAACAUAUUUCGAUAUACAGAGAUUCCUCCGCAUCUCAGGACUUCACCCUCCAUGGAGGCCCAUUUUAAACAUUUAAAACGGCAUCUUUUUCCAUACUCUGUCAUAUCAGUCCAUAUUUUCCAUGGUAAUUGUCACAGUAUAAUUGAAAUCAAAAUCCUGCCAGUGUUUCCAUCUGCUUACAGUGGUCUCCUAAAUCAGGGGUCAGCAAACUUUUUCAGCAGGGAGCCGGUCCACUGUCCCUCAGACCUUGUGGGGGGCCGGACUAUAUUUUUUUUGGGGGGGGGGAAUGAACGAAUUCCUAUGCUCCACAAAUAAACCAGAGAUGCAUUUAAAUAAAAGGACACAUUCUACUCAUGUAAAAACACACUGAUUCCCAGACCGUCCGUGGGCUGGAUCUGGCCCCGGGCCUUAGUUUGCCUAAGGCAGCAUUUCCCAAUCUUGGGCCUCCAGCUGUUUUUGGACUACAACUCCCAUAAUCCCCAGCUAGCAAGACCAGUGGUCAGGGAUGAUGGGAAUUGUAGUUCGAAAACAGCUGGAGGCCCAAGGUUGGGAAACACUGGCCUAAGGUAAAGGUAAAGGGACCCCAGACCGUUAAGUCCAGUUGCAGACGACUCUGGGGUUGCAGCGCUCAUCUCGCUUUACUGGCCGAGGGAGCCGGCAUUUGUCUGCACAUAGUUUUUACGGGUCAUAUGGCCAUCAUGAGUAAGCCGCUUCUGGCGAACAAGAGCAGCACACAGAAAUGCUGUUUACCUUCCCGCCGGAGUGGUACCUAUUUAUCUACUUGCACUUUGACAUGCUUUCGAACUGCUAGGUUGGCAGGAGCAGGGACCGAGCAACGGGAGCUCACCCCGUCGCGGGGAUUCAAACCACCGACCUUCUGAUCAGCAAGUCCUAGGCUCUGUGGUUUAAAUAACUCAUACAUAACUCCAUCAGCUUGGUUUCCCAUUCUUCUCUGGUCGGGAGGAGCCGUGACUGUUCUAAGUGUUAUCACAGGACUUUAAAGACGUCAUUAACCAUGACUAGCUCAGACUUGGCCCUUUCCUCUCCUGUCCUUGGAAGACAACUCUCUGUCAGUUCCAGCUGUUGGGAAUUCUGGGAUGUGCCCUCUGAAACGCCAAUCAAGAAAUACAUUUCUUGUUCUUUUACUUCCCGUUCUACUUUUUGUUGUUGUUGGUGGUGAUGGUUUUUCAUUCUUUCUUUUUAAACACCCACCCUGUGGUUUGACAUUUUCAAAAAGGCCUGUUGCUGAUCCGCCACUAGCCUCAGGCACCUUUAUUUUAUUAUUUUAUUUUUUUGCCUAUGCAUGCUGUCUAGAGAGGGAUUAGGUCCGAGAACCAGAGCGCUGCAUCAAAAGGACCCGUCUGAAGAGCAAUGAAUUUGAGGCAUCAGGGAGGGAGAGGGUUUAAAAUAAAUAAAUAAAUAGCUGGCCAGUGAAAGGAAGAUGCUGGUUUUUAGUUUUAGGGAAGGGUAAAAGAAGAGUGGAGAAUCUCAGGCCUAAGGGCUGGAUUUCUUCUCUAUAUAGUCCUUGGGACUCUUCCUAGGAUUCUUCUUCUUCUUCUUCUUCUUCGUCUUUGUCUUCGUCUUCUUCCUCUUCUCCUUCUCCUUCUCCUUCUUCUUCGGCGAUCGCUCGUAGCUGAGUAAAAUUGUCUUCCAUAAGCACGGUUUUAACAAUGAGUCCUUAAGUGACUAUGGAGGCCAAUUCUGGAUCCACACGUCCUUCCACAGUGGGGACAUUGGUUUCUGGGCAGGAGUUGACCACAGUGUGGAUUUGCCAAGCGUGCCUUCCUCUUAGCAUGUUUCUCCCUGGCGUCCUGAGUUCAAGUGUCUUCAAAGCCCAUGACCCCUUUGGUAAAGGCUGUUCUCCAAUUGGAGCGCUCGCAGGCAAGCGUUUCCCAGUUGUUGGUGUUUAUACUACGUUUUUAAAGAUUUGCCUUGAGACAGUCUUUGAACCUCUUUUGUUGACCACCAGCAUUACGCUUUCCAUUUUUAAGUUUGGAAUAGAGUAGUUGCUUUGGAAGACGAUCAUCAGGCAUCCGCACAACAUGACCAGUCCAACGAAGCUAAUGUUGAAGAAUCAUUGCUUCAACACCGGUGAUCUUUGCUUCUUCCAGUACACUGGUAUUAGUUCACCUGUCGUCCCAAGCAAUGUGUAAAUUUUUUCGGAGACACCGUUGAUGGAAUCUUUUGAGGAGUUGGAGAUGGCACUUAUAAGUGGCCCAUGUUUCACAAGCGUACAGUAAGGUUGGUAGUACAAUAGCUUUGUAAACAAGCAUUUUGGUUUCCCUGCGACUGUCUCGAGUUUGAUUUAUGGAAAGAUUCCCCAGGAAUAAAAGUGGUCCUCCCUUCCCAGGAAGCAUAAUAAAUAUCUGCGGUUUUCCAAUUGUACGAGGAGUGGAAGUUGUGAAAUGCAUGGAUUUAGGCGGAAAUGACUGGCAGAAUCCGAGACCAGGGAGAAGAGUUGGUGGAAGAAGAUUGGAAGAAAUUUAAAGUUUACUUACAGAAACAUUGUAAAAUUAAGGAAUGUUAGAAGGAUGUUGGAAUGAAGUAAUGUGGUUUUAGCAGAGAUGCUGUAAAGGAUUAAGAAAAAAUAGAUUGUUAAAUGGUGAAAGGAGGGAAAGCAAAGUUACAUUAUAUUAAGAUAAAAUAGAGGACAUAAACUGGAAAAGAUGGAAAGGACUUGCUGAAAUAGCUAAUUGAACUAGAAUACAAAAAAGGGAGGUGUGAGGAGGUCAAGGAAACAAGCAAAUGAAAGAUAAGUUAUGGGAAGAUUCAUUGUGUUUUGUUUUGUUUUGUUUUGUCUUUUUCUUUUUUUCUUUUUUAUUGUGAUGUGAUGUUCUGUUUCUGCUUAGUAUGCUGUUUUCUAUUUUUUCUUUUUGUAACUUUUCAAAUCUUAAUAAAUAUUAUUUAAAAAAAAUAAAAAUGAAAUGCAUGGAUUUAAAAGCACAGGCUAUAGGGUAUUUCCUCCCCAUACCCCUCACUUGCAAUGGUCCCCAGCACCGAGAUCUAUCCCAGCUCUAGCAAAUGGAACUUUCCCCCAUAAUAUUCGUUGCACUUUUGACAAGAACCGGCUGUGGCAGAGCAGAGGGGAGACUCAGUUUUCUGCUGGAGUGGAUCACAGCUGGGAGAGAAUCGACAAGGACCCAGCAAGCCAGGAACACAGCAGAAGUAUUCUGUGCACUAUAUAUAUAUAUAUAUAUAUAUAUAUAUAUAUAUAUAUAUGCAAUAACAUAUAAACACAGCCUUUUGGUGUUUUGCAUCGUGCAUUUUGAACGAGGAGAAACAGCGCAGGAAUGGCGAUGGCAGUGGCUGGCUUUGCAAAAAGUUUGGGAGAAAUCAAGUGUCUGCAGGACAUUUAAGAAUCUUAGAAGGGUGUGUGGUCCUUGGUCUGGAAAGCUCCCCUAAGCCCCUUGAUUAAAACCUAGCUAAAAUUCUUGCAUUGUAGCGGGUUGGACUAGAUUGUUGGAACCGGGGAUGAAAAGCCCGCUGGCUCGGUCCUAGCCGUAGCGUCACCCCUCUCAGCCUCGCCGCUGCGGAGAUCCAUCAGUCAUUCUCCUCCGACAUGCGUCGGCGACUCAAGCGGCAGGUCAUGCUUGAGCACACAUUACUCGGCAGAGUAAUCACACAACAGAAUCAGGCCCGAGGCGUGGAUACGAUACUAAGCUACGCAUUUAUUAUACAUAAAUCAGGGCGAAGAAAAACAUGGCCUCUCUUCUUGUUCUUCUUCUCGGAGAGAGUGAGAAACAAAAGCAAUACAGAGCGGAAGUUCCGCUCACGGACUCCAGAAAUCUGUAAAGGUCAAGGGAGCCAUGAGCGUUAGGUCCAGUCGUGACCGACUCUUGGGUUGCAGCACUCAUCUCGCUUUAUUGGCCGAGGGGGCCGGCGUACAGCUUCCGGGUCAUGUGGCCAGCAGGACUAAGCCACUUCUGGCGAACCAGAGCAGCGCACGGAAACGCCGUUUACCUUCCCGCCGGAGCGGUACCUAUUUAUCUACUUGCACUUUUGAACUGCUAGGUGGGCAGGAGCAGGGACCGAGCAAAGGGAGCUCACCCCGUCGUGGGGAUUCGAACCGCCGACCUUCUGAUCAGCAAGCCCUAGGCUAUGUGGUUUAACCCACAGCGCCACCCGCGUCCCUACUGCGUCCAGUAAUCUGUGCUGCAAUGUAAACAGACAUGUGACAUGCAAUAAUCCCACACAUCUGCAGCUCGGGAGGAGUGUAAUCCCAACCUAGAUGACCUUAGAAUCUACAAUUCUAUGAUCUAUGAUCCACUAUGGUUCUAUGUGAUGUGCAAACACAGCCAUUAUAGCUCCGUGUUUGUGUACAGGGACCUGCCAACAGCCCCUCUCUCUCUCGCAAGUGCAAAGGCACAGCUUGGAGUAAUCGUCUGGGAAGCAAAAUGGCCUGAAGUGUCUCCUUUUUUAAAAAACGAUGCUUCUCUGAAACAUGACUAAUUUUCCAAUAGAGGCCUUUUAAGCCUAUGUGGCCAUUUCAGGAUCCCUCCAUGGACGCAGCUCGAAAACAACCCAUUAUCAAAUGAUGAGGUUUUUGCAGUGAUAUUUCAGGAGCUAUUAAAAAGCACUUGCCUCUGUGCAGGGUAGGUGAGUUGUGGGUGGGUGGAGGAGGCGAAAUCUUCCAUGCCAAAGAUGAGAUGUUGGGCCAACUAAUUCUUUCCCAUUCAGAGGAGAGAAGGAGGGAUAGAUGACAGGAGGUGAACACUGGGAUGGCCUGGGACUCGGGCUCGGACUUGGAUCCAGAGAAGUCUCAGUCCGCGCCGGAUCCUUUGCCUCAGGCAUCAUCUGAACCAAGUAUGGGGCCUGAUUCUGAAGAGCCCCAGUCUGCACAGGUUCCCCUGCAAAAAGCACCAGCUGGGCCGAGUCAGGGGCCUGAACCUGCCCUGGAUCCAGAUGCGGGGAUUACCUCGUUGCCUUCAGCUGGGCCAUCACUUACAGCUGCUCCACUACCAGUUGGGUCAGGAGAGGCUGAGGCGGCCCCUGGGUCCAGUAACCCACCGACGUCUCCCGAGCUGCAGAGACUCAGGUCUGAGAGAAGGAGAGACCUGAGUACUUGCAGCCUCGUGUCCUGCCUCGGCCUGUCGGACUGACUCCUUGCAGAACCCCUGGAUUCGGGACCGGACUUGGACCGUGCUACUCGUGUUACCCCCAGGCCCAGCACAACAAUAAGGGUCACUGUUUUAAAUGCUCCCUGGGCCUUCUCCAAAUUUGGUGGGCCUUGGUGGUGGGCAGUGGGAAGGCUCCAAACACUGGAAAAUGUGUUGAGGUAAACUGGAUCAUAGAAUCAUAGCGCUGGAAGAGACCCCAAAGGUCAUCUAGGCCAACCCCUUGCAAUGGAGGAUUCUCAACUAAAGCAGCCAUGACAGCUGGCCAUCCAACCUCUGCUUAAAAACCUCCAAGGAAGGAGAAUCCACCACCUUCCGAGGGAGUCCAUUCCACUGUCAAAUAGCUCUUACUUCCAGAAUUCCUUCUGGUGUUUGGUCGGAAUCUCCUUUCUCGUAACUUGAAGCCAUGGGUUCGAGUCCUGCCCCCCAGGGCAGGAGAAAGCAAGGUUGCUGCAUCUUCCUUAUGGUAGCGGUUGAGAUAUUUGAAGACGGCUCUCGUAUCUCCUCUUUUCCAGGCUAAACAUUCCCAGCUCCUUCAACCGUUCCUCAUCAGGCUUGGUUUCCAGAGCCUUGAUCAUCUUGGUCCCCCUCCUCUGCACAUGUUCCAGCUUGUCAACAUCCUUCUUAAAUUGUGGUGCCCAGAAAUGGACACAGUAUUCCAAGUGUGGUCUGACCAAGGCAGAAUAGAGCAGUACUAUUACCGAGAGUGAGAACUGGACCAUAAAGAAGGCUGAUUGCUGAAGAAUUGAUGCUUUUAAAUUAUGGCACUGGGGGAGACUCUUGAGAGUCCCAUGGAUAGCAAGAAGAUCAAACCUCUCCAUUCUGAAGGAAAUCAGCCCUGAGUGCUCACUGGAAGGACAGACCCUGAAGCUGAGACUCCAAUACUCUGGCCACCUCAUGAGAAGAGAAGACUCCCUGGAAAAGACCCUGGUGUUGGGAAAGAUGGAGGGCAUAAGCAGAAGGGGACGACAGAGGACGAAAUGGUUGGACAGUGUUCUUGAAGCUACCAGCAUGAGUUUGACCAAACUGCGGGAGGCAGUGGAAGACAGGAGUGCCUGGCGUGCUCUGGUCCAUGGGGUCACGAAGAGUCGGACACGACUAAACAACAACAUUACUUCUCUUGACCUGGACGCCGUACAGUACUUUUGUUGAUGCAGCCUAGAAGAGCAGCCACGUUUUUUGCUGCUAUAUCACACUGUUAACUCAUAGAAUCAUAGAACUGUAAAGUUGGUAGGGGCCAUGUGAAGCUUGUGGUUUAGUAAGGCCUCUAGAUCCUUUUCACAUGCACUGCUAGCAAGCCAGGUGUCCCCACCCUAUAUUUGUGUAUCUGGUUCUUCCUGCCUAAGUGCAGAACCUUACAUUUAUCCCUAUUGAAACUCAUUUUGUUAGCUUGGGCCCAGUUCUCCAAUCUCUUAAGGUCAUCUUGAAUCCUGUUGUUCUGUCUUUGGUGCAUUAGCUACCCCUCCCAGUUUGGAGUCAUCUGCAAAUCUGAUGAAGAUUGGGGGGGGGGGAUAAUUGCUCUUCUCCCUUUGGACCUGAUGCAUUCAGCGUACAGUCACUGCUCUUCCUUCCCUGCAACAUUUCGUGGAGGAAAUCUGGCGUUCGUAAAUACCAUUAUCUUUGGCGAGGCUGGUCCAAGUUUAGUGCAGGCUCGUGAGAUCAGCAAACCCGUUUCCCCCGAUUCUUCUCUAACGCUUUGCUUCAACCCUGCUAUCCCAGCCUGUAAAGCAAAAUCCUCUUUGGUUUUUUUUGCAGAUGGAAGUUUUCGUCUUGUUUUCUUCGCAGCCCGUUUUCCUAAGCUGCCACGCAUGGCGGUUCUCACAAGUUAACCCUCCAGCAGCGGAGGCUGUAAAAAGUUUUUGAGACGGCGCUUAACCUGUGACACCACUCUUGAGUGCUGAGCCACUGGGGAACAUGGACAGGCUCUGGGGAUGGGGAAAGUGUUUAUCUAAUAUUAUCUAAACCGCGGCUUAGUUCUUCCCUCUCCAUAAAACUCUACCCAAGCCUUGCCAUUUGCUCUGUCAGUGCUGCUCCUGUGUAUUAUGUGGAACAUUUGGCUGGCUGUGGAACCAGCCCAGUCCUUACGCUCUAGAUUUAGGGGGGGGGGGGCACAUCCAACUGCCCCUUAUUCUGGUUAGCAAUACAGUUCUGUCACAGUUUGAGGAUAGAAACUGCAAUUGCCACCUUCUUGAAGAAACCAGAGGCCUUUCUCCUGGGCAUAGUCGGCCAAUCGGUGUUAAAAAAGGAUAGAACUUUCUUUAUGUAUGCUACAACAGCAGCAAGAAUACUUAUCGCAAAGUAUUGGAAGACACAAGAGUUACCCACACUGGAGGAAUGGCAGAUGAAAAUGAUGGACUACAUGGAAUUGGCAGAAAUGACUGGCAGAAUCCGUGACCAGGGAGAAGAGUCGGUGGAAGAAGAUUGGAAGAAAUUCAAAGAUUAUUUACAGAAACAUUGCAAAAUUAAAGAAUGUUAGAAUGAUGUUGGAUUGAAGUUAAAUGGCUUCUAGCUGUAUAGGUUUUAAAGCUAUAAAUAUAUUAAGAUUAAGGAUUAGGAUUAGGAUUAAAAAAGUUAAAAGAAUGGAAAAAUUGGUUUCAAAUAGGUAAAAAUCUAAUGUCAUAAUAUAUUAAGAUUAAGGAUUGGGAUUAAAAAGGAGGGAAAUAAAUUGCUGGAUUAACAACCGGAAUUGGAAUACAAAAGAGGGAGGUAUGAGGAAGUCCGGGAAACAAGUAAAUGUAAAAGAAGUUAUGAAAAGACGGAAUUGUUUUUAACUGUUUUUUUCUUUUUUUAUCUUUUUGUAUUUUGUAUUUUCUAUUGUGUAUUUUUCUUUUUUCUUUUCAAAUUUCUCUUGUUUAUUAAUGUGAUUUUAUUUUUUCUGAAACUUUAAUAAAUAUUAAUUAAAAAAUAAAAAAAAUAGAAACUGCAAUUGCCACCUUCCGCACCAGAGUGACUUGUCUCACUUCUUUCAUCAAGGGACAGGGCCAUCUUUACCUAUGAGUGCAAGGGGUGCAGGGCAUCCGGGCACCGAAUUUUGGGGGGCGCCAAGUGCCCGCCGCUGAAGCCGCCUAAGCUCUUAACUAUCUACGUGUUACGGAAUAAUAAAUAAUUUUCAUCAAGCUAGAAAAACAAAAUACAUAUAUACUUAGGUAUUACUGAAAUGUAUACCCACUGUUUCACUGAAGGACUUUCGAUUUUGUGCACUUAUUUACAAAAGACGCGGUGCUUGUUAUUCACAACGGUGGCGCUUGUCAGACUCGACGUUCUCAGUGGCGCUGUGCAUGCGAAAUUAACUAAAUUAUUUGUGUAUGUAUAUAUAUAUAUACACACGCACACAUUUUUAUUAAUUUUUUAACAUAUCAUUUCCAACAGUCAUUUAACAUAACUUCUUAUCUUAUACAAUAUUUUAGACUUCCGACAACAACCUCUGAAGAUUUUCCGUUCUUUAUCACUUAUUCUGCAUUUCUUAAUUUCUCUAUUACUUUUAAUUAUCAUUAAGUAAUAAUUCUCUUCAUAGUCUUCCUUGCAAUAUUUCAUAUAAUCCUCCUUACAGAACUUCUUGUAGUCCUACUAGCGUAAUCUGCUUAUUACAGUUGCUUUUCAAAUAGUUCAAAUAUUUACUCCAGUCUUCUAAGAAUCUCUGGUCCCGCAGGUGUCAAAUCCUUCCAGUUAAUUUAUCUAAUUCUGCAUAGUCCAUUAAUUUCAUUUGCCAUUGUUCUUUUGUCGGUAAUUCUUCUUGCUUCCAUUUUUGUGCCAAUACUAUUCUUGCUGCCGUUAUUGCAUAUACAUCCUCCCCUACAAUGCCAAUAAAUUAACUAAAUUUGGGGGCGCUGGGCGGAUCUUUGCACCCCGGUGGCGCAUAUGCUAAAGAUGGCCCUCUCAAGGGAAGCCUGAUAUCCAUUAGAUUUCCCUGGACUCUGGUCUCGUGGCAGAUGACGCAGCCUUUUCUUUUAAUGCAUUUUAUUGCUUUUUCACAUGUAAUAAGCAUAAUUUAAAAUACAAUAAACAACAACAAUAGCAGCUAGUCUGUCAUUUCUUGGAAAAAGGCAUAGCAGCAGCUUCAAGUUACUUAGAAAACUGGUUUGUGAUGCAUAUUAAAGACUGUAAUCCGAUAGGUUUCUCCAGUUGUUUCUGUGCAGGUUCUCUCGAUUGAUUGUUUGUCAUUUCUCAUAUGGGACCUUAGUGGAUGCCAGGUGUUGUAGAAUGAUAAAGGGCAUCUUGCCUCUGGUCAUCCUAACCUGGCAGGUAAAUUUAUUGGCAAUACGCUGGGUUGUUGUUUUUUCAUGUACAGGAUAGGAAUGUGAAUAGGCUCCAAGAUUCACCUUGUAUCUGUGUGUGUUUUGAAGAAGAAGAAAAAAUCCAGUUUGUUUUUGAGCGACUUUGUCCUCCGUCCAAUUCAUUCUGGGAUGGAAAGAGGGUCAUGAAGCAUCAGGCAGCUGCGAGAGAUGUGCAGUUUGGUGGGGCAUAAAUAAAGGUGGGUUAUAAAUGCCACAUAUUAAUAAAUCCUUGCAUUCCAUAGACAGGGAGCCACUGCAGAGAAGGCCCCGUUCUUGUGUUGCUGCCCUCUAGGAGGGACAUGAAGAAGGACCUCAGAGGUUGAUUUCAGGGUCCGGGUAGGUUCAUAUGGAGAGAGGCGGUCGUUGAGGUAUUGCGGUCCUGAGCCAUUUAGAAAACCUUGCAAACAACCUCUGUGCUUUGCUCAGUUACAGCUGCUGCUGCUGCUGUUGUUGUUGUUGUUAUUUGUUAUUUAUUUCAUUUCUAUACUGCUUUAUAUUUUUAAGAAAAAUCUCAAAGUGGUUUACAUCAUAUUGAAACAUCAGUAAAACAAUCCAGAACCCAACAUUUCUGAAGAAAGUCAGAUAUAGAACAUACAGUCAAAGCAACAUAAUUAACAGAAAGCUUAAAAUAUUAUCUUAAAGAUUUCAAAAGAUUACAAAGGAGGUCAACUACAGAAUACGUAUUUAACACAAAGUUAACAAAAAAAAACCUUAAAGAUUUCAAAAAACAAACAAACAUUGCUAAGUGAAGUCAAAUAUAAAAUGCACAGCAUAAUUAACAAGAGAAUAAAAUGGGUUUUUAAAGGUUAUCUUUUCAUUGAUUGGUACAUCUUACUAACUUUACAGCUGUAAAUAUAUAUAUGCAUAUAUUAUUCUAGAGCUGGACUAGGUGGGUGUUGGCUCUGAUUCAGAAACCAGGAAUUGGUGGAGUUGGUACCGAAUUUUGGAAGGAAGUCCUGUGUCGUUGUCUUUUUUGGGGGAGGAAAGGGCCUUUUGUCUCUGGGCCCAGCUUACGAGUCUGAGUCUUCUUCCUGUCCUCUCUGACUCCCAGGCUGUCGUCAUGCAAAGGGCAGCUCUUUGUUUUCUGUGCCCCUUAUUCCCCAGCUUGAUCAUGGUAUCUCCCCUGCCAGGUAACGUCACCGCUGCCUUUGGAGCCCUGGCAGGCAGGAAAUGGCAGAAGGGAAUGACAGCUGGCACCUUGCUUCAGAGACGGAACGCCUCACCCCUGCCAACUUUGCCUCUGGAUAGUGAGAGACAGAAAGGGAACGCCUUGCCUAGUACCACUGAGUGCAUCCAGCCACAAGCUGGCUACCGAGUGAAGGGAGCCCAGGAUAAUGUUUGGGCACCGUCUUGGGCUCGUAUGGGGAAAUAGAUCUUUCAUUUAAACUGUGGAACUCCUUGCCACAGGAGACAGUCACGGUCACCAACCUUUUCAGUACUGGCCCCGACUUGGUGGAAUGCUCUGUCCCAAGAGACUAGGGCCCUGCGGGACUUGACAUCUUUUCGCAGGGCCUGCAAGAUAGAGCUGUUCCGCCUGGCCUUUGGCUUGGACUCAGUCUGACCCUUAUGUUUCCCUCCCCUUAUGGUUUUGAUCUAUGGGCUACUUUUAAAAUGAGGCUGCAUUUUAAAUUGCAUUUUAACCUGUAUUUUAAAUUGUUCCCCUCCCCCCCAUUAUGUUUUUACUAUAAUUUUACUGGUGUUAACUGCCCUGAGCCCUGCUCUGGCCUGGGAGGGUGCGGUAUAAAUAAAAUUUAUUAUUAUUAUUAUUAUUAUUAUUAUUGUUGUUGUUGUUGUUGUUGUUGUUAUUAUUAUUAUGGCUUUAAAAGCAACCCAGAUGCAAUAAAUUCGUGGAGGAGAGGACUACUGAUGGCUACUAGCCAUGAUGGCUAUCCUCUACCCUCCAUGGUUGGAGGCAGCGAUGCUUCUGAGUAACAGUCCCCUAUUGCUCGAAUCCUGCUUGCGGGUUUCCCACAAGUAUCUUCUGGCGGUUCCCUCCCUGCAAGAAGUGAGGUUACAGGGAACCAGGUAGAGGGCGUUCUCGGUGGUGGCGCCCGCCCCUCCCGUCAGAUGUCAAGGAAAUAAACAGCUAUUUGACCUUUAGGAGACAUCUGAAGGCAGCCCUGCUUAGGGAAGUUUUUAAUGUUUGAUGUUUUAUUCUUUUUAUUUAUCUGUUGGGAGUGCCCAGUGUGCCAGUGUGGCUGGGUAAUAAUAAUAAUAAUAAUAAUAAUAAUAAUAAUAAUAAUAGGUUCAGCCUCUGUGAGAGCAGGAUGCUGGCUCAAAUGGGCCACUGGACUUAUCCUACAAACUCUCUUUCUGUUCUUAUAAGCCUUGUUGUCGUUUCGUCGUGUCCAACUCUUCAUGACCCCCUGGACCAGAGCACACCAGGCACUCCUGUCUUCCACUGCCUCCCGCAGUUUGGUCAAACUCAUGCUGGUAGCUUCAAGAACACUGUCCAACCAUCUCGCCCUCUGUCAUCCCCUUCUCCUUGUGCCCUCCAUCUUUCCCAACAUCAGGGUCUUUUCCAGGGAGUCUUCUCUUCUCAUGAGGUGGCCAAAGUAUUGGAGCCUCAGCUUCAGGAUCUGUCCUUCCAGUGAGCACUCAGGGCUGAUUUCCUUCAGAAUGGAUAGGUUUGAUCUUCUUGCAGUCCAUGGGACUCUCAACAGUCUCCUCCAGCACCAUAAUUCAAAAGCAUCCAUUCUUCGGCGAUCAGCCUUCUUUAUGGUCCAGCUUUCACUUCCAUACAUCACUACUGGGAAAACCAUAGCUUGAACUAUACGGACCUUUGUUGGCAAGGUGCUGUCUCUUAUAAGCCUAGAAGAGUUAUUUUGAGUCUCUAGAUUUAUUUCUAAAGCUUACCACCAUGCCGUGGAAAACCCAUCAAGCAAGCCAUCCCAACGCUGCAGCCUGAUUUCUCCUGCAAGGAGAGUUGGUUGUUUUGAAGUGGCCGGUGACCACUGCUUAUUUAAGAAGCCCUUUGUGUAUUUGUUCUAUACUGUAAAUAGGAAGCUGUAGAGGAAGAGGGCCUUAUUGUAUCAAGAGAGGGACUUUCCCCAGCAGCGUUGCUCUUCGUGUAAACACCGGGCCCGCAGUACGCAGAGAUCAAAAGGGGGAGGCCUGUCAAUCUGGAGAGAGCGCCGUAUGGCUUCCUUAUGGGGAGGCCUAUUUUCUUCCUGCCCCCUUUUCCUAAUGUGAUGGAUUGCUUCCUUCUUACAACAUGCGGGAACCGUGCAUUUCCCUGCUCCACCAACCCAUGCGUGCUAUGUAUACAAUAGUUGUGAUUGCGAGAUCAUCUGCUGAAGGGGAAACGGUGGUAAAGUCCUUGCGAGUCUUUCCCAGUCCCAGAAACCCUCUUGUUUCAACUUUUGGGAUUGUGGUUUUUGCAUUGUGUUGACUGGGAGGCAGUGUGCAGGUGCCACAGUUGUACCCUGGUGCACACUUAUUUAUUUGUCUGUUUCUUGCAUUCAUGCUCCACCCUUUUCUCCAAGGUGCUCAUUAGGUACUCUCCUUCCUAAUUGAUCUCCACAACAAUCCUGCGAGGUAGGCUAGGCUGAGAGGCAGCGACUGGCCCAAGGUCACUCUCAGGUACCUUGAGAGACUACAUUUCCCAAGACACCCUGCUGAUGGCACACAUGCACAAGCUUGCUCUGCAUUUUGUGUUGAAGAACUUCAGGAAAACCGUGCUCAUCUCGUAAUAUAAUUGAACAUUACAAGAUGGGGAAUAUUUCCAUUAUGAACUGUAUAAAAUCAUUAUGUGGAAUCUGACCCUGUUGAGUCAAGGCCAAUCUUGAACGGACUCAUCAGGAAAGGAAUAAGAGCGCUGUGGGAUUCGAAGCCACAGUCGCCCUUGGCUGGACUUAACUGUCCAGGGGUCCUUUACCUUUUAGAUAUCCUUGCCAAAGGUUACCAUAAAGGUAAAGGGAUCCCUGACCAUUAGGUCCAGUCGUGGCCGACUCUGGGGUUGCGGCGCUCAUCUCGCUUUAUUGGCCGAGGGAGCCGGUGUACAGCUUCCGGGUCAUGUGGCCAGCAUGACUAAGCCGCUUCUGGCGAACCAGAGCAGCACACGGAAAUGCCGUUUACCUUACCGCUGGAGCGGUACCUAUUUAUCUACUUGCACUUUGACAUGCUUUCGAACUGCUAGGUUGGCAGGAGCAGGGACCGAGCAACGGGAGCUCACCCUGUCGCGGGGAUUCGAACCGCCGACCUUCUGAUCGGCAAGUCCUAGGCUCUGUGGUUUAACCCACAGCGCCACCUGCGUCCCAAAGGUUACCAUACCCCACUGCAAUGUAAUUUUAUUGAUUUGCAACCCAUUUGAUUCAAUCCCAUGGCUGGUCUUUUAAAACACGGAUGUUCGCUGGGUGGGGUUUUCUUUUUUUGCCUUGACUCAUCCCUAACGCCGGUGAUUCAUUUUCUACUCCAGUGUGUACGCAUGCUUCAGUUCUCCUGACUGAGUCACGUUUUGUUGAAUCAAUUCCUUAUAGCUUUCCAGGGUGAGAACAAGCGCUAGCUUUAUGUUCUUAAGUUGCAGAAGGGGUCCAGUAGUCAGAGGUCCAGGAGACACCCCCACCCCACCAGAAAAAGCCCCCCGUAUUCAGCUACGAAGGUCCUGAAUGUCACGAAGGGAGUUCCCUGCUUUGCUCAUCUCCUGCUAAAGAGCCAGGAGGGGAAACGUAUGAAUGGGAAGGAUGUUGCAAGUCGGCAGUCGCUGAUGCGAUGACAUUGUUGAGCUGGGAAUGUGUGGGAUCCCAUAUCCUGGAUAACGACCUCCGUCUCUCCUCCCAUCUGGGUGUGGAAACGGUUCCCUCACUCUGUGGAGACAAAGAGAUGCCAGGAAUAUGGUCCAAUUUCAGUUACCAAACUGGAGCAGAUCCAAGUAGGUUUAACAGCCCGAUGGGAAGACAACGCAAUGUGCAAAAUGUGAGGGAGAGAGGAGCCCGUGCAACGUACCAUGCAAUAAUAGUCAAAAUAAGAAUUAAAAGUCCUCUGUGACAAGAGGUUUGGUUUUUUAAAAAAAUCGUUUUUACUGGUUUUACAAAUACAAAAUUAUAAACAAAGAAUCAAAAAGUACAGUGGUACCUUGGUUUAAGAACAGCCCUGUUUAAGAACGAUUCGGUUUACGAAUUGCGCAAAACCGGAAAUAGUGUCCCGGUUUGAGAACUUUACCUUGGUCUAAGAACGAACUCCGAAUGGUGGAAGGGCACCGGCUGCGGGAGGCCUCAUUAGGGAAGGCACGCCUCAGUUUAAGAACGUUUUCGGUUUAAAAACGGACUUCCGGAAUGGAUUAAGUUCGUAAACCGAGGUACCACUGUAUAUCCAUAUAAAGAGAUUCCUUCGAAUCUCAGGAUUCCCCUCCCCCACCCUCUCCAUGGGGUCCCAUUUUAAACAUUUUCUGCUGCAUCUUCUUCCACACUCCAAUUUUUAUAUCAAACCAUAUUAUCCAUGGUGAUUGUCACACUACCGGUGAAAUCAAAAUCCUGCUAAUGUUUCCAUCUGCUUACAGUGGUCUCCUAAAUAACUUCUACAUUUCCCCCAUUCUUUUAUAAAGUUUUUGUCCUCUUGGUUUCUGAGUUUUCCGGUCAGUUUUGCCAUUUUGGCGUAGUCCCAUCAACUUGGUUUGCCAAUCCUUUCUGGUACGGACUUUGUGUUCUUUCCAUCUCUGGGCUAGUGGCAUCCAAGCGGCUGUUGUCCUUUCACAUAUCGGUACCUAUAAUUCCUAAUAGAAAAGCUUCUGUUUUCUUAACAAAGGUUAUUCUAAGCAUUUUUUCCCAUUUCAUUAUAUAUCACAUGGGUAGGCAAACUAAGGCCUGGGGGCCGGAUCUGGCCCAAUCGCCUUCUAAAUCCGGCCCACAGACAGUCCAUGAAUCAGCAUGUUUUUACAUGAGUAGAAUGUGCCCUUUUUAAAAAAAAAAAUGCAUCUCUGGGUUAUUUGUGGGGCCUGCCUGGUGUAACAUGAGUAGAAUGUGUGAUUUUAUUUAAAAUGCAUCUGUGAUGGCCUGGGAUUCGGCUGAACCUGAGGAAUCCUAGCCUGCACAGGAUUCCCCGCCUCCAGAACCAGCUGAGCUAGGGCUGGGAUUGAGCCUGAAGGGUCCUCACCUGUGCUGGAUCCUCAGGUGCAGGCACCUGCUGAGUCUGCUCUGGCUCCUGAGGUGAUGGAGGACCCAUUGCCUGCAGGUGCUCCACUCUCAGCCCCGUCAGGGGAAACUGAAGUUGCCUCUGGGUCCGGUAACCCUCCAGCCUCUCCUGAGCUGCAGAGGCUCAGGGCAGAGAGGCGGAGGGAAGUAAGUUCCCGCAGGAGGAGUGCUCGCCUUAAGGCCAGGAGAGACGAGUCCCCAGAGGAUCGGGGUUGCCCUAUGCCUCAGGGCAGAUAAAAGCCAGCCAGCCCCAGUCCCAGGUUGCAGGAGCAACAUUGUUGGUUGCUAGUUCCUGCCUGCACCCUGUCCUGCCGGAUCUCCUGACCUCGCCCAACUCCCUGUCUUGCACCCAGCUUCAGCUUUGAUGGACGGCCUCAAUACUGCACCCUUGACCUCAGACUGGACUCGGACCAUGCCUCACGGAAACCCACGGGACCAGCACAGCAUCUCUGGGUUAUUUGUGGGGCAUAGGAAUUCGUUCAUUUCCCCCCAAAAAAUAUAGUCCAGCCCCCCACAAGGUCUGAGGGACAGUGGACCGGACCCCUGCUGAAAAAGUUUGCUCACCCUUGAUAUAUCAUCUCCCAGAAAGCUUUUAUUACCUUACAAGUCCCCCACAUAUGAUAAAAGUUACCUUCAUUUUCUUUACAUUUCCAGCAGGUAUUUGUACUUGUCCUAUACAUUUUUGCCAACUUAGUUGGGGUUAAAUACCACCGGUACAUCAUUUUCCCAUAGUUUACUCUCAAGGCACAACAUGACGUCAAAAGGUUGUUGGUUUUUUUGAAGGCCCUGGCUAAAAUUGCACCCACGCUUCCAUUUCACUAAUCUAUUAGCAGAUACUAAAAUGAAAGGGCAAUUUUGACUUUCCCCUGCAGGGACGGGAUUUGCAGUAGCAUCAGGACUCCUGUCCAUCGCUGGAGCAACCAUUUCCUGCAUCCCAAAAUGGCAGAUAUUGAAACUAUAUGAGUGUUGCUACAUCAUAUAGAGUAGCCUGCCAGGGCUUUUCAGAGAAAACAUGGCAGCAGGCAUUCUCCCCCGCCUAAAAAUUGUACUCCCCCCCCCAAUAGGAAUGGGGGGAUUUAAUUUUGUUUGCAUUUCAGUGAGAAGCUAUCCAAUUCACACUUUGCAAACCCAAAUACAGCUAUCCUUCAGAAUUCUCACUCGCUUGAUUUUUUGCAGCACACUUUUCCAACCAAGCAACAUUUACAAAAAAUGCACAUAUUUGGGGCAUGAAAACUAAUGUGAUAGCAAAAUACCUCACAAAAAUGCACUCCCUUAGGGGAAACUGCUUGCUAAGAUGUGUACGUUGGUCGGAACUGCAGACGAGAAUGGGUUUAUUGGGAGAAAUUGGAAGUGCUGGCGAAUCUCUGCAAGCAUUAAAGAAGAAAUGGCAAAUUUGCUGUGGAGGUCUGAAUUUAAGAUCGCGAAACUGAGAACUGAGAUUGACAGUCCCUGAAUUUUGUUGAGGGGGGUGGGGGACUUGAUGCCCCCUUCGCCCCCAUCCUUCUGAGCACAGAAUGCGGAUGAAAAACUGCUCUCCUUGCUGAAAUGUUGUUGUUCAUCUCUGUUUAUACAGCAGCCUUUCUGAUAAAUUGCCUCUUGUUUGGUCAUCUGUGUGCUUAAUUUGUUUCUGUCCAGAAAGAUGCCUGUGUCCUCUCCCAGCAAAGACAGCUUGAACCAAGACGCUCUGGAACUAGGUAUGUCUUAUUCCGUUCUCAACUAGCUCACUUAUUGCGAGGGUAAGGAUUUUACACGUCUAUCCAUCGCUAUUUCUGGAGGCCGAUAGAAAUUUUUAUUGAUUUAUUUUAUUGGGCUUUAUAAACAAGAAUAACGUUAUACAAAUAAGUAUAGCAAGUUUUCUCAUGUUAUUUGUAUGCCACAAAAAUAGCAUAAUAAAUGUGGGAAAAUAUCUACAACAUAUGUUUCAUUUACAGGUAGGUAGCCGUGUUGGUCUGCCAUAGUCAAAACAAAAUAAAAAAAUUCCUUCCAGUAGCAUCUUAGAGCCUCUGCGCACUGGGUCUUCAUCGAGCUGCCUGCUAUGACCCCAAGCUCUCAUAAUGAAAAUCCAAAUUCUUUAUAGCAGAACUUUAUGUACGUGUCAAAUCAGUAUUCCUGGAGGGUAAUGCUUUUGUGUGUCAGCCAGCAUGGUGUAGUGGUUAAGAGGGGUGGACUUGUAAUCUGGUGAACUGGGUUCGCUUCCCCGCUCCUCCACAUGCAGGCUAGUCACACUUCUCUGAAGUCUCUCAGCCUCACUCACCUCACAAAGUGUUUGUUGUGGGGGAGGAAGGGAAAGGAGGAUGUUAGCUGCUUUGAGACUCCUUCAGGUAGUGAUAAAGUGGGAUAUCAAGUCCAAACUCUUCUUCUUCAGCCGUGACAGAUAUGUAGACGGAACACAUAUUUAAAGACUGGAAGAACGGAGGGUGCCUUCACUUGCCAAAGCCACAAAAGCUAAUGUUUUGGGGUUGCAUGUUUCUGAGUAUGUGUUCUGGGUAUUAAACAGCCUUUCCUUUGCCCUCCGCAGUUGAUGUCGAGGACGAAGAAAAUUUGGAGGACGUCUACAUGAUCCCCGACUCUUCUGCUCUGUAUGCUGUCCAAGUAACGUCAAAGCCCAUUGACUACUAUCUUGCAAGGGUAAGAAACACAUUGAUGUGGCCAAUGCAGAACAUUCUGUUGGAAAGGCCGAAUGACUCUUGCUGUACAUGGAAGCAGACCAGCACCCUCAGAUCUAGCCCAGUGUGGUCAACAUUUAGGAGGUCUCAGGCCCAGCUCUUUGGAGAGAGGUUCUUCAAAAGUUGGCUGUCACCUUCAUUGCACAAAUUCUGUCUUACGCUGAAGAUGCGUCUCUUUAACUUAGCCUUCUUCAUUUACCCUGCCCUUCAAGAUUCACCUAUUCUCUUUGACUGCAAAGUGUUUUAAGCUGAUUUUAAUACCAUAUUUUAACAACAACAACAACAACAACAACAACAACAACAUAAUAUUUAUACCCUGUCCAUCUGGCAACAACAACAACAACAACAAAAUAUUUAUACCCCGUCCAUCUGGCUGGGUUUUCCCAGCCACUCUGGGCAGCUUCCAACAAAAGAUUAAAUAUACAUUAAAGCAUCAGUCAUUUAAACUUCCCUAAACAGAGCUGCCUUCAGGUGUCUUCUAAAUGUCAGGUGGUUGUUUAUUUCUUUGACAUCUGGUGGGAGGGAGUUCCACAGGGCGGGUGCCACUACCGAGAAAGCCCUCUGCCUGGUUCCCUGUAACCUCACUUCUUACAGUAAGGGAACCGCCAGAAGGUCCUCAAGCUGGACCUCAGUGUCCAUGCUGAAUGAUGGGGGUGGAGGUGCUCCUUCAGGUAUACAGUGGUACCUCGGGUUACAAAUGCUUCAGGUUACAUACGCUUCAGGUUACAGACUCCGCUAACCCAGAAAUAGUACCUCAGGUUAAGAACUUUGCUUCAGGAUGAGAACAGAAAUCGUGCAGUGGCAGUGGGAGGCCCCAUUAGCUAAAGUGGUACCUCAGUUUCAGGUUAAGAACGGACCUCCAGAAUGAAUUAAGUUCUUAACCCAAGGUACCACUUACUGGGCUGAGGCCGUUUAGGGCUUUCAAGGUCAGCACCAACACUUUGAAUUGUGCUCAGAAACAUACCAAGUGCCAAUGUUGGUGCCAAAGUGGUGGAACCCAUUCUGGGAUUUUAUGGCAGAGGGUGGGUAAGAAACAGUAAUGUCAACAGCAGGAGUGCUCCACGCUGUAAUAUUUUGAUGGCGAGGCCCACAAAUACCCUGAAAAAAAAAGCUUUUCAACUUUAAAUUAAUUAUCUGCCCCCCCCCCGAGCUGCAGUAGGUUCCAUUUUCUUUUAACAAUUAGGCUUGGCACAUCCUUCCCGAAGAUAAUGGAAGACUGGUUGAGUCCCAAGUGGGUCUGCAACCAAAAAGCCUCACACACACACACACACACACACACACAGCCAUUUAUGCCAAAGGAACAUUGUGAGGGAAGGAAAAAACGACUCCUCUGGUUAAUCAGGACAACUGUAUACGCAAUUUAUUUUUAUUAAAUUUACGAGUGUGGCGAGACAGGCUCGGGCAGCGUGCCACUGGGUUUCUCCUUCCUGCUUGGAAAUCCCUGCAGGAAUCAGGGGGCUCAGAAUGCUAACAGGGGGGUUUAUAAUGCAGGGGAAGAGAAAAUGGAAUGGAGUUCCCUGUAAUAGGGCGUGGCUGGCUGGAAUCCUAGCUGUUCGGAUCACGCAUGCGCCCUUAGGCUGUCUCUGAAAACUUCUUAUUUGUUGGGAGUUUGUGUGCACCCCCCAGAGUGAAGAAUUAGAUUUCAAAAAGAACAGGAGGUCUGUCCUUCCCUUUUUUUAAUUCUUAGUCUCAUGUUUUCCCCCUCUCAUUUAAAUCAAGGACCUGAAGAUCCUGUUGUUUGGCUCCAGUCUCGGCUGCUUCAGCGAGGAAUGGAAAAUCCAGAGUUUUAUGUUUAACGACAACCCUCAGCUGAAGUAUGGCAUUGUACAGAAAAAGGUAAAGCCUGGAGGCAGGAUUUCGAAGCCACUGGGGGCACAAUUUAUGGGGGGAAGGGGGGCGCUGUCCUAGGCCAGUCCCAUUGGAAUGGCGCUAGUGUAAUAGUGUGCAAGGAGACUUUCAUCUGGACGGAACACUAGGCUCGGUCAAUUGUGCUUGUGCAUAAAUCACCGCACAUCUUGAUGCGACUGUACUGGUGACCUCACGAAAGACUGUCUUUGCUCUUUGGCAGCAAUGCACACUCGUGCCGCCUUUGUCAUAGAGUUGGGGCCCGGGAUGAGCAAAGCAGCUGAAGGAACCGGAAGCUGUGGCAAACAGUGCAUGCGCAGAAUUCCUGAUGCACCGAUCCCACUUCUGGGACAAGAGCAGAUCACCUGCGACUCCAGGACACAGAAAGUUCCGUUCAGUCAUUCCCCACCGAAUAUUCAUGCACAGAGCAGAAUCGUGCUCCUUGUAUUUCUAGACCUCAGCUCCCAUGAUCCCUGGCUGCUGACCAUUCUGAGUAGGGCUGGUGGUAGUUGGGGGUCCAGCAGUACCUGGAGUGGGGCAGAGAUUUGCCACCUCUGUUCCAUUUAGGAUUGUGGCGAUCACUUACGAAACGAAAUAGUUUUUCGCUCUUCGGCCAGCCAAGCCUAACACAUCCUAAAAAAACGCAUUUAUAAAUAUUUCCUCAUGAAAGCAAUUAAUUUUUUUUUUAAUUGUGUGAUCUCCAAGCAUAUGCUUUUGCAUCUCCACAGCCUGUUUGUUUGUUUAUAUGUUUAUUAUUUGAUUAUUGCAUUUAUGCCCCACCUUUUCCUCCGAGGGGCUUGAGGGGGUGUACAUGGUUCUCCCUUCUCCUUAUUUAAGCCCCACAACAGCCUUGUGAGGUGGGUUAGGCUGAGAGAUAGUGAUGGGCCCAAGAUCACCUAGUGAGCGCACUGGCCAGGUGGAGAUUCAAAACCUGGUCUCCCAGUCUGAACCCUCCAAACAUUGCCCAGUUGGCUGCCUUAAGGAAGAGGACUUCGUAUCAGUGUCCCAUGUGCUCAAGUCUGAGGACCCAUUACUGACCUCCUAAGAGUAAGACUUAGGACGCGGGUGGCGCUGUGGGUUAAACUACUGAGCCUCUUGGGCUUGCCGAUCAGAAGGUCAGUGGUUCGAAUCCCUGCAACGGGGGUGAGCUCCCACUGCUCAGUCCCUGCUCCUGCCAACCUAGCAGUUUGGAAGCACGUCAAAGUGCAAGUAGAUAAAUAGGUAUCGCUCCGGCGGGAAGGUAAACAGCGUUUCCGUGUGUGCUGCUCUGGUUCGCCAGAAGCGGCUUGGUCAUGCUGGCCACAUGUACGCUGACUCCCUCGGCCAGUAAAGCGAGAUGAGCACCGCAACCCCAGAGUUGGCCACGACUGGACCUAAUGGUCAGGGGUCCUUUACCUUUGAGUGUAAGACUUAGGAGGAUACAGACAGGGAGACCAGGGUUUGAAUCUCCUCCUGGCUGGGAUAUUUGAGCUCUUUUGCUCCAGCCGUUUGCUCCCAGGCCACCUGGCCACCCAGAGAAAUCAGACCCCUGCUUCACCCCUCGACGACAGAACAAAUCAACCACAUGCUCCAGAUCUUGGCAUCGCCUGCGCAUACUGUUCUGAGGUUUUCUUCUUUGGGAAAACAUCCAGGGACGCAACCUUUUAAUUACAAGCGCAGAAUUUUCAGCCGGUCGCAACGUCCACGACAUUUGGGCCAUGGCGGUUAAAAACACAGAAAACAAAGGGAAACAAGAGGCAGGAGACUAGGUGGAGCUGAAGAGGCUUGCAGCCUGUGCAAGCUUCUCAGCAGCUUCAAACAGCGCUCAUUGUUUUUCUCCGUCCCUUGCCUUUUGCCGCUGUCUAGGGUGGGCCGUGCGGGGUCCUGGCAGUAGUCCAAGCCUGCCUCCUGCGACAUCUUAUCUUUGGAGACAGCAGCAGGAACAGCAAUACGUGGUGAGUCGACGCUGGUGAGAGCCGGCCUGUUUUCCACCCUGAGCUGAAAGCAAAUCCCCCUCUAUUGUUGGAAGGGGAAAAGGGGUCUUCCUGGUCUUGACCUCAUUAAAGGGAGAUAAAGUCCAAAUUGUGUUGAUUGAGAGGGUAAUGGACACCGUCCUUGAGGGUCAAGCCCCAAGUAUUUUUUGCACUUGCAAAACACACAUUGUUCGUGACAGGCCGGGUGUGUUUGGGGAGGGCUAGGAAGCCAGACGGACCCUCUGUAGAAGCAGUGUGUCGCUGUGCGCAAUUGCACAAACACCCUCUGCAUGCACAAACAUGGCACAGGUGUUGGCAGGUCACUGCAUCAGCUCCCCACCGCCAUGUCUCCUGGUCCUAUGUACACCGUGAGACAGUACUCUCUGCCUCCCCCUUAAAUUCCUCUGCAAAAUGCCCUUGCAAAUGCCCCCGUUUGAGAGGCCUGUUUGCAACUCUAGGCCAUGAGCUCCCAGAAGCUGCAAUGAGCUAAGUUUGACGGCUGCUGACUGCUAACUCCUCCCGAUUAAAAUAAUGAAUACCUAAGCUAUGGUUUUCCCAGUAGUGAUGUAUGGAAGUGAGAGCUGGACCAUAAAGAAGGCUGAUCGCCGAAGAAUUAAUGCUUUCGAAUUAUGCCGCUGGAGGAGACUCUUGAGAGUCCCAUGGACUUCAAGAAGAUAAAACCUAUCCAUUCUGAAGGAAAUCAGCUGAUUUCCUUAAGAAUGAUUUCCUUAAGAAUGAAGCAAAAUUAAAUUGGUUUAAUUCAUCAGGGCUGCAAUGUCGCUCCCAAUACUCACCCCCCUGAAGUAAACCGAAAGGGGGAUAAGAUCAAAAUCCCUUCCACGCACAUUCUAAAUCUGAAACAUCCGCAUUUCAGAUGAAGACGCCAUUUGGAAUUUUAGACAAUAGCAGGCCUCUCUGUGAGAGAUAAGUCUUCUCAGUGUUCCCACUGCUGGUCUGCUCAAAAGAUCUCCCCAUUUGAGAAGACUAAACAUCAAAUCAAAGCAUCAGACAUGAAAGAGAGUCCUUUGGCGUUCUUCCUCUGCCUUUGGGACAGUGUGGGAUGUCUCCUCGGAAGGGUGUUGGUGACUUGCAGGGAAGCAGAUAAAGGCGAAGCAAAACCUUACAUCACUCACAGCUAAUCUGGGCACUUCUUGGUGUUGGUCACUUACGGUCGAGGAAAGAGGAAGCAAGAUCUUAUGUCACCCGCAGCUAUUUUGGGUGCUUCUUGGGAGCAUUUGAGGACACAGUGCUGGGUGUCAGAUCAAUAGCCUUGCAGGCCAAGCACCAGUUGGGCAGUUGAGUUGGGUUGGCUGGGCUUACUGGAGGCCACCAGGUUGGCAAAGACUAGCCUACCUUGCAUCAGAUGGAUUGCAUCCAAUAGUGGCCCACUGGGGCAGGUGUUGACAUGGUGAAUACCCUAAAUUUUGCAGGUGGGAGCAGGUGCAAGUCCUACGGCUCAGUUCUCUGCUGGUCACUACUCCUGUCCCAAAUCAUGAGCUCAAACUCUUGUCAGCCUGGGAUGAAGAAUAAUAAUAUUUUUAUUAUUUGUACCCCGCCCAUCUGACUGGAUUGCCCCAGCAGCUCUGGGCGGCUUUCAACAUACACAAAAACACAAUGAAACAUCAAACAUAUAUAAACCUCAUGAUAUAGGGCUGCCUUCAGAUGUCUAAAGAAAGUCGUAUACAGUGUUACCUCUGGUUACGUACUUAAUUCGUUCUGGAGGUCCGUUCUUAACCUGAAACUGUUCUUAACCUGAAGCACCACUUUAGCUAACGGGGCCUCCCACUGCUGCCGCGCUGCCAUCGCGUGAUUUCUGUUCUCAUCCUGAAGCAACGUUCUUAACCCGAGGUAUUAUUUCUGGGUUAGCAGAGUCUGUAACCUGAAGCGACUGUAACCUGAAGCGUAUGUAACCCGAGGUACCACUGUAAUUGCUUAUCUCUUUUCCAUCUGCUGGGAGGGUGUUCCAUAGAGCGGGUGCCACUACCGAGAAGGCCCUGUGCCUGGUUCCCUGUAACCUCACAUCUUGCAGUGAGGGAACAGUCAGAAGGUCCUCGGAGCUGGACCUUGGUGUCUGGGCUGAACGAUGGGGGUGGAGAUGCUCCUUCAGGUGUACAGGGCCAAAGCUGUUGAAAACUUUGAAUUAUUUUUCAGUUUCUGCAUUUCUCCGCCUCUGCUUUCAAUUCUCGGGGCUGAGUGGUAUGUUGAAACCCUGGCAGCGAGGGACAACCUAAAGCCUCCCACGCUUAAGCUUAUGGGUUACAAUCAGGAGUCAUCAGCCCAUCAUCAUCAUAAUGUUCAUUUGUUUUGGUUUUUCUUCCCCUCUCAGCCGUUCCACAAAAUGUCCCCCUUGGGGUCUCCUUUGCCCUAGCCAAAGUAUAUUCUUCUGCAUCCUACGGAACUCGCUGUCCAGGGCGGGGUCGUUUUCCAAUAUCUGGCCUGAAACGGCCCUUUCCUAAUGUCUUCCCUCUGCUUUUAACCUUUAUGCUAAGUACUUCCUUUCCCUCCCAAUCUAAACCCAUCAGCUAUUUCCAGACAUCUGCCAUCGUGCUCUGCAAGCUGCCACUUCGCUCGCCCAGCCGCCUCGAAUAGAAAUCAAUCAGCCUCCUUUCAAAAUGGAGUGUCGUUCUUUGAACCGAAGAUCUAAAAUGGAAAGGGCAUUAAGGAAGAGGAGUUUAUGCGGCCAGCCCAAAGGUUGCUUGCAGACCAUGACACAGGCGGCUCCCCUGUCGGUUUCUUGCACCUUUCAAGAUUUUGUUUCAGUGCGCACAAACGCGUAUUGCAUGCCAAAGAUGCGUGCAAAAUUUGCAUUUUGCAAUCGAAUGUGUCAAAUUGUGUGUACGUUAGCAAUUCUUUUCAAGUGUGCACCUUGCGUAGAAAGUACCGUAUUUUUUGCUCUAUAAGACUCACUUUUUCCCUCCUAAAAAGUAAGGGGAAAUGUGUUUGUGUCUUAUGGAGCAAACGCAGGCUGCGCAGCUAUCCCAGGAGCCAGAACAGCAAGAGGGAUUGCUGCUUUCACUGCACAGCGAUCCCUCUUGCUGUUCUGGCUUCUGAGAUUCAGAAUAUUUUUUUUCCUUGUUUUCCUCCUCCAAAAACUAGGUGCGUCUUGUGGUCUGGUGCAUCUUAUAGAGCGAAAAAUACGGUACAUGCAAAAAUACGGUACAUGCGAAGUUUUGCUUCGUCUGUUUGAAAAAUCUGCACUGCAAACAGAUGAAAACAUGAGCAGGGUUGCAAUAACACUUGUAAUGUAAUGGGUAUUCUGGAGAUAAUGAAGUUUUUAAUAAUAAUAAUAAUAAUAAUAAUAAUAAUAAUAGGGAGGACAGUCAUACCUUGGUUGUUGAACGCCUUGGUACUCGUCCGUUUUGGCUCCCAAAUGCCACAAAGUGAGUAUUCUGGUUUGCGAACGUUCUUCGGAAGCCGAACGUCUGACAUGGUUUGCACAGCUUCCGAUUGAGUGCAUAAAGCUCCUGCAGCCAAUUGGAAGCCGUGCCUUGGUUUUCGAACAUUUUCAGAAGUCGAAUGGACUUCUGGAAUGGAUACCGUCCGACAACCAAGGUGCGACUGUAUAGAAAAAGAUGCAUUAGAAAAGAUUUAAUAACAGAGCCCAUGGAAGGGAUGGUGGGAAGUCCAGAGCUUUGGAGAAAUCUCUUAAUUGUGCGUAUGCUAUGUUAUUUUUCUAAUUUUAUACUUGCAAAAUAAAAUAAAAAUUAUGUUAAAAAAAGAGAGAAUUCUGCAUGAACCAGAAUGGAGUCUACCAAUGCUUGAGCAACAGCAAGGCUGAUAUGUGAGAGAAUUGGCUGCUUGGUUCUCCCCUAGUCCAGUCUCCAAUGAGAGUGUGGCUCAAAAGACGAUGUUUCAACAGAUACAGCUUAUUGGUGGAGUAGAGGAAGGAAGAGGUAUAUAGACUGCCAUUUCUCCUACAGCAUAAUCCUUUGCGUGUUUACUCAGAAGGAAGUCCUGCUGUAUUCAGUGGAACUUACUCUCCAAGGUAGGGAGGAGGGAGAAACAGAAUCCAGUUCACAGUUAAAUGUGAACCGACCUAAUGUACAGUCCAAAACAAUAUGGAAACUGAAACACGGCCAUCUUUUGAAAUUUGCACCUCUCCGAAUUUUGCAACGCAGUUUUGCAGCCAAGUACAAUGUGUAACAUGAGACGCGGGUGGCACUGUGGGUUACACCACAGAGCCUAGGACUUGCCGAUCAGAAGGUCGGCGGUUCGAAUCCCCAUGACGGAGUGAGCUCCCGUUGCUCGGUCCCUGCUCCUGCCAACCUAGCAGUUCGAAAGCACAUCAAAGUGCAAGUAGAUAAAUAGGUACCGCUCCAGCGGGAAGGUAAACGGCGUUUCCGUGCGCUGCUCUGGUUCGCCAGAAGCGGCUUAGUCAUGCUGGCCACAUGACCCGGAAGCUGUACGCCAGCUCCCUCGGGCAAUAAAGCGAGAUGAGCGCCGCAACCCCAGAGUUGGCCGCAACUGGACCUAAUGGUCAGGGGUCCCUUUACCUUUACCUUUACAAUGUGUAACAAAAGUGCAUAUACUAGGAGGGGAAAGCGUGCAGAUAAAAUAUGCAUAUUUGUGAAAAUAAGGAACAAGAGGCAAAAAUUGCUUUGAAAAAUGUGGGAGGAAAUACCAAAAAAAAUAUGUUUAUAUUAUUAGAAAUUCACACUAAAAUGCUGGUGUGUUUUCAUGUGAACUGAGGGGAUCAGAAUUUACUAUUGGAAUCCCCAGCGGAUCCAAGUAGAGCCUGGAAUGUUCUCCAUCGGAAGCCCCUCAGGGCCGCUGCUGCCAGCCAAUGUAGGCAGCAUUGAACUACAGGGACCAAUGAUCUGACUCAGCAGAAGGCAGCUUCCUAUGUUCACUGCAGAAUGGUCCUCCCUGUUCAUUGCCCAUUUCAUUUCUCCCCUUGCAACGUUUGCCGCUGGUGACGCCUUGCUAUCUCUUUUUGUCUCGAAACAGGCAGUGCCUCCAAGUGUCGGCGGCUACCAGAACCCAGUGCCUCACUCUGGCCAUCGCCGGCAUUUUGUGGCGCGCAGGCGGCCGCAGGAAAGCCACGAUUGCCUUGUAAGUGGAAGACACGUUUUCGGGAAGUUUGAGCAGACCUCCUCCCUUUCCCGUCCCCCUUCUGACAACGCCCUCCUUAAGCCACUGAUUUUUGCACAUUUCAUCAAUAAAGAUCCUGAUAAUAGAGGGUCUGGGGACGCGGGUGGCGCUGUGGGUUAAACCACAGACCCUAGGACUUGCCGAUCAGCAGGUGAGCUCCCGUUGUUCUGUCCCUGCUCCUGCCAACCUAGCAGUUCGAAAGCACAUCAAAGUGCAAGUAGAUAAAUAGGUACCACUCUGGUGGGAAGGUAAACGGUGUUUCCGUGCGCUGCUCUGGUUCACCAGAAGUGGCUUAGUCAUGCUGGCCACGUGAACCGGAAGCUUUACGCCUGUGUGUGUGUGUGUGUGUGUGUGUGUGUAUAUACCGGUGUGUGUGUGUGUGUAUAUAUAUAUAUAUAUAUAUAUAUAUAUAUAUAUAUAUAUGUAUAUAUAUAUAUACCGGUGUGUGUGUGUGUGUGUGUGUGUGUGUGUGUGUGUGUAUAUAUAUAUAUAUAUAUAUAUAUAUAUAUAUAUAUAUAUAUAUGUAUGUAUAUAUAUAUAUACCGGUGUGUGUGUGUGUGUGUGUGUGUAUAUAUAUAUAUAUAUUGUGGCAAAGACCUGGGAGGCUGCCAGGAUAUAUUGGCCCCCUUUUCCAUAGAAAAACCUUAUAAUAGCUUUGGUAGUUCUUUGGACCAGAGUUGGACCAGUGGUGUCGCUCAGAGGAGAGGAUGUUUUCCCAACCUCUGAGGUUCCUAUUUAAAGAAAAUCUGAAGGACAAAAGCACAUGGGAUUGCCGUUUUCCUCUUCCCUGGGAAAGUAUCACGGGGGAGAGAUUCCAAACUCUAGUUGCUCCUCCAGCCCCUGCCAAAUAUUGACCCUGGAUGCAAAGGGCACAGUCCUUUAAUGACUCCUGCCCUUAGCAAACGGAGCUCCUCAUCGGCUGUUUUCCUUCUUCAGAUCUUUUGUUGUUCUGUUCUUUUUAGGUGUACUGGAACGCAGCAGUUCACUCCUGUAGGGAAAUACAAAGCAGAUGGGAUCUUGGAAACGGUAAUGUUUUAGCCAGAACUGUCCUCCACCUACCCUCAACCUUUCAUAGAAUUGUAGAAAGUUGGAAGAGACCCUGAGGGGUCAUCUAGGCCAACCCGCUACAAUGCAGGAACCUUUUUUUGGUAUAUGUUUCUGCUUUGUAGUUAGAAAUAGCGUACAGUGGUACUUUGGUACCUUGGUUCUCAAAUGCCUUGGUACUCAAACAACUUGGAACCCAAACACUGCAAACCCGGAAGUAAAGUGUUCCAGUUUGCGAACUUUUUCUGCAAGCUGAACGUGCUCCAUUUUGAGUGUUACGCUUCCGAUUUGAGUGCCUUACACUGAGUGUCUUACACUGAGGUCUGUCUCUUUUUGCUAUUUGUUUUGCGGCUUUUUUGUUUCUGUGACACUGUGGAACCCAGUUCAGCUACUGAUGGAUUGAUUGAUGGUGUGACUGCAGUGCAUUGUUUAUUGCUUUCAUUUUAUGGACCAACGGUCUCGUUAGAUAGUAAAAUUCAUGUUAAAUUGUGGUUUUAGGGGUUGUUUUUAAAAGUCUGGAAUGGAUUAAUCCAUUUUGCAUGACUUUCUAUGGGAAAGCGUGCCUUGUUUUUUGGAACGCUUUGGUUUUGGAGCGGACUUCCGGAACGGAUUAAGUUUGAGAACCGAGGUACCACUGUACUCUAUUCUGCACGUGUGGAAUUUGCAAACUUGUGCAUCUGGGAUUUGCGCUCUCGGAAUCCCCAGAAUCCCUGCUAUCCAUCAAACUUUAAAUGCAUGCUUCUAGCCCUUAAUGCCAACAAGAACAGAACCGGGAAAUAUGUGGUCAGCGUCUGGCAAACACUGAGAAGCCAGAGCAGGGUUCAGCAAAUCUGGGGGUUUAGCUGCUUGACAGUUAUUUCCACAGUCCUGGGAGGGUGUGGUUGUGUGUGUGUGUGUGUUUUCCCAAAAAAGAGGGAACCCAAAUUCCAUUUCUUCCGGGGCUGCUGUUAGGGUGGGGAAGAGGCGUAAAACAUUACGCAGCAGUUAAAAAACAAACCAUAAAGUAUUUAUGUACGCCACGACCGCCGCUAGGAUUCUAGUGGCUCAAAAAUGGAAAACCCAGGAAAUCCCAACUUUAAUGGAGUGGCAGACGAAAAUGUUUGAAUACGUAGAAUAGGCGAAAAUGACCUAUAAGAUUCGGAACCAAAAAGUAACAAAGUUCAGAGAGGAGUGGAGUAAAUUUGUUGAGUACAUACAGAAUAAUUGUAGAAGCUUAAAGACUGUAGCAAGGUUAAUAUAAAUCUUGUGACGUGGACAGAGUGUAAAUAAGAAUCUGUAAGAGAGCAUGUUAAUUGUGAAAGCCGAUGUAAGGAAGGAAGGAAGUCCGGGCGCAAUAGCGCACAUGGUAAAUAAGAAGACACAAAAAUGUUGAAUGUAAGAGUAUAUGCUUUGUUUAUUUUUGUUUUGGAAAAUCAAUAAGAAGCAUUUUAAAAAAACAAAAAAACAAACACAAACCUUGACACCGGGAAUCCAAUAUACAUGUUUGCACACAACCCGUGCAGCAAGCCCCAAACUGAGCAGAGCGGAGAUGAGAUCAAAACAGUAAUGAACUGGAAAGAUCGUUCUUGUGGAAUGAACGUCAUGAAAAAUACAAGGCGUUUCAAUUUAAGCCUCCCUGGGGAGCCGCGGAGCUUCGCGUUCCACCUCCGCAACAGAGGAUCCUCAUCAGCCCUACAUCUUCCGACCAUCUCAAAAAGUAGGGGGAGAGAGAGAAAGAGAAAGAGAGAGAUACCAUAGUUCAGGGUUUUGCAUCUUCAGAGGGUCCCAGGUGAUGGGAAAAUCCCUCCCCCAUUGAGACACUGGGGAGUUGUGGCUGGUCAGAGACUAUCCUAUGUUAGGCAGACAAAUUGUCUCACCAGACCAGGCAGCAUCCAGGGCUCCUGUGCAUUAUUCCGGGCCACCCCCCUUCUUCAAAGCUCCCCUAAGCCUUCUCCUUAACCCAUUUGAGCCACAUUUCUGCUUUUUUUGGGGGGGGGGUCAUUUUUAAUUGAUUUUACAAAUGAGAAUUAGUUACAGUACCAAAUACAUAUCCAUAAAACGAGAUUUCUCUGAAUCUCACAACUCCCCCACCCCAUCCCCUCCGUGGGUUCUGUCAACACUUCCAACUGCAUAUUAUUUCAUAGUCUCUGUUUUGUAUCUAUCCACAUUGUCCAUAAGGGACGUGGGUGGCACUGUGGUCUAAACCACAGAGCCUAGGGCUUGCCGAUUGGAAGGUCGGUGGUUCGAAUCCCCGCGACGGGGUGAGCUCCCGUUGCUCAGUCCCUGCUCCUGCCAACCUAGCAGUUUGAAAGCACAUCAAAGUGCAAGUAGAUAAAUAGGUACCACUCUGGCGGGAAGGUAAACGGUGUUUUCGUGCGCUGCUCUGGUUCGCCAGAAGUGGCUUAGUCCUGCUGGCCACAUGACCCGGAAGCUGUACGCCGGCUCCCUCAGCCAGUAAAGCGAGAUGAGCGCCGCAACCCCAGAGUCGGUCACAACUGGACCUAAUGCUCAGGGACCCCUUUACCUUUAGAAAGUCUCAGGACCCCAAUAUGUAGCAGAAUACCUGUCUCCACCAGGAGGAACUCUUUGCUUCACAUGACAGUAGUCCUAUCUCUCUCUCUCUCUCUCUGCUUGGGAUUUUUCGCCUAGACCUUGGCUGGAUGUUCCCGUUAUAUUUUGACCUGAAUUUCCCCCCACUCUUUUUUCUUCCUUUCACAGCUGAUGUUGCACGUUGCCACAAGUUACGAAGACCUGCUGAGGUUCCUGCAACAAAAUAUUCAUCAGGUACGAAUCUCAGCCAGGUCCGGUUCUCAAUCGCAGCAUGAUUUUUCUCACACACACUUGUUCAGAGCAUUUAUUUCCAUUUGCCCGUUGCCUUACAUGAUUCAUAAAUCUACAAGUGAGGCACUCAAACUGUAUCCUUGUUCUUCCUGUGUGUGCCAACUAUUCUGUCCGUGAAGUUUCUUCCUGCCCUUGUAAAAUUUUAUAUCUAUCUUUUCCCGGUUGUUGCUGUUCUGCAUCCUGCCAUGGGCAGAGCUGAUAUCCCAUUGUUGUUUCAGAAAUUCUCCAUUGCUCUGCCCUGUGUUUCAUUGUUUUGCCACUUUUUACAGCAGCUGCAAAAAUCACACUGUCCCAAUAAAUAACUACGAUUCUACAAUUCUGCCUUGAUGGCUUUACCUCCAGCUAGGGAAGGGAGGAAGACAUGCUUUCUUUCAGCUUGUCUUCUAUAAUCUUCAGUUAGCAAGUUUCUGUGGAGCAUGUAGCAGACUUGGCUGGCGACAGUAACUUAGCAAAGAGACUGGAUUUGACCCCUUUAGCUGUCUCUGCUUCUACAGAAUCUCAUCUUCCAGGUACAGAAUGCUGGGAAGGUCCACAACUUAGAGGCAGAAUGUCUGCUUUGCAAGCAGGAGCUUACUGGUUCAAUCCGACGUCUCCAGGUAGGGUUAGGAGAGGCUGCCUGCCAGAAAUCCUGGACAGCCUUCCAGUCAGGGUAAGAGAUUCUAAACAAGACAGACCAAACAUUCUGCCUUGUUAUAAGGCAGCUCCCUAUGUUUCUAAAAUCACAGGCUUGGCAGGGAUACCAAAAAUGACUUACAGACCAACUCCCAAUUCUACACCAGUACAAUAUAAAUUCACCCCCCCAAUCAAUCAUAAUAAUAAAUAUUGUGAUAUUUUGGUUGGCCUAAUAUAGGGUGGUAGUUCACAGUUUUGCUUAAGAGUAGACCUAGUGAAAUCAAUGGACCUAACUUAGUCAUGUCCAUUCUUUUCAAUGGGUCUGAGAAAGGUAAGAUAAAUGACCCCGGGUGGUUAAGUCCAGUCAAAGGUGACUAUGGGGUUGCAGCGCUCAUCUCGCUUUCAGGCCGAGGGAGCCAGUGUUUGUCCACAGACAGCUUUCCAGGUCAUGUGUCCAGCAUGACUAAGCCGCUUCUGGCAAAACCAGAGCAGCGCACAGAAAUGCCAUUUACCUUCCCGCCGGAGUGGUACCUAUUUAUCUACUUGCACUUUGACGUGCUUUCAAAAUGCUAGGUGGGCAGGAGCAGGGACCAAGCAACAGGAGCUCACCCCGUUGUGGAGAUUCGAACCUCUGACCUUCUGAUCAGCAAGCCCAAGAGGCUCAGUGGUUUAGUCCACAAGGCCACCCGUGUUUAAUCAUCAUCAUCAUCAUCUUUAUUUCUACCCCAUCCUCCCCGGCCAGAGCUGGGCUCAGGGUGGCUAACACCAGUAGAAUUACAGUAAAAACAUAAUGGGGGGGGGACCCAAUUUAAAAUACAGGUUAACAUGCAAUUUAAAAUGCAGCCUCAUUUUAAAAGUAGUCCAUAGAUCAAAACCAUAAGGGGAGGGAAACAUAAGGGUCAGACUGAGUCUAAACCAAAGGCCAGGCGGAACAGCUAUGUCUUGCAGGCCUUGCGGAAAGAUGUCAAGUCCCGCAGGGCCCUAGUCUCUUGUGACAGAGCGUUCCACCAAGUCGGGGCCAGUACUGAAAAGGCCCUGGCCCUACUUGAGACCAAUCUAACCACCUUGUGACUUGGGACCUCCAAAGUGUUGUCAUUUGUGGACCUUAAGGUCCUCUGCGGGGCAUGCCAGGAGAGGUUUGUAGGUUUGGGAUUCUUUUCUUAAGCACCAACAUAAUUACCUUUACAUUUUUAAAGAUGAAACAAAAGUAUCUGCCAAAAGGAUAGUUGGCGGUCCUGUUCCACAUGGUCAGCACCGCCACCUUGCAAUUUAACACAAAAAAUAUUUUUAAAUAAGACAAAUGGAUGCAUUUUUGGUUCUGCUGCGAACGACUAGUUUGAAAAGUGCGCCUUCCAGCUCAGAACCGUGACCUUCUUCCCUUCCUUCCCUCCCAGUUUGAAGCUGGUCCGUACGGGUGCAUUCUUCUGACUUUGUCCGCGAUACUAUCAAGAUCCAUCGAUCAGUGAGUAUAUCUGCAUUUCUUUCUGAAGGGUGGCUGGCAUUGGCUCCUAAGCCUCUGGGAUAUAGUUGUGCGAUGUGCAGCGUGGCCAAAGUUUCCAAGUAUGCUCUGGCUUAUCGCGGAUGGAAUUCCUUAGGCCCUGGUUUCUCGAAAAAAGGCUCCCCUGAGACUCCCUGAAUGGGCACGUCUGCGUUGAGAGCUGUAUGGGCUCCUUGCACUCCACCUGCCCAGGUAGCAUCUGUUACGUGCACAGUGUUUUAAAGUUCAUUAAACCAAAAUGAUAAGCGUAGACAGUCACUAUCAAAGCACACUGCGAUUAAGACAAGAUGCCUUUCAGUAGUCAAUGUCCUGCAGAAAGCGGUGAUAGGCGCUCCAGCGGAAAACAGCAGAACAGUUUUUUCCGGAUAGAUGAACUGUUAGUAUAGUAUAUAGUAUAGUAUACCUGAAGGAGCGUCUCCACCCCCAUCAUUCUGCCCGGACACUGAGGUCCAGCGCCGAGGGCCUUCUGGCGGUUCCCUCACUGCGAGAAGCAAAGCUACAGGGAACCAGGCAGAGGGCCUUCUUGGUGGUGGCACCCGCCCUGUGGAACGCCCUCCCAUCAGAUGUCAAAAGAAAUAAACAACUACCAGACUUUUAGAAGACAUCUGAAGGCAGCCCUCUUUAGGGAAGCUUUUAAUGUUUGAUGUGUUACAGUAUUUUAAUAUUUUGUUGGAAGCCUCCCAGAGUGGCUGGGGAAGCCCAGCCAGAUGGGCGGGGUAUAAAUAAAUAAUGAUUCACACUGAACCCCUGUCCAUCCCCUUGACUGCUUCCCACACUGCUCCAGGGUUGGCAGAACGGCAAAGGAGACACACGGUCAUGUUGUGGGGCGGGGUGUUUGUGGAGUUGGAGGGCACACAGGCCUCCAGGUGACUCAGUUUCUGGUGCCCAUGUAGGUCUUCCAACGCGAUCCUUUGCCAAAUCCUCUUUUAAAGCCAACUAGUCUGUUGACCAUCGCCUGCCUCUUGUGGCAGUGAGUUCCAAAGUUAAACUCUGCGCCGGACGAGCCAAUGGGGUGCUCUGUUCCACACAGCCCCGUCCAGGUAAACUGCAGCCAUGCUGGGGCAGGUGGUCGGUCUGCAUCUUUGCCCUGCCACGCUGGGCUCCCUGGGCUACCCCAGCUCAGAGGAGCCGCGUUCCCAUGGCUCCUACCAAAACGUAAGAAGGAAACUAGGGUGGGGUUCUCCUGUUAGUCAUGUGGGUUUCCUGCGAAGUUUCUUUGCCAUACCAGGACAGCUGGCCAGCAAUCCCCGGCCUUUCCAUUGCUUUCCAUGCCCAAACGAUGCCUGCCUUGUCCGUUUAGCUGCCCUUCGCAAUGCCUGUACCAGAAACUCAUUGGUACGUAUUUUUCCCUUGGGCAAGAAAACAAGGGAAUCCAUCUUCCCCUGAAAGUUUUGACAGUAGUAAUUAGAAAUAUACUUAGGGCAAGACGGCCUGCUCCUUCCACUCCUGCCCUGCAGAGCCGUCCAAAAAACAGCAACACCCCACAAGUCAUUCUUGGGAGAGAUAAGCGAUAAACUCAUUAAGGUUCUUGAAUGUAAACAAGAUAAGAACUGGGGCAUUUUAGUUCCUCUUCUUGCUUCCUCUGGCCAGCGGCUCUGAUUCAGCUAAUGCCUUUUUGAUUGCUGUGUGUUUUUCGAUUUGUAACGCCCGCCUCUCCUGACUUCGACAUUCAGAGCGUUGGAAGCCAGGCUGGAUUUAAGUUUGAUGAGGCCCUAAGCUACUGAAAGUAAUGGGGCCCUUUAUAUGUCCAGCUGUCCUUUGUCAACAACAAAUUGUCGCUGUUUUUGUGUGUUGAAUAUAUGCUUUAUGGUAAUUUAUGGACCUAAUAGGUAUCUAAAGCCAUUUGCGCAUGCAGAAUGUAGGCACCCUUGAUAUAGAAAUGAGCAAACCAGUGAUAUUUUAAUGAGCAGGCUAGCAGGCGGGGCCCAUGACUUACAUAAUAGGAGCCGACACAACACAAAACAAAACAAAACACUGUUGCUACAUGUAAGUUUUGUUUUAUUUAUUUUUUCAUCUUAUAUUUUGGAAAUGUACAUCCAGGUUUUUUCCCCUUUAAUUUUUUUGGGGGGGGGCCCAAGAGUGUGGGACCCUAAGCUAUAGCUUGUUAGCUUAUACGUAAAUCUGGCAUUGGUUGGAAGUCUCUAGCAUCGUCUUAAUCAAAAACUGAACAGAGGGCCUUGGGUGCUAGGCACCUCAGAGUCCUUCCCUGUCCCGAUCUGAAAUGCACAGGGGAUACUAAGGGGGUGUGGCUCAGCGGUAGAGCAUCUCCUUGGCAUUCGGAGGGUCCUGACUUCACUCUUGAGCAUCUUCAAUGUGGAGCUAGAUGGACCAAUGGUCUGAAUAUGCUCCUGUUCCUUCACUUCUGCACACUGUGCCUAGUUGGACUGGGGAACUCCCCCCCACAAGAGGGAGUGAUGACCACCAACUUGGAUGGCUUCCAAAGAUGAUAAGGGAAAUCCACGGAGGGCAAGGAUAUUGAUGGCUACUAGGCACGAUAGUUGUGCUUUGCCUCCACGGUUGGAGGCAGUCCAAUGCGGGUGGCUCUGUGGGUUAAACCACAGGGCCUAGGACUUGCCGAUCAGAAGGUUGGCGGUUCAAAUCCCCGCGAUGGGGUGAGCUCCUGUUGCUCAGUCCCAGCUCCUGCCCAACUAGCAGUUUGAAAGCACGUCAAUGUACAAGUAGAUAAAUAGGUACCGCUCCGGCGGGAAGGUAAACAGCGUUUCCGUGUGCCGCUCUGGUUCGCCAGAUGCAGCUUAGUCAUGCUGGCUACAUGAACCGGAAGGUGUCUGCGGACAAACGCCAGCUCCCUCGGCCUAUAGAGCGAGAUGAGCACACAACCCCAGAGUCGUCCGCAACUGGACCUAACGGUCAGGGGUGCCUUUACCUUUACCUUUAGGCACAAUAGCUGUUUUUUGCCUCCACCUUUUGAAGCCAGUCAUGCUUCUGAAUUAUAAUUGUUGUUCUUGUUCAGUGGUACCUCAAGUUUUCAAGUCUUUCAGAUGCCGAACAUUUCGGUUUUCAAACGCCAAAAACCCAGAAGUGAUUGCUUCCGUUUUCGAACACUUUUCAGAAGUCAAACGGCUUCCGCUGAGUUUCCGCCCCAAAUUUCCCCAUUGAAAUUGCAGGCCGCACUUUGCGCCUCAGGAGUCGAACUGUCUUCCGGAAUGGAUUACAUUCGAAAACCGAGGUACCACCAUAUUAUUAUUUCUAUACCACCCUUCAUCUGAAGAUCAAAGGGUGGUUUACAAUAUAAAAACACAACAAUACUUAUUGUAGUAAGACACAAACAGACACACAGAGAGAGAGAGACAUAGAGAGGGAGAGAGAGAGUUAGUUAGCCAAAGAAUUAGGCAAAGGCCUGAGAGAAGCUGGACGUUUUCCAUGCCUCCUUGUUGCUGAAAACUGCAGGAGGAGAGAGCACUCUUUUGCUUAGGUCUCCCUUGGGAUGUGGUGGAUUCUCCUUCCUUGCACUUUUUAAGCAGACGGUGGCUGGCCAUUUGUCAUAGAUGCUAUAGCUGAGAUUCCUGCAUUGCAGAGGGUUGGACUAGAUGAACCUUGGGGUCCCUUCCAAUUCUACGAUUCCGUGGUUCUGUGAUUCUGUGUUGUGCGGUUUCCCAUUGGCCACCGUGAGAACAGGAUGCCGGACAAGACAGGCCAUUGGCCUGAUCCAGCAGGGUCUUGUUGCACUCUUCCCCGCAUGCAGAAAGGGUUCCAGCUUCGAUCCCCAUCAUCUCCAGCUAGGACACAGAGUGGCUCUGUCUGCAACCCUGGAGAGUCGCUGCCAGCCAUUCAGUGCUGAGCUGGAUGGAACAGUGGCCUGACUCAGUAUGAGGUUGAGGUUCCUGCAUUGCGGGGGUUGGGCUAGAUGUCCUUUGGGGUCCCCUCCAACUCUCUGUGAUUCUGUCAAGCUGCUUCCUGCGUUCCUGUGGAAGAGGAGAGCCUCUGGAGAUUGCCAUCAGCUAAGGCAGGUAUAGGCCACCUGUUGUAAGGAAAGUCACUUUCCUAGAGGAUUAACGGACAAGACAGUUAGCAUGGCAUUUGGGGGCCGUGAGCAUCGUGAGCCCGCGACUCGGAAUAACUCCCUCCUGGCCUCCCUCCUCUUCUUUGAAUGCGGAUUCAAGCGUGUUUGGAACACAGAUCCCCAUCCCAGCUUAGACUCCCGAAAAACUCUCAAAGCUUUUUAACUUUCCCCUCUGAAACUUUGUUUUGCUUUUGGGGAUGAUGGAGCAAACAAUGGCUGCUUAUGUGUUUAAUUGGGAAUAUAUAGCAUCAUUAAAAACAAGAAAAGAAAACAGGCCAAAAAACAAUGGCCUUGAGAAAACAGCUCCAAGUCUCAGGGACACAGAAGGUCAAUUGGGGAGGCUGCUUGGUCCAUUAAGAGCAAUCUAUUCUAAUCCGUGGAAAAUGUGCUUCAUAGCCUCUUAAUCUGCCUCAGAACUUGAGUAGCCAGGUCUCUCUCUCUCUCUCUCUCUCUCUCUCUCUCUCUUGCCUCUAACCUUCCUGAAAAUAUUCCCACCUCCCUCCUGAAGGGAAGCGGGCUUCCAUUGCACGGUUCGGAGGUUUGCUGUGCAUUCAAACAUAUGCUUAUUUCAUUGCCGUUCCUAUAAUGUGUGGGAGAAAAUCCUCCUCAACUCCCACUGCCUUCAAAUUAAUACAAGUGCUCACACCCUGAAAAUUGCUGCUUUUGUUGUGUGGGUUGCCGACAGCUCCCUUCUAUUAGCACCUCAUGGUGUUCCGGAUAUUUUGCAUCUCAAUCUUCACACCCCGGCCUCUUGUGUCUUGCAUGCAAGGCGUUAGCUGUAGCCUGGAUCUUCUAAACAUUAUUAUUAUUAUUAUUAUUAUUAACUGUAUUUAACAAAGUGUGUAUGCUGCUUAACUGUACACGAGACCUCCGUGCGAUGUUACAAAGAAUGCAAAAACGAAACUGCCGGUUAGAAAACCUAUGUUACCGGCAAGCUUAUGGAAAAAGCAAAAUGAGUAAGAUUGGCAGUCAGAAGUGUGCAUUCCGAGCUAAAAUUGCAGAUUAGAAUACACACCAGCUUUGCAGGCCACAGGGGAGCAGGGAAGGAAGAUACAGGAAGAUCAUCACCUUUGGAGGAUUGAUGGUGGCUAAUGGAUUGAGGUUGAAUCCUGACAAGACAAAAGUACUGUUCUUGGGGGACAGGGGGCAGGCGGUUGUGGAGGACUCCCUGCUCCUCAAUGAAGUAACUGUGCCCCUGAAGGACCAGAUGUGCAGCCUGAGAGUCAUUCUGGACUCACAGCUGUCCAUGGAGGCGCAGGUCAAUUCUGUGUCCGGGGCAGCUGUCUACCAACUCCACCUGGUACGCAGGAUGAGACCCUACCUGGCCGCAGACUGUCUCUCCAGAGUGGUGCAUGCUCUGGUUAUCUCCCGCUUGGACUACCGCAAUGCACUCUACGUGGGGCUACCUUCGAAGGUGACCCGGAAACUACAACUAAUCCAGAAUGCGGCAGCUAGACUGGUGACUGGGGGCGGCCGCCGAGACCACAUAACACCAGUCUUGAAAGACCUACAUUGGCUCCCAGUAUGUUUCCAAGCACAAUUCAAAGUGUUGGUGCUGACCUUUAAAGCCCUAAACGGCCUCGGCCCAGUAUACCUGAAGGAGCGUCUCCACCCCCAUCGUUCUGCACAGACACUGAGGUCUAGCGCCGAGGGCCUUCUGGCGGUUCCCUCACUGCGAGAAGCAAAGCUACAGGGAACCAGGCACAGGGCCUUCUCGGUAGUGGCGCCCGCCCUGUGGAACGCCCUCCCAUCAGAUGUCAAAGAGAUAAACAGCUACCUGACAUUUAGAAGACAUCUGAAGGCAGCCCUGUUCAGGGAAGUUUUUAAUGUGUGACAUUUUAAUGUAUUUUUAAUCUUUGUUGGAAGCCGCUCAGAGUGGCUUGGGAAACCCAGCCAGAUGGGCGGGGUACAAAUAAUAAAUUAUUAUUAUUAUUAUUAUUAUUAUUAUUAUUAUUAUUGAUAUUAUUAUUUCAACCCAUAAAAGAUACACUUGGCAUGUGACUGCUGGGCUCGCCUGUCUUGCAUGCCAUUGGACCAAACCCAUUAAUGGUGGCGCAUGCACAUGGCCAAGGAGAACAUCCCUUUGGAGAUCCCUUGUGCCCAGGCUGCCUAGAAGCGUCCCUUGCAAUUAUUUUAAGACCUUUUCUCCCCCACCCACGGCCUAUUUCUGUCGCCAACCCCGUAAUUGUGUGUGUUUUGCUAAUGCUAACAGUCUGUUGCCAUGAAGAAAGGGGUGUGAGGUCAGCCCUGGAGCACUGAAACCUCACCACAUGGAGAGGAACUGCAGAAUUGCCAGGCCUCCCGUUAAAAACACACACACACACACGUGGCGUCCUCUGCUUUUUAAGCGGCCGGGAGUAGGAAAAUCUACAACUAAAAAAGGCUGGGGGGGGGGAGAGGGAGAGCAGGGAGGGGAGAAGGAAGGUUUAUUUUUGUGUCUGUAAGUUAGGGCUUUUUCCCUGAAGUCAACUCUCUUACUUUCUGUCCGUUAACGUCAUGGAACGUGGGGGAGCCCCGUCUGGCUCCCAUGUGACAAGGGACUUUGAGAAUUAUUUUUAUAAUGAUUAUUAUAUUUCUGCCCUUCCCCUUUCCCCCUGUCUGGGUGGCUCAAGGUGCCUAGCGCAAAUAAAACCGAAGCCAAAAGCAUAGCAGAGACAGUCAUUAAGGUGUGAGGAAACACUAUGGGAAUUAAAAUAACAUUUGAAAAGAUCCACUAAAAAACACACCAGUGACAAUAAAGAUAAUUGAAAACAGCAGAGCGCCAAAACAGUCCGUUCUCAAAAGCCCGUUGGGACAAGGUCUUCUUCGCCUGUCAGCAAGAAGGACAACAAAGAAGGAGCAAGUCUAGCUUCUCCGUGAUUUUCAGAGUUGGAGCAGCCACCAAGAAGGCCUUGUCCCACAUCCCCGUCAAGAGUGCCUGUGAAGGUGGUGGGACUGAGAUAAGGGCCUCCUUCGAAGAUCUCAAAGCCCAGGCAGAUUCAGAUGAGGGAAUAACAUUUUUCAGACAAGCCAGGGACAGUGGCAUCCUUGAGGCCUUCCCUGGGUGACCACAAAGUCUCUUGAUCUCACCCCCAGGGCCAGAUUUAGGUUUGAUGCAGCCCUAAGCUACUGAAGGUAAUGGGGCUCUUUAUAUGUCCAGCUGUCGUUUGUCAACAACAAAUUGUCGCUGUUUUUUUGUGUUGAAUAUAUGCUAUAUGGUAAUUUAUGGACCUAAUAGGUAUCUAAAGCCAUUUGCACAUAACAAAAUAUGUAUUUUAUCAAAGUAAUUGUUGAACUGAAAUACAAUUAAGAAGAAGUAUAUUAAUAGUGAAAUACAAUUAAGAAGAAGUAUAUUAAUAGUGAAAUAAUUAUUAAGCUCUAACUUAAAAUGUUUUUUUUUUUUAAUUAUUCAUAAGAAACUUAAUAAUGCAAACACAUUGGCAUUUGGUAAUAACAAAAGUUCCUUUAGAAACACAGUUUACAAAGACUCAUAAUCUAGUCUCUAAAAAUUUGCUAUAACAUGAAAUAAUAAUAGGUGUAAAUAUAUGAUGCAAACUACAGUGGUACCUCAGGUUAAGUACUUACCGUAUUUUUCGCACUAUAGGACGCACUUUUUCCCCUCCAAAAAUGAAGGGGAAAUGUGUGUGCGUCCUAUGGUGCGAAUGCAGGCUUCACUGAAGCCUGGAGAGCAAGAGGGGUCGGUGCGCACCGACCCCUCUCGCUCUCCAGGCUUCAGGAGAGCCCCAGCGCCAGCCCCACAAGGUCGGGGGACAGAGGGAGGCGGAACGCCGCCAUCCCGCUGUCUCCCGAAGUGGUUUGGAGGCUGACGGCGGGGAGACCCCGCCGCCGGCCCCGCAAGCUCCGGGGACAGCUGGGAGACGCAGUGCGUCUUCCUGCUGUUCCCGGACCUGAUCUGAAGGCGGGCGGCGGGGAGAAGAGCGCUUCUCCCCGCUGCCAGCCCCGCAAGCUCCGGGGACAGCUGGGAGGCGCAGCGCGUCUUCCCGCUGUCCCCGGACUUGAUAUCAAGGCGGGCGGCGGGGAGAAGAGCGCUUCUCCCCGCUGCCUGCCCCCAAGCUCCGGGGACAGCAGGGAGACGCAGCGCGUCUUCCCGCUGUCCCCGGACUUGAUAUCAAGGCGGGCGGCGGGGAGAAGAGCGCUUCUCCCCACUGCCUGCCCCAAGCUCCGGGGACAGCUGGGAGACGCAGCGCGUCUUCCCGCUGUCCCCGGACUUGAUAUCAAGGCGGGCGGCGGGGAGAAGAGCGCUCUCCCGCUGCCUGCCCCCAAGCUCCGGGGACAGCUGGGAGACGCAGCGCGUCUUCCCGCUGUCCCCGGACUUGAUAUCAAGGCGGGCGGCGGGGAGAAGAGCGCUCUCCCGCUGCCUGCCCUCAAGCUCCGGGGACAGCAGGGAGACGCAGCGCGUCUUCCCGCUGUCCCCGGACUUGAUAUCAAGGCGGGCGGUGGGGAGAAGAGCGCUUCUCCCGCUGCCUGCCCCGCAGCUCCGGGGACAGCAGGGAGACGCAGCGCGUCUUCCCGCUGUCCCCGGACUUGAUAUCAAGGCGGGCGGCGGGGAGAAGAGCGCUCUCCCCGCUGCCUGCCCCCAAGCUCCGGGGACAGCUGGGAGACGCAGCGCGUCUUCCCGCUGUCCCCGGACUUGAUAUCAAGGCGGGCGGCGGGGAGAAGAGCGCUUCUCCCCGCUGCCUGCCCCGUAAGCUCCGGGGACAGCAGGGAGACGCAGCGCGUCUUCCCGCUGUCCCCGGACUUGAUAUCAAGGCGGGCGGCGGGGAGAAGAGCGCUUCUCCCCGCUGCCUGCCCCCAAGCUCCGGGGACAGCUGGGAGACGCAGCGCGUCUUCCCGCUGUCCCCGGACUUGAUAUCAAGGCGGGCGGCGGGGAGAAGAGCGCGUCUCCCCGCCGCCCGCCCCGCUAGCCCCGGGGACAGCUGGGAGGCGCAGCAUGUCUCCCCGCUGUCCCCGGACCUGAUCUCAAGGCGGGCAGCAGGGAGAAGAGCACUUCUCCCCGCUGCCGGCCCCACAAGCGCCUGGGGGGGAAAUAAUUUUUUUUCCUUUAUUUCCCCCCCAAAAAACUUGAUGCGUCCUAUGGGCCGGUGCGUCCUAUGGUGCGAAAAAUACGGUAAUUCAUUCCGGAGGUCCGUUCUUAACCUGAAACUGUUCUUAACCUGAAGCACCACUUUAGCUAAUGGGGUCUCCCACUGCCGCCGCACCGCCAGAGCAUGAUUUCUGUUCUCACCCUGAAGCAGAGUUCUUAACCCGAGGUACUAUUUCUGGGUUAGCGGAGUCUGUAACCUGAAGCGUAUGUAACCUGAAGCGUAUGUAACCCGAGGUACCACUGUACUAAUAAUUGUAAAUAGUUUUAUUAAGAUGAAAUUAAGUGUUAUAAUUGUAGUUAAUACAAUGCAUUUCUUAUAUAAUAUCAAUAUCACCAUAGUAGUCCACUAGUGGGCGGGGCCCAUUACUUACAUCAUAGGAGCCUACACAAUACAACACAAAACAAAACACUGUUGCUGUAUGUAGGUUUUAUUUUAUUUAUUUUUUAUAUUAUAUUUUGGAAAUGUACAUCCAGUUUUUUUCUCCUUUAAUUUUUUUGGGGGGCCCCAAGAGAGCGGGGCCCUAAGCUAUAGCUUGUGUAACUUAUACAUAAAUCCAGUACAGCCCCCCCCCCACUUACUGCACCCUUGCUUGCGAGGUGUUGAGGGGGGUCAUUAUUUUGUCUUAUGAAAAGUGUGUCGAACUGAAGGAGGAAGAUGGAAGUGUGAGGCUCUUUCCCUCUUCCUCUUUCGUCUCCAUCUGCUCAGAUUAAUUACAGUGGUACCUCGGGUUAAGAACUUAAUUUGUUCUGGAGGUCCGUUCUUAACCUGAAACUGUUCUUAACCUGAAGCACCACUUUAGCUAAUGGGGCCUCCUGCUGCCGCUGCACGAUUUCUAUUCUCAUCCCGAAGCAAAAUUCUUAACCCGAGGUAAUAUUUCUGGGUUAGUGGAGUCUGUAACCUGAAGUGUAUGUAACCUGAAGCGUAUGUAACCUGAAGCGUAUGUAACCCGAGGUACCACUGUAAUUCGUUCUGGAGGUCCGUUCUUAACCUGAAACUGUUCUUAACCUGAAGCACCAUUUUAGCUAAUGGGGCCUCCUGCUGCCGCUGCGCGAUUUCUGUUCUCAUCCUGAAGCAGAGUUCUUAACCCGAGGUACUAUUUCUGGGUUAGCGGAGUCUGUAACCUGAAGCGUCUGUAAACUGAAGCGUAUGUAACCUGAAGCGUCUGUAAACUGAAGCGUCUGUAACCCCAGGUACCACUGUAUUUUGCCCGGAUUCGGGGCAGCAGGAGGGCGAAGCAAUGGACCCAGCUCCCAUGUUGUUCACGUUUGGCCUGUCUUGAUAGGUUGCCUGGUUGUCCCCUCACCAAGUUACGUGUACCUAAGGGAGACUACCCAGGGGAUUUCAAUUCAACCCAGGCUUAGCCGUCCGUCUCCAUCCCACGUCCUUGAUGGCUUCCUCACUCUCAGAAAUGAUGCGAAGCGCAGAUGUCACUCCCCUGCAGGCGUCUUAGGUACAACUCAAGAUUCCCAGACCGUUUGCACCCAAGGAUGGAAUUAGAAACUUCCUCCUAUUGUCCGGACUCAACAUCCCACGGCCCCUAAUUGACGCAGGUUGCACCGGUCAGUUGUUUCUAGCAAAGGUUUGGGGUUUCCAGAGUGCGAUUGUUCCCUCAGCGAAAAACCGUGGCCAGUAGCCAAAGGUGGUUCUUUCUGAAGCCCCAUGAAAGUGUGCAGUGAUAUUUUCUCUUUGACUGCUCAUUAUUUCACAUUCUGCUUUGUCAGUUCAGCUCUGAAAACAGUUCCGGCCAUUAAUGUAGCUAAAAUAAUAAUAAUGAUUUUGUUUUAUUUUAUAAGUUAUCGUCUUUUAAAAAUUUAAACAUGCUCUUUGAAUGCCCUUCCCAUGAUAAAGGCUCUUUUUAUUUUUUUUAGUACAGUGGUACCUCGAGUUACAUACGCUUCAGGUUACAGACGCUUCAAGUUGCAGACUCCGCUAACCCAGAAAUAGUACCUCGGAUUAAGAACUUUGUUUCAGGAUGAGAACCGAAAUCGUACUCCGGUGGCACGGCGGCAGCAGGAGGCCCCAUUAGCUAAAGUGGUGCUUCAGGUUAAGAACAGUUUCAGGUUAAGAAUGGACCUCCAGAAUGAAUUAAGUACUUAACCCGAGGUACCACUGUACUCAUAGUAACUUCCUCUAUACUUUCUAUGGAUACUCAUGUUGACAAUGAAAAGAUAUUGUGGCCUUAUUCUUUGAAUAAAUCUUUUAUUUAGAGAGAUAGGGGAGGCCUGUGGAUUCUAGCAUUUGACUCUGGGGGAGGAUUUUCAGGUUCAGCCCUUCUUAAAUCACCCAGAUUCCUCCAGAGUCUUGACUUAAUGAUUGCAUGUAUAUAUCAAAAGGGUUUAAGGCAGUCUUCACCAGCCUAGUGCUCUCCAGAUGUUUUGGAUUCUGUGCUGGUUGGGGCUGAAGAGAGUUGAAAUUCACGCAUCUGGAGGGCAAGACAUUGGCUAAGGCUGGUUUAAAGUGUGCAGCAGCAAUGCAAAAUGCACUUGGGUUGAACGGUGCAUACUUAUAAUAGGACUUUGCACACCCAUGGCAGAAUUUGAGAGCCAUCUCCUAGAAUGUCACGGAACCUGGCCCAGUCUCCAAAAUAUUGGACUAGCCAGGUAGGCAACCUACCGUAUUUUUCGCUCCAUGAGACACACUUUUUCCCUCCUAAGAAGUAAGGGGAAAUGUAUGUGCAUCUUAUGGAGCAAAUGCAGGCAGGGGGCUCUGCUCAGAGCUCCCUUUCACGAGCCACGUGGAGCGUGUGUGCGGCUCUUGGGGGUUUUUCCCUGAGGAGGGAGAAGGGCAGCCUGUCAGUCCCUUCUCCCUCCUCAGGGAAAAGCACCCAAGAGCCGCAAACAUGCUCUACGUGGCUCGUGAAAGGGAGCGCUGAGCAGAGCCUGGGACGCUCCCUUUAAAGAAUAUUUUUUUUCUUGCAUCCCCCCUCUAAACACUAGGUGCGUCUUAUGGUCAGGUGUGUCUUAUGGAGCAAAAAAUACGGUAAGGCCUAUGGGCCGCAAGCAUCCCACGGGGGUCUUUAACUGGCCCAUAAGCCACCCCCAAACCGAGCCACCCUCUCGGAGAGUCCCCGCACGCUGUGCUAAACCGGCGCGGCAUGGGGACUCGCUUCCGCGGUGCUGGAAAUCGCGUCUGCGCAUGCUCAGAUGCCAAAAAUCGCGUCUGCGCAGGCACAGGAAAUUGUGGCUAUGUACGCUCACACAUGAGCGCAAUCCUGCCCAUGGAGGGAUCUCUGCUGGAGUGAACUGGCCCAGGGGAAGUAAACCUUGCUGACCCCUGGACUAGACCCAUUUUUAUGAUGUGUUUUUGAUGUGCCCUUUUGGUGGGAACUUCAGUCGAUCUAACUUUGCUGCCUUCAUUUUUAUCAUCCCAUCCUAGAGUACGUGGAGAUUUUGACGUGAUCACAAACCGGCUGAUUGGCGCACACGGGUACUGUACGCAGGUAAAUAUGGCAAAGGCCUCUGAGACAGGGCCGAAAUAUAUACAGUCAUACCUCAGGUUGAAGUAGCUUCGGGAUGAAUAUUUUCGGGUUGCGCUCCGCAGCGACCCGGAAGUAACAGAGCGCGUUACUUCUGGGUUUUGCUGCUCGCGCAUGCGCAGAUGCUCAAAAUGACCUUACGCGCAUGCGUGGAAGCGGUGAAAUGCGACCCGCGCACCUGCAUGUUAUGUUUACUUCAGGAAGCGAACGGGGCUCCAGAACGGAUUCCGUUCAUAUCCAGAGGUACCACUGUAUGUCGGGGGUGAAUUUUGUGAGCGGUUGUCAUGGUUUGGUUGGACGAAGAGGAAUGGUGGGAGAAACCAGCUGGGGGGACCCCAAAGGGGAAAGGCUCAGAGCCUGGGGGGUUGGUGGUGGGACGACGACAAGGGGUCAGAGGGAGAAGCCUAGGAGGAGGAGGAGGAGAUGUCAGAAGCUGAAGAGGUAACAAGGCUUAGUGAGCAGGGAGAAUCUGUGGCAGAGAGAAGUCCAGAAUCCAAGACAGAAGCUGAAGCAGGAGAGGAGGCCAAGAGGCAGGGAUGAGUCAGGCUGCUGAAAAAGCAAGGGGUUCUCCUCCUACAACAAGCUCCCUUGCAGGAGCAGGAGAGGCAUGAAAAGGGCAGAUGAGAGGUUGGUUGACCAUGGGCGCAGUGUCCGAUUUCUUGUGUAAAGCCUUUGGCGAGCAGGGGACUUAGACAGCUGUGGGGAGGUGGGGAUUUUCAGUCCCGGCAACUGAUCCCUGAGGAUUAGCUGCUGUGCUCAUUAGGCCUGACACUCAGCCAAGUCUCUGAAAAUCCUGUUUUUGCUAAUAAAGAACUAACUCCAACUUUGAACGCUGUGAUUUACUGCCAGCUGGCCUCUCCCAGAUCAGUCCCUCCCCCUGCAGACAGAAACUUUUCCAAGGGAUCUAGAGGAAAGUUGGGUCCAGCAGAAUUAGUCCUAGAACAGGGGUCGGCAACCUAAGGCCCAUGGGUCACAAGCGGCCCAUGGGGGUCAUUUAACCGGCCCAUGGACCCCCGCUGCCCACUCGGGAACCCCCGUCGCCUGCUCGGUUGGUUCCCGUGCGCCACGCUAAACUGGCACAGAGCAGAGCGGAGACCGCCUUCCGCAACGCUGGCCAGCUUCCCAUUGGCUGCGGGAAGCUCUUGCAGCCAAUGGGAAGCUGUGCACGCCUCCUCCACACCGGAAGGAGCACCGGAAAUAGUGUUUGCGCAUGCGUGCGCGCACACACGCGCACUCCAGCCCACCGCGGCGUCUGCGGGACCGUGAACCGGCCCAAGCCACAAAAACUUUGCCGACCCCUGUUCUAGGACUAAUUCUGCUGGACCCAACUUUCCUCUAGAUCCCUUGGAAAAGUUUCUCUCUGUCUGCAGGGGGAGGGACUGAUCUGGGAGAGGCCAGAGAGAUGGAACUCUGGGGGGAGGGCUGCCCAUGGCACCCACUGCCAAAUAACCAGCUGGCAGUAAAUCACAGCGUUCAAAGUUGGAGUUAGUUCUUUAUUAGCAAAAACAGGAUUUUCAGAGACUUGGCUGAGUGUCAGGCCUAAUGAGCCCAGCAGCUCAUCCUCAGGAAUCAGUUGCUGGGACUGAAAAUCCCCACCUCCCCACAGCUGUCUAAGUCCCCUUCUCUCCAAGGCUUUCCUGAAGAAAUUGGAGACUGUGCCCGUGUGCAACCAACCUCUCCCCUGCCCUUUUCAUGCCUCUUCUGGUCCUGCAAGGGAGCUUGAUGCAGAAGGAGGAGGAGACCCCUUACUUCUUCCUAGAACAUGAGCACCAGCUCUUCCUACCAGGCCAGUGUCUGUUCCAAGAGCCCCUUUUUCUUCUGCGGUAACCAGGAACUAGUCAACCUGCUCCUGACUGGCCAAGCCGUGUCCAACGUUUUCAAUGACGUGAUGGAACUGGACUCUGGGAACGGCAACAUCACCCUCCUGAAAGGCAUCUCUGGCCGCAGCGACGUCGGCGUCCUGUCCCUCUUUGAGCACUACAACAUCUGUCAGGUACGCACCAAAUUCCAAGGGCCUCAAACACUGAUGAAACCGGCCUUUUCCCCUGUCCGAAAAGGCUGUCUUUGAUUUACUUGUAUCUAGUUCAGGAGGAGAACCCUCUUUGAGCCACAGGGUACACUGUUUUCCAUCCUGACAUCUGUGCAAAAUUGGGGUGUGUCAGUGUUCCUUUACUUCUCUGUUGUUCUUACUGCUCCCGCAUUCCAGGAUGAUAAGGUGAAUUUCUGUAAUCAGCCCCAUGGGAAUAUAGGAGCAUACGGAGCUGCCUUCUACUAAUCAUCUCAUUAUCCUUCUAGCUUUCUUCAAAAACGUUUGCAGAGGUGGUUAGAGCCUGACCAACUCUGUAAAGAGUCUUGAAGGAAGCAGCCCCCUCCCUGCUUGGUGGGAUUUUGUGGGUAUAAUGGUAUGGGGUUGCUCGUGCGUAAGUUGCCGCCUCUCCUGGCUAUGUUGCCUAGUUAAACCUUUCUGUCUGGACAGCCCUUCACUUCGUGGCUGCCUCAGUCGCUAGCAGAAUCCGUCAGUGGGCGUUUCUUAAACCUUUUCCAACAUAAAAGUUGUUUGACGCCCAGUCUCCUCCUACUUUCUCUGCUCGGAAGUCUUCUGCGCAGGGAGGGCGUGGGUAGCGGAGGACCAGUGCUCUCCCCGCUGGUGUCCGGUGAAGAGUCUGGGAGCCCUCUCUCCGAUUCCCCCAUCUGCCCCUCCUUAUUCCUGGUGUUGCACUGAAUUGCUUCCCCAUCUGCUGAGCUGCCUCUCUCCCUGCUGGGCCCUUCUCCAGCAUCAUUGGAGAGCCUUCCCUCCACCUCUAGCUCCGAUGUCAGUUCCCUGACAGUGGGUGGGUGGAGAGAGAUGUAUUCUACAACAUGUCCAUGAUGCUUACUUCGCCGAACCUUUAUUAGGCAUUACAAAUAAAUACAAUCCUAAAAACAUCCACGUAUAUUUUUUAAAAAUAUAUAUACAAAUAAACAGCCAUGUAAAUAAUAAUAAUAAUAAAUAAUAAUCCUUGUAAUAACAAGUAUUUUCAUUGGAGUUUCUUCCCACUAAAUAGUGCCAUUCACCGCUCUUGAGAAACUAUUGAUAAAAGCUCAGCCAUCCUUGCAGUUAAAGGUAAAGUUAAAGGGACCCCUGACCAUUAGGUCCAAUCGUGGCCGACUCUGGGGUUGCGGCGCUCAUCUCGCUUUAUUGGCCGAGGGAGUCAGCGUACAGCUUCCGGGUCCUGUGGCCAGCAUGACUAAGCCGCUUCUGGCGAACCAGAGCAGCGCACGGAAAUGCCGUUUACCUUCCCGCUGGAGUGGUACCUAUUUAUCUACUUGCACUCUGACGUGCUUUCGAACUGCUAGGUUGGCAGGAGCAGGGACUGAGCAACGGGAGCGCACCCUGUCACGGGGAUUCGAACCUCCGACCUUCUGAUCGGCAAGCCCUAGGCUCUGUGGUUUAACCCACAGCACCACCCGCGUCCCUAUCCUUGCAGUUACAUCUGGGUUAAUGUCAGACAGAUAGAAUCUGGUAUUUUCAUUGUGCCGUGAUGUUAGACUACCCAAAAAGAGGGGAUAGCGUGUGUUUGUGUAGGUGGUUGUACUAUGGACAGUAGAAAAGGAUACGUUCUACUGUGUCUGGGGCAUUCAAAGAACAUCUGCAAUAUCUAUUGUUUCUGGGGAUGUUUGGAUAUCUGCUCCUUGACAAAAGCUGGGGGAGAAACGUUCAGUCGGGCUAACAUAAAGGCCCUGCGUUGGACUGGAAUGUCCAUGAUGCAAUAAUGGUGAACCAACGGCAGAUUCAUACUGGGCCAUCCACAGGUCAUUUUGCUGUAUUAGUUGUUCUCCAAAGCUUCCCCCAUGUUAUCAUGUCGCUGCCUGGAAAACGCAAACAUGGGUCCAAAAAACGAAAACCAAAAUGUUUGUGGUCUGGGAAGUUCCAGGAUGCCAUCAGGAAGUGACGGGAAACAUACCAAUUGGAAACAGAGUACAGUCAACAACCAUUUUGUGCGGCGGUUCUGUUCUGAUGGGAGGCAGGCAGGAUUGGGCCAAGCGACACUCCAACCCAGUCCAAACCUUCCAUCGACUGGUGCAAAGGUGGCCUAGAUUUCUCUGUCUCCCUCUCUGGUAUGGUUGUUGCUUCUAGCGCUUUUUGGGGGUUGUCUUUAGCUCCUGUGAUUUCUGUUUCAUUUUACAUUGGUUGGUUUUAGCCUGCGUUAGAUUCUUGAGGUUUAUUGUCACUUUUUAUUUUAUCCUGCUUAGAGCGCAGUCUAAGUGGUCACAUUUCUCACUGACGUGCGUGAUGCCCAGAGAGCUUGUUCACGAGGCAUCUGAGAAGCCUAAGUAAUACAUGCCAUAAAUAAGUAAAUAUCCCACAUUUCGCCCUGUACUCUAAAGGGAUUCUAGCGUUUGAUUAACAUACGGCGUCUGGGGGAAAUUGGGCUCCUGGCGAGCGACUUAAUCAAUUGCAGAAAUCCCUGCAAAAGGGCAUGCCCAUUUUUUGCCUUAAGUGAAACUCCAGAUGCAAAGAGGCUGGGUAUAUAUAAUAUAUAAUUAUUGAGAACAUGUGCCCCACCACUGUGUGUUGGAAUGAUUAAGUCUCCAGGCGCACAACAAUGGAAGCAGCAAAAGGCAAAUGAAAUUCUAGUGGGUUUAAUUCUUCCUCGGCUCGGUUCUAAAGCGGGCUGGGGGAGAGCGGGCUUGCUGUCUCCUCUCAACCGCCGGUGUGUAAACAAGAGAGAGGCUCGUAAUACUCCUUUAAGCAAGCUGGCAUGACCAGAAACCAAGCUGAACCCAAACCUCUGCAAUCACACACACACACACUUAAUUCUCCGAAAUGUCAGCAAAUGGGCUCAGUCAGCACUGAAUUAACUCGCAGUAACUGAAAACAGGAAUGGAAGAGCAGUAGGGAGAGAGACACGUGUUCAAGGAUAAAUGCAGGGCUAGGGAACCUAUGGCUUUCCAAGCACGGUUGGGCUUUUCGUCCACAGGGGGAAGGCUGUAGCUUGGUGAUAGAGCAUCAGUCAGCCUUGCAUGCAGAAGGUCGCAGGUUUAAUCCCCAGCAUGACUGUCAAGCAGCUCUUACUAUCAGAAAGUUCUUCUUGAGGUUUUUGUUGGAAUCUCCUGUCUUGUAACUUGAAUCCAUUGGUUCGGGUCCUAGCCUCCAGAGCAGGAGAAAACAAGCUUGCUCCAUCUUCCAUGGGACAGCCCUUGAGAUAUUUGAAGAUGGCUCUCAUAUCUCCCCUCAGUCCCCUCUUUUCCAAGCUAAUCAUGCCGAACUCCCUCAAACGUUCCUCAUAAGGCUUGGUUUCUAGACCCUUUAUCAUCUUGGUUGCCCUCCUCUGUCAAUAUCCUUAAAUUGCCGUGCCCAGAACUGGACACAGUAUUCCAGGUGUGCUGUGACCAAGGCAGAAUAGAGCGGUACUAUGACUUCCCUUAGGGACGUGGGUGGUGCUGUGGUGUAAACUACUGAGCCUUGGGCUUACCAAUCGGAAGAUCGGCAGUUCGAAUCCCCACGACGGGGUGAGCUCCCGUUGUUCGGUCCCAGCUCCUGCCAACCUAGCAGUUCAAAAGCACGUCAAAGUGCAAGUAGAUAAAUAUGUACCGCUCCUGCAGGAAGGUAAAUGGCAUUUCCGUGUGCUGCUCUGGUUUCACCAGAAGCGGCUUAGUCAUGCUGGCCACAUGAACCGGAAAAACUGUCUGCGGAAGCAGACAAACACCAGCUCCCUCGGCCUGUAAAGCAAGAUGAGUGCCGCAACCCCAGAGUCCUUCAUGACUGGACUUAACUGUCAGGGGUCCUUUACCUUUUUUAUGACUUCAGUUAAUCGGGACAUUCUGUUAGUGCAGCCUAGAGUAGCAUUAGCUAUUUUUUGCUGCUGCUUCACAGAGUUGAUUGACCUCUCUGUCAAGAUCUGAGCUUGUUAUAUUUAUUCUGAACCUCUCGAUUCUUUCCAUCCCCUCUCCUCUCUUCAUUGCCUUUCAUGUUCUCUAUUCCUAUUCAAAUCUGCAAGUGAUCAUAGAGCAGCCUGGUCCUUGUGUUUAUUUUCAGAUGUGGCCUGUCCAUAUGGGAAUGCGUUUUAUUAAUGACAAAUCCUUCACCCUCCUGGAAGAAGCUCGUGUCCAGCUUACAGGUUUUCCAUGGGCCUCUACUUGGCCCCUGUGAGAACGGGCCUGAUCUAACAGGCCUCUGCCCAAGUGUGUGUGUGUGUGUGUGUGUGUUUAUGGAUUAAUAGAAUUCCAGGGCUGGCGAUGCCCUACAAGUUUUUGUUGUUGUUUAGUCAUUUAGUCGUGUCUGACUCUUCGUGACCCCAUGGACCAGAGCACGCCAGGCACUCCUGUCUUCCACUGCCUCCCGCAGUUUGGUCAAACUCAUGCUGGUAGCUUCGAGAACACUAUCCAACCAUCUCGUCCUCUGUUGUCCCCUUCUCCUUGUGCCCUCCAUCUUCCCCAACAUCAGGGUCUUUGCCAGGGAGUCUUCUCUUCUCAUGAGGUGGUCAAAGUAUUGGAGCCUCAGCUUCAGGAUCUGUCCUUCCAGUGAGCACUCAGGGCUGAUUUCCUUCAGAAUGGAGAGGUUUGAUCUUCUUGCAGUCCAUGGGACUCUCAAGAGUCUCCUCCAGCACCAUAAUUCAAAAGCAUCCAUUUUUCGGCGAUCAGCCUUCUUUAUGGUCCAGCUCUCACUUCUAUACAUCACUACUGGGAAAACCAUGGCUUUAACUAUACGGACCUUUGUUGGCAAGGUGAUGUCUCUGCUUUUUAAGACGCUGUCGAGUAGCCCUACAAGUAAUUUCAUUUCAUGCCAAUGGUGGAUGAUAUUGUAGACUGGCGGGUGUGCAGCAGGGAAGCGGUGCUGGAGUCUGACUCGGGAGAGGAGCCCAGUGAUUUGUGGGGACCUGUACCAGCCAGGAGGCAGGAAUUGAAGGCAGGGGAAAGCUUCAGAGCUGGAGGGUCCAGCACAGGAUGGGCUGGAGGAAGAGGCAGAUCAGGCAGGUGAAGGGCUGGGUUCAUCUCCACUCUCUCCUGCACCACCCUCUCCCAGAACCAGGAGCGGAUUGAAGAGGGAUGAGCAGAGGCAGCUUCCAUGCAGGCGUAGUCUCUGUGUGCAUUCAGCCCCAUCGGGCAAAGGUACAUAAACUGAUGGAGGGGGGUGUCCUCUGUUGCUGCAACUGCUCCAUAGUGCACAUACCUGGGAAUAACUGCCUAGCUGUUAGAUUGGUGUCUGUAGGUCUCUAGAGCUGUAGAAGCAACUAUGUUAUUUUUGACAAUAAAGAGACAGCUUUCUGCCGUGUGCAUUCCUUUGGCGGGGAAGCACCCUUGACAGAUUACGCUCUUUAAAUUAGUAUGGUAAUGGCCCAACUAGCCCAGCAUCCUGUUUUUACAGUGGCUAACCAGAUGAAGGGAUGCGGGUGGCGCUGUGGGUUAAACCACAGAGCCUAGGACUUGCCGAUCAGAAGGUCGGUGGUUCGAAUCCCCGCGAUGGGGUGAGCUCCCAUUGCUCGGUUCCUGCUCCUGCCAACCUAGCAGUUUGAAAGCACGUCAAAGUGCAAGUAGAUAAAUAAGUACAACUCCGGCAGGAAGGUAAACGGCGUUUCCAUGCGCUGCUCUGGUUCGCCAGAAGCGGCUUAGUCAUGCUGGCCACAUGACCCAGAAGCUGUACGCCGGCUCCCUCGGCCAAUAAAGCAAGAUGAGCACCGCAACCCCAGAGUCGGUCACGACUGGACCUAAUGGUCAGGGAUCCCUUUACCUUUACCUUUAACCAGAUGCCCCUGGGAAGCCCACACACAGGACACAGGACACAGGACACAGGACCUGAGCUUGACAGGCCUCUCCCCAUCCACAAUUCCCAGCAGAUUCGCAGUUCUCAGUGCCUCCAGCAGCAGAAGUAGAAUUUAGUCAUCAUGGCAAGUAGCCAUUAUACUCUAUGAAUCCAUCUUUAUGAAUUUAUCCAGUGCUCUUCUAAGGCCAACCAAAUUGUAGUCCAUCAUUACAUCUUGAGAUAGUGAGCUCCGUCCUUUAUGCGUUGUGUGCUUUUGUCUGUUCUGAAUCUUCAUAGGAUGGCUCUUGAGUGCUGGUAUUAUGAGAGGGGGAGAAAAACAGGUCCAUCUACUGCAAUAUUGUCAACACUGGCUGGUACCGUCUCUCAAGAGUGUUGGCCAUCUCUUUCCAAGCCUUGGAAAUGCCAGGAAUUUAACCUGGGAACUUUCGCAUGAAAACUUUGUGUUCUACAAGUGAGCUGUGGUCCUUGCCCAAAGCGGAGCCACCGGGGUGGGUGUGGUGGACACAAAUAGAGCAACUGGUCCCAUAGGCAAGAUGCACCUCGUGUUUCGUUUCAAAGAGAAUGGGGAGCAAGUACUUGAUUUUAGCCUUGUUGGGAAUCUGAUAAAUGGACUGUGAUGGGAACAUCUUUCAAUAAACUGUGCUGGCAACCCUUGUUCAAGCCAAGGAGUGGUACUGGAAACAUUAUUUAUAGAGCUGAGUUGGACAUUUGAUGUCAAGAAACUGACCUGGAGCUUUUGAUUGACUGUAAACGGAGCCAAGGCUGUUGAAUUAAUGAACUCGGCAAGGAUUGAGCUUGGGAGUUUGAAUUGAUGGGAAUCUGUUAUUGGGAGACUGGUUUACCACAUGUUCGAAUGACGGGCAGUAAAGAUGUAAUUUUGUUUUGGGGGUGAGCAAGUCGUAUGGAAUUGUCAUGGCCAGUAAGAAGUGUUAGAAGGGAGAGAUGUCGGCAGGUGAUAGAUUUUGUGAAAUAUAUCCAAUCAGAAUGUGGUUUCAACAGCAGAGAAGAAAAUGCAUUUUGAUUGAUUGGAUGGUGACGAUUUAGCUUCUUGGAAACUCUUAUCAGAGUUAAAGAUGUAAAAGAAACUAUAAGAAAAGUCUGAGCAGUAAGUUAAAAUAUGGCUUCAGGCCCAGUUGGCUUUUCCUGUGAAUAUUAUCAGUAAUAUAAAAGCAUCUUGUCAUCCAAAGUAACAUUGGGUAUGAAUGACUACUUAGUGGGAGAUACAGCUCCUGAGAGAACCAUUAUAUUAAAACCUAAGUUUGAAGGGUUUCUCUUGUAGAUUGGACUAUUCAGACCAAUAACUCUGGAUUAUAAAAUGUUGGGUGGCCAUGUUGUCUUUCACCUAAACAUAUUAUUAAGGGGGAAGGUUGCUUUGUAUAGAACAGUUUUCCUCCCCAAGUGUGGUACUCCUCCCUGCUGAGGUAUAUGAAAGGGUUUCAAAGGGUAUGUGGCAUAAUUUUUUUAUUUUAAUUUAUCAUAGAAAAAAUAUUACUCUUAAAACCAAAUUAUUUUCACCUGAGAAGGCGAAGGGUAAACUCCCGGAAGUCAUACACAAUUAUCACAAGUUUGAGAAACCCUGGUAUAGAAGAUUAUCUGGUAAAGUAAUGUGACAAUCACAGUGUAAGAGAUAAUGAUAGAUCAAGACUAGUGCUUAGAUAUUGAUACACAAAAGGCAUUUGCUCAAGUAGAAUGGACUUUUUUUUGAAAAGAGUUAUUGUUAUGUUUGGAGUAGGAGAAAAAUAAUUGCGUAUAGAUUUCCUUGUCGUAUGCAUUUGGCUAUGCAUUAACAACUACCGUAUUUUUCCGUGUAUAAGAUUAGGUUCCCCCCCCUAAAAAUAAUAUCAAAACUUAGGGGGGCGUCUUAUACACGGGGCCAUCUCCCCCCAUUUUCUUAAAUCUGAGUCCCCCAAAAUAGGGGGUGUCUUAUACAUGGGGGCAUCUUAUAGACAGAAAAAUAUGGUAACUUCCAAUCAAACUGUAGUUUAAAAAGGAACAAUGCACUGUUACCCUUUUCCCCAAUUUGUAAUCGACCAGGGUGGAAAUUAUAUGACUGCAUUGUCUUGAUAGUUCAUGACACUGUGGAAUUUGCAAUAAUCACCUUCGUAUUUUGAAAAUAUAAAUAAGAAACAAAGUGCUUAGCUUAGUUGACUCAGGGCCUUGAUUUGCUGAGCCCACCUAAGGGAACUCUAUAAUAAAGUUUUGUGCUGAUCUGCGCUGAUCAGGCCAAAUCUGGAGUACAAUUUGGGGCGACACAUUUUAGGAUGGACAUUGACAAACUAGGGCUUCAUUCACAAGAGGGCAACCAUGAUGGAGAAAGCUCUGGAAGCCAUUUCCUGUGAAGACCAGUUGAAAAAACUAGAUAUGUUCAGCCUGGGAAGUGGAAAGGUUAACGGUCGGUGUGGCAGGUGUAUUCCAGUAUCUGUCAAGGUAGAAUAUGGAGAAGACAUGUUCUCUGUUGCCCCAGAGGGCUAGAGCUAGUGGAAUGGAAAUGGCAAGGAAGCGUAUUUCACCUGAAGAUUGGGAGAGACCUAACAGCUGUUCAGCCAUGAAACAGGUUGCCUUGGAAUUUAACAGGUUGUCCUUCGCGGGUGGCGCUGUGGGUUAAACCACAGAGCCUAGGACUAGAAGGUCGGCGGUUCGAAUCCCUGCGACAGGAUGAGCUUCCGUUGCUCGGUCCCUGCUCCUGCCAACCUAGCAGUUCGAAAGCACGUCAAAGUGCAAGUAGAUAAAUAGGUACCGCUCCGGCGGGAAGGUAAAAGGCGUUUCCGGGCGCUGCUCUGGUUCGCCAGAAGUGACUUAGUCAUGCUGGCCACAUGACCCGGAAGCUGUGCGCUGGCUCCCUCGGCCAAUAAAGCGAGAUGAGCGCCGCAACCCCAGAGUUGGCCACGACUGGACCUAAUGGCCAGGGGUCCCUUUACCUUUACCUUCGCCAGUGGCAUUUCAGCAGAGGCUGCAUAGCCAGUGUGGAAGCUGAGAGCCUGGCCUUCUAUCCUGCACCACACACUUUGACCUUUGGCUCUAUCCAACACCUGUAUGUGGCCCUCAGAAGAUCAGUCAGGAGGGAAGAAGGACAUCAAACUUGAAAUGGUUCCAUGCCCUUGUUUGACUGCGUUUUGUGCCGUCCCUGCAAGGGACAGGGACAACUCCUGUGGUGUCGGGACGCCAUUUUGCAUCCUCCACAACGCCCCGGACCCGGCAUCCUUCCAGGGCAUUGUGGGGCAUGUGUACAGGGGUGAGGAUGUCAUAAAGAAUGAUGGAGUUCUUUUAUCCCACCUAGGGAGGUGGGAUAAAAGAAAAGGAAAAGAGAACCAUCAAAGAAAAAGGUCUCCAAAAAAAAUCCAGGUCGCUUCUGUUUCUUGUACCAAAGGCAUUCUGAGAUAAUCAGUGUGCAAUGCUUUGCAGAUGCAGGGAAAAGGUCUGUGUUGAUGUCAAAUACUUGCAACUCCCUCCCAUCUUGCUUCAGGCAGGCAUUGCGUCUUUUCAGCACCUGUAAUGGUUCUAGGGGUUGCUCGUGCGUAAAUCGGCGCCACACCUGGCUGGGUUGCCUGAGUGAACCCUUUCUGUCCGGACAGCCACUCGCCUGUGGCUGUCUCAAUCACUGGCAGAAUCCGUCAGUGGGCGUUUCUUGAACUUCUGCCAGCAAAGAAGUUCUUUGACGCCUAGUCUCCGCCUACUCUCCCUGCGCGGAAGCCUUCUGCGCAGGGAGGGUGUGGGCAGCGGAGGACCCGUGCUCUCCCCGCUGGUCCCCGGCAAGGAGUCAUGGAGCCACCUCGCCGAUUCCCCCAUCUGCCCCCCUUCUCCACUGGUGCUACGCUGAUUUCCUUCCCCAGAAGAUGUGCUGCUUCUCUCCCUCCCGGGACGCUCUCCGGAAUCCCUCUGGAGCCCUCCCUCUCCCCCUGGCUCCGAUGGCAGUUCCCUGACAGCACCUAUCAAAACCUAUCCUUUUUCAACAGGCCUUUCAAAUAGAGGUGGUGUUGUUUUUUAACCCAGCCUGUAAUCUGUAUCGGUUUUGAAAUUCUUCUCAUAUAUGAAAUCAUGUUAUGUGGGUUUUUGAUGCUAAAUUGCUUUGAGAUGUUUCAUAGGAUGUGAUUCAUAAACGAAAUAAAUUAUUGCUAUUAUUAUUAUUAUUAUUCAAAAAAAAAAAUUGGUUUUCCAAAAUUUUAAACAAACAAACAAACACACACACAUACACCUUAACUGUACUUGAUCCAAUCUUAGUAACAUUGUUAAGUGACUUCCUCAAAUCCCCCUGGCUGCAUUUCAGUGUAUAUCAUGGUAACAAUUUUCCAAAACCUAUUUUCUCAUAAAAUUAACUUAAUCACUUAAACUCUUACUUUGUUUUCAUUUUGACUUUAAAGAUAUUGUUCUCUAAAAUCACAAAAUUAAAUCCUAAGCCUAUCUGGAAUUUGCAAGCUUUUCCAAUUAAGCUAUCUUAACAUAUUUAACUAAAUAGUCUUUGAAUUCCAUCCAUCCCUCCUCCUCAUUUUUAGCUCCCUUCUCUGCACUAUCCAGUGUAACCUCCUUGGCAAUUUGUUGGGGCACCUUGUUUGCUGUAAUGCCUUCCUUUUAUCUUGCAAAACAUGGCAAUAACCUGAUUCCCCACCCUCUAUUUGCAUUUUGGGAUGUUGCAAGCAUUGAAGGCAGAGAAGCAGUCUGGGCUUCAUUCCUAUCACCCCCCUCUAAGUAGCUACAGGCAAGAUUCUGCCUCUCAGCUCUAACAAAGGGGCAAAAUGCCUUUGGGUGUUAAGAACUUUUGUGCUCGCAGUGACCAGGGUCACCUUGUUGAGAGGAAUUGAUUCACCAUCCUGGAAGCAUGGAAUAAAGUCAAACAGGCAUGAACUCCUCCUGGGGAGCUGGCAAUUGCUAUGCCUUUGAAGAGGCCCCAUUGUAAAAGAGGUUGACAUUUCCCCAAAAAAAUGAAACCGACUGCUCAGACAUAUGAGAUAAAGCAAGAGUUCCAUUGGUCAGAAGGGCAGUGAGGUAUGCAGUUAUUCUGAUCAUAUUGGACCCACCAUUUCCCCCACAACAGUGGAUUGCUGGGAAUGUCUUGGAACCAAUCAAAAGAGGUGAAAGGUUUGUUCUGCGCUCUGAUCUGAUACCUCGUUCAUCUCUGCACAACUAUAGCAUUUUGAAAGCUGGCUAUCCACAGUUUAACUUUGAAAAUAUGUAGGCUAUGGCUAGGCACCAGCCACAGGAUGUGACAUGCAUCUAUAUCUGUAGCUUUGCAAAACAACCUGAUCUGUUUCAGAGCUGCUCUGUGUUUUCCCAAUUGGACUCAUUAUUUGGAUAUAACUUUCCAUCCCGUUUUUACAAAAGUGAAUGAAAUUUGCAGGCAUAGGAGAGGUGCCAAUCAGACUCUGGGCAAAUGCAUCCAGAGGUCUUUCUUCUUCUUCUUCUUCUUCUUCUUCUUCUUCUUCUUCUUCUUCUUCUUCUUCGCUGUUCUUGUUAAACUGUGGAGAGUCAGAGAUAUUUGACAAUGUUCUGCAAACCACCCAAAAAUCUACCGGUAGCUCCAGCCUUGCUUUCUGUCUGUCCCUGCUAUGCAAGUUACAGGCAUUCUGUGUUGGUCAUGGAGGGGGUUUUUGUCGUCUGUUUUUAAAGAACAAAUAGAUGUGGAAAAGGCUCCUUGAAGCUAGAAAGUCUGAAAAUCUUUUAAUUGAGCGGCAUUUGCGGUUUCGCUCCGGAGAAAUGUUUCAAUGUGUUUCUCAUUUCACAUCAAACGGCAUUCUUGAGAAUUUGUUUCUUCUGGAGUGGGAAAGAGCUGAACGGCUUGUUUGCUUUUCAAAACGCUUCCAUAUGCAUGCGUUCGAAAGGAAAUCCUUGCGAUAUUAUCUUUCCCCCUUUUGAAAUUUACCUUUUGCGCUCUCUCUCUCUCUUUGUUUAAUUCUGACGGCGUAUUUAUAACUGCGGGCCUCUGUUCGCAAAUCAAAAAUUUACCCAAGAAACAAACAAACAAACAAACCAUUGUCUGGAACAAUGGCUUUAAAAAUAGUCAUUAUCAAAGUAAUGAAGCAGAGAAUGGUUUAUCCCCCCAAUGAGGGGGUGGAAAUAGGGUUAUCUAAUUGUUCAAUCGAAAAGAAAGCAGGUCAGGUGGCCUUAUAAUGACACAGGGUUUGGAAAGCAGUUGUUCCAUUCAGAACUGGCGUCAAAGGUCCGCAUCAUUGGGCAUUUGAUGGUGACUCGUUAAGGGACCCACAGACAAGAGCCCCUCUGAAUCUGCUCCUACCACCCACUUCUUCUUCUUCUUUUGAAAUAUUUUUUAUUAUUCCCUACAGGGCCUGCAAGAUAGAGCUGUUCCGCCAGGCCUUUGGUCAGGGCGCAGCCUGACUCCCUCCUCUGGCAAUCUGCACAGAAUUUUGCUUAACGGUUGCCAUCAGUUUGAUUUUAAUUAAUUUUUAGAAUGAGAUGUUUUUAGAAUGUUGGAUUAUUUGAUUGUUGUUAGCCGCCCUGAGCCCGGCUUCGGCUGGGGAGGGCGGGAUAUAAAUAAAAAUUAUUAUUAUAAUUAUUAUUACACUGUUAUAACCUGCAUGUUCACCCACCUUUUUUUUAAAAAAAAUAUUUAUUUGGUUUUUCAACUUAAAAUUUUGCAGAGAUAUAUCAAGCAUAAAUCAUAAAAACAGGAAUCUCCUGGAGUUUGUGGGUCCUAUUAUUAAACAAUUCCUCCUGCAUCUUUUAUGAUAAUCCAAACCUUUUACCUCUUCCAUUAUGUCCAGAAUUAACCUUAAACUACAAGUGAUAUUCCUAUCCUACUUUUAACUGUUUACAAUGGUCUUUAAGAUAAGUUGUUUUUUUAAAAAAAAAUCCCAUUCCUUGUUAAAAUUUUGGUCUUUCUUAAUUCUGACUCUUCUGGUCAUUUUAUCCAUUUCUGCAUAGUCCAUUAACUUCAUCUUUCAUUCUUCUCUGGUAGGGACUUUAUCUUCUUUCCAUCUCUGGGCCAAUAACAUCUGUGCAGCCGUGACCACAUACAUAAAUAGUCUUUUCUGUUCAUUUGGGAUUUCGGCACCUAGAAUUCCUAAAAGGAAGGCUUCGGGCUUUUUAACAAAGGUUAUUUUAAACAUUUUUUUCAACUCAUUAUAUAUCAUUUCCCAAAAUCUUUUUACCACCUUACAGUUCCACCACAUAUGAUCAAAUGUUCACCCACCUUUUCCUUUGGGCCAGACAGGUGGUGGUGUUGAGCUGCUAGGAAUCACAAGAACUUCGGAUGGCAAAACACAAUGAUGGAUUAGAUGGGUCUUUGGCCAGAUUCAACAGGGCUCGUCUGAUGUUGUUCACAACACGGGUCCUUCUCACUCAAAGAGCUGCCAACUGGCCUUGCCAACAAUGCCUAGGCUUUCAAAUGUCACAUCAGCAGUAUGGAAUUAAGCUGCUACAUUUCCAAGCACAAUUCAAAAUGUUGGUGCUGACCUUGAAAGCCCUAAAUGGCCUUGGCCCAGUAGACCUGAAGGAGAAUCUCCACCCCCAUCGUUCAGCCCGGACACUGAGGUCCAGCUCCAAGGGCCUUCUGGUGGUUCCCUCCCUGCGAGAAGCGAAGUUACAGGAAAGCAUGCAGAGGGCCUUCUCGGUAGUGGCGCCCUCCCUGUGGAACGCCCUCCCACCAGAUGUCAAGGAAAUAAAUAACUUCAUGUAUGUGACAGCGGCCACGAGAGUUUUAAUAGCACAAGGAUGGAAGACUGAAGAAACCCCAACUAAAGAAUCAUGGCAAGAAAAAUUGAUGGACUAUGCAGAACUGGCAAAACUGACAUAUAAGCUACGGGACAAGGAUAACUGUGACUUUAAAGAUGAAUGGGAACCCUUUGAAGUAUUUGAAGACGCAACAAAGCGAACGGAACUCCUUGGCUGGCUUUGAAUAAACAUUCACAAACUUUUUUAUUGAUAAUAAUCAGCUAAAUAGUUUGAGGAUCUAUACAACAGUGUAACAAGCAGAAAACAGCAUUCUUAAAGAAAUCAAAGACUGGAACUGAGGGAAGUCGGGGGUGGGGGUGGGUGGGUUUUGUGUGGGAGGGUGGGGGGAGGGAGGAAAAUGGGGGGGAGUAAGGAUGAUAAGUUUCUGGAUAAUAUGUUUUGUUUUAAUUUUGAAUAAAAAAAGUUUUUUUAAAAAAAGAAAAGCAAAUAAACAACUAUCUGCCUUUUAGAAGACAUCUGAAGGCAGCCCUGUUUAGGGGAGUUUUUAACGUGUGAUGUUUUACUGUGGUUUUAUUAUUAUUAUUUUAUUAGAUUUAUAAACUGCCCUUCAUCAUAAGAUGUCAGGGCGCUUCACGGAAUAAAAACCAGUAAAUAAGUAAAGCAAAACAGCAAAACAAUAACGCCCUCCUUCCCACAGACACAUUUAAAAGGCUGUAGAGUAUCACGUUGAAGAGGAACGUUCUCACCUAGCAAAAUAAUUUGCUGGAAGCCACCCCGAGUAGCUGGGGCAAUGCAGUCAGAUGAGUGGAAUAUAAAUAAAUUAUUAUGAUUGUGAUUUUUGCUAGGAAACAGAAGCGACAUUUGAAGGGACUUUCCUCCCACUUCUUAAAAUGCUUAUGGUCUUCCACAGUGAAAAUAAGAUUGAAAGAGCCUCCGGGCAUUAUCCAGUUGUGAAAAUAUAACCUUGUCCUAAAUGUGUGCACUUUUUUCCCCUCCUCUUUGCUCAGGUUGGCUGUUACCUGAAGACCCCCAAGUUCCCAAUCUGGGUUGUGUGCAGCGAAAGCCAUUUCAGCGUGCUCUUCUGCUUGCGGAAGGAUCUGCUCGCAGACUGGAAAACCGAGAGGCGGUUUGACCUCUAUUACUACGACGGCUUAGCCAAUCAGCAAGACGAGAUCCGUCUAACCGUCGGUAGGGAGACAAACAAAAGAUUGAAACUGGGGUGGGCGUGUGAUUUUUAAUCGUGCAUUUCAUGAAGAGACUUAGGGUGCCUUCAGACGUCUCAUCCCUGAUUUUCCAAACCAUGUUUUGGAAGGCAAGGACAAGUUCUGUGAGCUCCAUUCCUCCCCUUCUCUUCCCUCUUGGCAUGCCCAGCUGAAUAAGUUUGAUCAAACCACAGUUUGCUUUUACAUUUGAGCGAGCCAGCAAACUAUGGUUUAAGACAGCUUUUCAAACCAUGAUUUGAUCCUGGUCUUCAGUUCUGGUUUGAAGGACUCACUCCCUUACAUCAUCCCAGUUCACACAAAAAGCAGGUGAAAUUGUGGAAUGAGCCUCACCUGCUUAAUUCUUGCACAUCAACCUGUUGCUACAAGCACAGCAGCAGGGGCUAUUGGGAAAACAGUUGGCAACCCCUAGCUUAAAGUCUUCCCACAUUGCAUUGCUCAGUCUCACUGUCUUGAAAUUUGCAAAAUCCUAUUUCUGGAUCACCAUUCAAAACAGAUGCAAUUUCAUGGUGGCAUCCGUCAACUCUCCUUAUUUACCAUCCCGGACUCCUUAAACUUUGGGUUCCGGCAUGUGGUUGACUACAACUCCCAUCAUCCCCAGCCCAGUGGUCAUGGAUGAUGGGAAUUGUAGUCCGUAGCUUGAGAAAAGCUGCUUCCUGUUGACUUCCUGCAGCUGUGGUUCAUGUACUAAGUUUCACUUUAGACGCCUUCAUAACUCUGGCUUUUUUUUACAUUUUUCACCCCCAGCCUGCUGCCAGGGUACCUGCAAGGCUCAAACUUUUCCAGCCCUUUCCUUGUUCUUCGGCGUAUUGUCGCGUCGCAGUUUGAACGGAGGAAAACUCUUUGCUUUCAUUCCAAAUGCACCCACGCGUCUAACCAUCCUGGCAACCGCGGCUGCCAGUAGCUCCAGAGCUGUGGGCUUCUAUUCAUAGAGGAAUGGCAGGGGAGAGAGGCAGUGGGUGUUGUGAAACAGAGAGAUGUCGUUCAGCCGACGGGAAAACGAAGCCGCAGGGGAGUGGAAUUUGGUGCUGAGCUCUGAAAUUCUCCCCCACCUCCCUUCUGGUUUCCAAAAGCAUUUGACCCCCCCAGGGCUGGGCCCUGCCUCCCUCUUUCUCCCUUUAUCAUAUUGCCAGAAGUGGCCCGAAUUUAGGGCCCAAAUAGAUGGCGCUUCAGUUUCGUGGCUGGCAGAACCGCCUGGCUUUUAUUUUAAAAAGUCCCAGUUCCCUGCCUGGCCGGAGGGUGCGAUACUUUUCCGUACUGCAACCACACAGGGAGGGGAUGCUUAACCCUUCCCUCCCCAGCCAUGAUCCUGAUAAAAAUCCACCCACCCUUUGCACAACAAUUACCAUGAUGAAUCUUUAAGUGGUAUUUUAAUCAAUUGUUUUUAUACCUGGUGUUAGCCACCCUGAGCCCGGUCUUGGCUGGGGAGGGCGGGGUAUAAAUAAAUUAUUAUUAUUAUUAUUAUUAUUAUUAACAUUUGCAUAUGUCCCCAAAAUGUUGGGCUACAGCACUUUCAGGAAAACUGACCAAGGAAGUUAAAGCUCCACCUGGAAAAAGAGAGAAGGAUUUUAUAGAGACAGAAUGCUUUUGCCUGGCUGGGAUAAGUCUUUGAAUUCUGAAGCUGCCACUUGCUUACCUGGGUGAUGGAGAGAUGUUUAUGUCUAGAAACCUCUGGCUUGAUAGCUCAGUCGGUAGAGCAUGAGACUCUGAAUCAUAGGGUUGCGGGUUCAAGUCCCGUGUUGGGCAAAAGAUGCCUGCAUUUCAGGGGUCGCAGUUGCUGCUCUGCUUGCUUUUGCCUCUGGUCACGCUCAACAAAGGCGCCCCCAAAAUGUUGCCCCCAAGGCCCAUGUCCUGCAGAGGGUGGGGUGUGAAUCCCACCCCUGCUUUUUCUACACCCAGUUCCUCUGUCAAAGGGACAAUCAGAUUUCUCCAGCCCGAAGAUAGGAAAGGGGAAAUUCCUUUUAGAACACAGCAACAGGGCCAGAUUCAGACAUGCUGGAACCAAGUACUUUUCAAAAAACACACACAGAGUUCUUUUUGUUGGAGAUAAUUCAGGUGGAAAUUCCCAGGUGCCAAAAAAGGUUGUAUAUGUAUGCCACUAAAAGGGAUGCGGGUGGCGCUGUGGGUUAAACCACAGAGCCUAGGACUUGCCGAUCAGAAGGUCGGCGGUUCAAAUCCCCGUGACAGGGUGAGCUCCCGUUGCUCGGUCCCUGCUCCUGCCAACCUAGCAGUUCGAAAGCACAUCAAAGUGCAAGUAGAUAAAUAGGCGGGAAGGUAAACGGCGUUUCCGUGCGCUGCUCUGGUUUGCCAGAAGCGGCUUAGUCAUGCUGGCCACAUGACCCGGAAGCUGUACACCGGCUCCCUCGGCCAAUAAAGCGAGAUGAACGCCGCAACACCAGAGUUGGUCACAACUGGACCUAAUGGUCAUGGGUCCCCUUUACCCCCCUAUGUAUGCCACUACUGCGACCCAUGUUUUGUUAGCCAAAAAAUGGAAAAUGAACGAGGUCCCAACUAAAGAGUGUUGGCAACUUAAACUAAUGGAAUAUGUGCAACUUUAAGACCUAACAUAUAGAAUAAGAGAACAAGAAGAACAAGAAUAAAGGAAAUUGAAACAUGUUUAUUUAUUAUAUGGGGGAAAUUGUGUACACUUGAAAACGUCGGCAGCAUUAAGAUAAAUUCAACAGUGUAAACAAGUUUUGAUGGAUGUAAUAAUGGAAUACUGAAUGGUUUUGUUUAUGUAAAAUAUGCAGGGAUUUAUGAUAUGCAAAAUGAACCAUGGAAAGAGAAGAAGAGAAGUCACUGACAUUUUAAGGUUGUUUAAAUGAAUAUUCCAAAUUGUAAAACAGAAAAUUUAAUAAAAAUUAUACCAAAAAAAAAAACAAAAAAACAUGCUGGAAUCCCAAGCCAAGUCAAGUUUAAGAGGCCCCAUAGCACCACCAGGAAAAUGUGCAUUAUUCUAACGAAACGACAAUGGAAAUAGAAACAAGAAAGCGAUAAAUUUGCACAUAUCCUGGUGCACAGGCAAGGAUGCAACCAAAAAAAUCAGCAGCCUAAGUAAGAUGAGACUGAAGGAUGAUUUGAGUCAGCCUUUCUUCAGGUUAAGACUGGGUGUGGUCUUGACCAAAACACUGGGCCUAAAGAAAUUUUGCUGUAAAGCAAAAGACUUAUUUCUGCACAGGUAUCCAAACAUAAUAUAACAAAGUAAUCGUGCAGCCGUUAAGUAUGCUUGAUCCACUCACAUGCAACAUUAAUGGAUGCCUGAUUUUUCCCCUGUAGAUACCUCACAGCCUUACAUCGAAGGAAAGGAUAAUGACCUCAUCCCACCGCUGGAACACUGCAUUCGGACCAAGUAGGUGAAAUCCAGCAUUAGGGAAGGGAGAGCCAACGUGGUGUAGUGAUUAAGAGUGGUAGAUUCGUAAUCUGGUGCACCAGGUUCGCUUCCCCGCUCCUCCACAUGCAGCUGCUGGGUGACCUUGGGCUAGUCACACUUCUCUGAAGUCUCUCAGCCUCACUCACCUCACAGAGUGUUUGUUGUGGGGGAGGAAGGGAAAGGAGAUUGUUAGCCGCUUUGGGACUCCUUAAGGGGAGUGAAAGGUGGGAUAUCAAAUCCAAACUCUUCUUAAUCAUCUUCUCUUCCACUUACCAGAAUUAUUUUGUCAUGUUCAUAUUUUUUCAAGCAAGUUGCAUGUCUUCAGUGCCAGAUACGUGCUUGCAGUCAAUUAGUCCCUUUGGUAGGACUUCAUAGUCAGAUGGUAGUUGGGAAGCCUUGCAGGCCGAAAAUGCAGGUGGCAUCUCUCAGUUCUACGUCUCCCAACAAUGCCAGCUAAAUUGCACGCUGCUUAGCAAAAGGCGUUAUCUGCAGCCUAUGUGCGAUUUUCAGAGAACGUGAGGAGUCUUUUCAGCUGCCAUUAAAGCCUUUGUUCAAACAUCACAACCUGUUUUGUUGCUAAUACACCUGCCUAAUUGUCCCCCUCCUCCCUUAGACUCUCUUUUCCUUACACUUUUAUAAUUUCCAGGUGGUGGAUUUUCAGAAGGUUAGAUAAAAUAAGUGUCGUCUGCAAACACACACUUUCGUUUAUGUAUUUAUCUUUGUCCUGCUGGAAUCUCUGUUCAAACACAUUCAAGGGUUUUUUAAAUGCUUCAAAAACCUGGCUAACUUGUUUGGCCAGAGAUAAUGCGACCAGAGGGACGCGGGUGGCGCUGUGGGUUAAACCACAGAGCCUAGGACUUGCUGAUCAAAAGGUUGGCGGUUCGAAUCCCCACGACGGGGAGCUCCCGUUGCUCAGUCCCUGCUCCUGCCAACCUAGCAGUUCGAAAGCACUUCAAAGUGCAAGUAGAUAAAUAGGUAUCACUCCAGCGGGAAGGUAAACAGCAUUUCCGUGCGCUGCUCUGGUUUGCCAGAAGCGGCUUAGUCAUGCUGGGCACAUGACCCGGAAGCUGUACGCCGGCUCCCUUAGCCAAUAAAGCGAGAUGAGUGCCGCAACCCGAGAGUCAGUCACGACUGGACCUAAUGGUCAGGGGUCUCUUUACCUUUACCUUUAAUGUGACCAGCAGCCAAUUGGGGUUCCUCUUCAGAACAUCCGAAAACUUAUCUGAUAUGUUACCCAAAUAUUCAGCCUUCACAGUUCAUGUGCAGAUGACACACCAACUCUCUCCACUCCUCUACAAGGGACUAUUUUUCUCUUGGCAGGGCUCCUGUGCUUUUAACAGUUGCAUGACAGCCAGAAAUUCAACAGGCACUGUUUUUCCUCCAGCAUGGAUCUGAUGGCAAUGGGGGAAUCCUUGCGCAAUGAAUGUUUUGUGUGGUCCUUCCAUGGAGGAUUGGGACAUGGGUGGCGCUGUGGGUUAAACCACAGAGCCUAGGGCUUGCCGAUCAGAAGGUCAGCGGUUCAAAUCCCCGCGACGGGGUGAGCUCCCGUUGCUUGGUCCCUGCUCCUGCCAACCUAGCAAUUCGAAAGCACAAAGUGCAAGUAGAUAAAUAGGUACCGCUCCGGUGGGAAGGUAAACGGCGUUUCCGUGCACUGCUCUGGUUCGCCAGAAGCGGCUUAGUCAUGCUGGCGACAUGACCCGGAAGCUGUACCCCAGCUCCCUCGGCCAGUAAAGCAAGAUGAGCGCCGCAACCCCGAGAGUCGUCCGUGACUGGACCUAAUGGUCAGGGGUCCCUUUACCUUUACCUUACCCAUGGAGGAUUAACGAAACGUUUUGUUAUUUUGUGUGAAUUCAUAAACGGUGUGAUGUUGUCAUUUUUAUGGGUGGCAUUCCAUGCUAGUCCUACUCUGAUGUGUGACUAAUUUAGUAAAGGGGCCCCUGACCAUUAGGUCCAGUCGUGACCGACUCUGGGGUUGUGUCGCAGGGAUUCGAACCGCCAACCUUCUGAUUGGCAAGUCCUAGGCUCUGUGGUUUAACCCACAGCGCCACCCGCAUCCCAUUUGACUAAUUUAGUAGGCCUGACUAUUUAGGCUCAUUGAUUUCAGUGGAUUUGGUAUACCCUAUGUUUUUAAAUGUGUUGCAAAUCCCUAAGAGCAAACCCUACUGCUGGGGUGUCUCCUGUUGUCCUCCUCUGACAUGUAUGAAAUGAAAAUCUGGGAGACACGAACCCACACCCCUUCCUCGUGCUGCUUCCAGCCUCAGACUGCAUUGCAACUCCCAUCACCUGUGCGAGAAGCUCAGUUCUGAUCCGAGAGACGAAAGGAAUGUGCCUUUCUGGAGUUUCCCCCCCGGAAUGUCAUGUGGCCGUAAUGUAUUCCAUCGCCCCAAGGAAUAAAAAAGAGAGGGAGAGAGAGGCUCAUAUCACGCUCCUGAUCCUCCUGUUGUUUACUGUCUCCAGCAAGAGGAAAUAACUUCUGUUAGCUCUGCCGAAGGGUAGGCUGCAACUUUGAUCUCGCCGUGAUCUCUAAGGCAGCUGUAUUAUUUUGUUAACUCCUGAGGCCUGCCUCUCCUGGAAUUCCCUUGGCUUGGAUGCAUAUCUCUGGAAUGCAAAGGUUCCAGUCCAGCCCCCUUGCAAUGGAGGCAUCUUUUGCUCAACGUGGGGCUAAGAGUCUCAUGCACUACCGACGGAGAUAUCCCAAGGCAGCCUCCCCACAACCUGGUACCCUCCAGAGGUUGUCAGACUACAACUCCCACCUGUCAGUACGCCUUUCAACCGAUGUCAGCGACUGGGCUUAACAACUGGUUCUGCUUUGACCGGGCUAGGCCACUGGAGCACUUUCAGAGACCUUCCAGUUCUGGAAAGCAGGUCCCAGUGUACUGGACCCACAACUGUGCAUUGUGAGCACCAGACUCGUGCAAAGUAUAAAUAACGCGGAAGCUAGCUGUGAAGCAUAACUGCUUUUCUUUAUAAUAGCUACUACAAACUAAAGAACUACAAACUAAAGAACAAUCUCUUUCAUUGUGGCAGGGAGUUCCAGAGAUGCCACAAUGAAAGAGAUUGGCUCCUCACACAAGUGCAGCAUAAGGCCCCUUAGGUUCAAAGUUUCCAAGUCGGCAUAUAUAUAGCUAGAGAUGUGAAUCUGUGCCACCACUGUUCCAUCUUAGUCAAGGUCUGUACAGACAAAAUCAGAAGAUUGCUGUUGUUGUUUAGUCGUUUAGUCGUGUCCGACUCUUCGUGACCUCAUGGACCAGAGCACGCCGGGCACUCCUGUCUUCCACUGCCUCCCGCAGUUUGGUCAAACUCAUGCUGGUAGCUUUGAGAACACUGUCCAACCAUCUCGUCCUCUGUUGUCCCCUUCUCCUUGUGCCCUCAAUCUUUCCCAGCAUCAGGGUCUUUUCCAGGGAGUCUUCUCAUGAGGUGGCCAAAGUCUUGAGCCUCAGCUUCAGGAUCUGUCCUUCCAGUGAGCACUCAGGGCUGAUUUCCUUCAGAAUGGAAAGGCUUGAUCUUCUUGCUGUCCAUGGGACUCUCAAGAGUCUCCUCCAGCACCAUAAUUCAAAAGCAUCAAUUCUUCAGCGAUCAGCCUUCUUUAUGGUCCAGCUCUCACUUCCAUGCAUCACUACUGGGAAAACCAUAGCUUUAACUAUACAGACCUUUGUUGGCAAGGUGAUGUCUCUGCUUUUUAAGAUGCUGUCUAGGUUGUCUAUCAGAAGAUAGGUUCAGGAUAAUCAUCUGACCCUACAAAUACGUAGUGGAAAUCAAAGAAGUCAUACGAUUCCUUCAUCCCGUUUAUUUGCACAUUCAAAACAACUUAUGAAGAAGCAAAAACCAAGCAAACACGCAAGGCAAAAGCUGCAUGAUCUGCAACAGGGUUUCCCAAACUUGAGUCGCCAGCUGUUUUUGGACUACAACUCCCAUCAUCCCUAGCUAGCAGGACCAGCGGCUGUGGAUGAUGGGAAUUGUAGUCCCAAAACAGUGGGAGACCCAAGUUUCUACAACAUCUGUGUGCGGAGUUACAGUGGGAAGAACAGAGACCCGGAGAGGCCUCUGUGUCUUUUAAAAAACAGAUACGUGUUUGGAGGACAUAAAAGAAGUUAAACAAGUUGUGCUGUUGCCAUUCCCGGACUGACUCCCGAGUCAAUUAAGGCGGCAAACCUGUGCUGUUACAAAAGCUUUUAGAAGCGAGAAUUGACUCUCCAUUGAACUCCCAAGUGUAUUUCAACGAUUCUGGCUCCUCGCUGGAGCUCCUUUGAAGUCAUAGCCAUAAAUAAACACGACUGUCAAAAGGCUCCUUAAGAGAACAAUCGGUCGAGGCUGAUUCAAGCCUCGGGGUAUUUUUGUGAAGGCCACGGGCAGGAAGCAUUUGCUGAUGAGCUCCCAUUGUAAUGGCGGUUCAUGUGACAUCGUUGGGCCGAAGCUCUCCUCCUGAGAGGGUUUGCCCGCCUCAUUCAGUCGCAGAAUCUUAAUUCUCAACUCAGGAACAACAGUUCCGUUAUGUAAGGCGAGUGAGAGGCGACAGGAUGGUAGCAGGGCGUGGAAAAAGAGAAGCUUUUUUCCCUCCCUCUCUCAUGAAACUAGAAUUUGUAGACAUCUAGCAAGGCCAGAUUAAGUCCUUUAGAGGUCCUAAGUCAUGGGUAGGCAACCUAAGGCCCGGGGGCCGGAUCUGGCCCAAUCGCCUUCUAAAUCCGGCCUGCGGACAGUCCGGGAAUCAACAUGUUUUUACAUGAGUGGAAUGUGUCCUUUUAUUUCAAAUGCAUCUCUGGGUUAUUUGUGGGGCAUAGGAAUUUGUUCUCUCCCCCCCCCCCCAAUAUAGUCCGGCCCCCCACAAGGUCUGAGGGACAGUGGACUGGCCCCCUGCUGAAAAAGUUUGCCGACCCCUGUCCUAAGUGCUUAAAAGAUUUUGGUGCCCCUGUAUAUAUCUGAUUCGAAAUAUAAACAACAAUAAAGCUUAAAAUAAAAUUUGAUUUUUCGAAAUGAAACGAAACCUACAGUAAGAGGGGAAAUAAUGCUCAUUUUGGUGUAUUUGUAUAAAAUAACGUUUAUUUUUGUUCAGCUGCGCCAUUAUUUUUGUUCAGCUGAGAUUCUUGUAUUUUCAGGGGGUUGGACUAGAUGACCCUUGGUGUCCCUUCCAGCCCCACAACUCUGUGAUACAGUCCAUGGUAAAUCCGGCAAUGGGAAAAUAUCUGGGGUGCCGCCCUUCCCUCGAUGCCCUGAGCACGUGCUUGUUUUGCUUAAAAUGCCGAUUCUAGCCCUGACGUCCAGGGAAGCUGAAGGCUGGACAUUCGGGGCAGACAAAAAUAAAGUACUUCUGGACGCAGCACUUUGUUAAACUGUGGAACUCACGUCCACAGGAGGCAGUGAUGGACAGCAACUUAGAUGGCUUUGAAAGAAGACUGGCUGAGCUCACAGAGGAGGAGAGGGCUGUUGACGGAUGUCAACCAUGACGGCUAUGCUCUGGCAUCAUAGAUUCGUGGAAUUGUAGAGUUGGAAGGUACCCCAAGAGUCAUCUAGUCUAACCCCCUGCAAUGCAGGAAUCUCAGCUAAAGCAUCCAUAAAGGUCCAUAAAUAGCAAUGCCCUAGAGGUCCCGGGCCCUAAGGAAGUCAGAUUAGCCUCAACCAGAGCCAGGGCCUUUUCAACACUGGCUCCGGCCUGGUGGAACGCUGUGUCUCAAGAGACCAGGGCCCUGCAGGAUCUGAUUUCUUUCCGCAGGGCCUGUAAGACAGAGUUGUUCCGCCUGGCCUUUGGCUUGGAAUCAACGUGAUCCCUUCCCCCUCUUUCCUUUUUCCUUUCUCCUUCUGUGGUGGAACUCCUAUUUGGGGAUUUCCCUGGCUUUUUUUCUGGCCCACGUAGGACCAGUCUGGAUAGUUGGCCUUGGUGAAGACUUGACGUCUUCAUCCCCCCAAAAGUUUUUGAUUUGAGUUUCCACUGAAAUGAGGCUGCAUUUUAAUGUUGUACUUUAACCUUGUUUUUAAGUUGUAUUUUAAUCCAUUGUUUUUAUACCUGGUGUUAGCUGCCCUGAGCCUGGUCUUGGCUGGGGAGGGUGGGGUAUAAAUAAACUAUUAUUAUUAUUAUUAUUAUUAUUAUUAUUAUCUCUGCUUCAAAACCUCAAAGGGAGGAGAGCCAGAGGCAGGUCAUGCUUCUGAAUACCAGUUGCUGGAAGCCCCAGGAGGCUUGUUGUUUUUCCAGCUGCAUGUUGCUUUUCACGGUCAGCUGUUAAUUUCUCCUUCAACCGGUCCUCACCAGUCUUGUGGUAAUUCCACCUUUGUUGUUGUUUUUUAGUCGUUUAGUCGUGUUCGACUCUUCGUGACUCCAUUGACCAGAGCACACCAGGAACUCCUGUCUUCCACUGCCUCCCGCAGUUUGGUCAAACUCAUGCUGGUAGCUUCGAGAACGCUAUCCAACCAUCUCGUCCUCUGUUGUCCCUUUCUCCUUGUGCCCUCCACCUUUCCCAACAUCAGGGUCUUUUCCAGGGAGUCUUCUCUUCUCAGGAGGUGGCCAAAGUACUGGAGCCUCAGCUUCAGGAUCCGUCCUUCCAGUGAGCACUCAGGGCUGAUUUCCUUAAGAAUGGAUAGGUUUGUUUUUCUUGCAGUCCAUGGGACUCUCAAGAGUCUCCUCCAGCACCAUAAUUCAAAAGCAUCAAUUCUUCAGCGAUCAGCCUUCUUUAUGGUCCAGCUCUCACUUCCAUACAUCACUACUGGGAAAACCAUAGCUUAUUCCACCUUAAAACCCAUCAAAGUAAACAAUUCUGCUUUGCCUUUAGGUGGAAAGGCGCCGUCGUCGAUUGGAACGGCACAGAACCCAUCCUGUGAUGACUGUGGCCCGCAGCGACUGAAAACCAGCCUGUUCCCACAGCGAUAGGAAACCACGGAAGGUGCCGUGCCUGCUUCCAUCGCAUGCGACGAGGCCGAAGGAUGUUUCAGGAUUCCAUCACUCCUCCUCCCAUUGUUGUAAACAAGCGGCCGUGCGCACACGCGCAUCUGGGCCUGCGCUGCGUGCCGCGUGUGAAAAUGGAGAGCCAACCUUGACAGCCAAAACAAGCUGCGGGGAGAGAGCAGUAAAUCUGUCAACAUCUACUCAAGUUCCGUUUCUGAAUCCAAUCCACGUCCUGCGAUUGUAUCUGCUUCUAAACAACGCCGACUGCGCCCACAGUUGGCUGUUUUUCACUGUCUCCGUUCUAAAUCAAGGAAACCGGAGUGCACAAACACACAAAAACUGUUCUUCCUAAUAGUGUGAUCAAGCAUUAGGCUAACUUAGUGGCUCCCCACACACUCUGGACCAAAGGGUAUCACUGCCAACGCUUACUAUUAUUUUCCCUCUUUUUUUCUUCCCCUUUUGUUGGUCCUUUGACUCCUGGCUACCGAGAGACCCAAGUCAAGAGCAGGCAUAGGCAAACUCGGCCCUCCAGAUGUUUUGGGACUACAACUCCCAUCGUCCCUGACCACUGGUCCUGUUAGCUUGGGAUGAUGGGAGUUGUAGUCCCAAAACAUCUGGAGGGCCGAGUUUGCCUAUGCCUGGUCAAGAGCAUUGGUCCUCCCUUAAUUCCGCCAAGGAAGGCCUCAGUGGGCCCAUUUGGAAUGCCGAGAAAGUGCCGUGGGUGCCCGUCACAAAAUGGCAGCCGUUGGGUGGGAGGUGACAUAGCACAAAAUGGCUGCUGCGGUAGUGUGGCGUAAUGGCUGCCACUUCUUAGACAGAUGAAUACGAAACAGGGUCACAAAAUGGCGGGGGCCUACCCCACCGCCAGCCAGCCAUCCCAUCAAUAGGGAAGAAGACGCCACACAGGGUAGGCAUCCAAUCCUACCACCCAGUGAAAUGUCAUGUUUUAAGGGGGCAUGUCCAGUGUAGAGGAGGCUGAGCCAGCACACACGGGAGCUGAGGUCAAAGAGAAUUUUUGAGGUGAUAUUUAUGGAGACCUUUAUGGAGGUACUGGUGGGUAUACUGGUACCUGCACUAAGGGGCACCUUAUCUAAGCCGCAAAAUAUUGUUGGACAAUGAGAACUAUCUGGUUGUAAUUCUUAAGCAUUAAAGGCCACCCACUGCAAGCUAGGUCACAAUACAUCGUCGUGAUCUGCAUCUAAGUGUGCUUUUGAAACAAUCUAGAUAUUAGAAUCAUGACGGCUGGCUUGCCCAAACAUCAGAUUUUAUGGUCUUUUUAAGGAGCUGCCAGGACUUGAACUGCGAGUAUCCCCACAGCCUAUCCGUUCAACUUCCCUAGUCCUGCGGAUUUAUCCACCGGCCAAACCAAACUGGUGCAGCGAAGACGACUGAGUUGCAAAAAUUGAACAAAAGCUUUAUCGAGGACGCACCCACAGUGUGACCCUGACCCUGCCCAGACUUCGCAGAAGCAGAUAAAAAAUAGGUGAAAAUAAAGGUUUCUUACUCUUCCAAAGACACAAUCUUCCACUGGGGAAGGUAGCUAGAUUGUCAGCCCCGAUCUCAGUGGAUAACCAACAAUGCAACAAAGCAAGUCCCCCUUAGAAAUUCCACCGGGAUCCAAGUCAAGAGAGUCACCCAAGCUUCUCUCGCCAUCCCUUUUUAUGCCAUUGCUUGUGCCCCUUUGUCAAUCCCUGAUUGUCUCUCUAACAUUUACCUCCGGGUCUCAGGCACAGCUUCUGUCUGUCAGUCAGAAGCUCCAGGAAGUACCUAUAUCAGGCACCCCCAACCUUCGGCCCUCCAGAUGUUUUGGACUACAAUUCCCAUCAUCCCUAACCACUUGGUCCUGUUAGCUAGGGAUCAUGGGAGUUGUAGGCAAAAACAUCUGGAGGGCCGCAGGUUGGGGAUGCCUGACCUAGUUAUUUGGGUACUUCCUGUGUCAAGGUUCACGUAGUAUUCAUCAGUGUGCAGAGUGGCCUAAACGCUAACUGGCCCUUUGUUUCCUAUUUUUGCUCCAGCCCAGGAGUGGGGAACCCCUGGUCCUGGGGGCAAAUGUGGCCUGCCAGCUCUCUAUCUCUGGCCCUUAGGAUUCCUCCCCCAGCCCAAACAGGGCACACCCCUCACCGGCCCUGCUCUGCACCUUAAGUGCUUUUGCCUGGCUGGAAUCUGCCCCUUGUUUGCCUGGAUGGAGGGAGAGCUGUGUACAGAUACCUCUGACUUGUGCAGCUGGAAUGUAGCCUAUAAUAACAAAAGUUAAGAGUCAGGUCCAUUGGCCCUUCUACCAUUGGCCCUUCAGCCUCUUGGGCUGAAAAUGGUUCCCGCCACCACUGUCCUACCCUAACCGCAAGCUAUAUUUCCUGCUGCACUGCAACCAGUUUUAUUAUUUAAAAAAAUGACAACCGCAACACCUCUUUCCACCUUUUCCACCACCUAAGGAGGCAGGGUCACAUUACUGACGCAGAUUUAUUGGCAUCUGUUGGGGAGAGCCAAAGUGAUACGUCUUCCAUCUGUUGAUGGACUCCAGCUCCCAUCAUCCCUGACCGCUGUCCAUGGUGAUCGGGGACGAUGGGGAUUGUUGUUAAACAAAACAGAGGGCACUGCUUUGGCUACCCGGUUAAUGUUUUGCCAGGGUUCUGAGCUCUGGGACUGGGUCACUCCCAUGUAAGGGUAAUAAUAAUAGUUUAUAACUUAUAACCUGUCCGUCUGGCUGGGUUGCCACUUUGGGCAGCUAGGGGACAUCUGAGUCCCUCCAGAUCAGGGAUAGGCAAACUCCGGCCCUCCAGAUGUUUGGGACUACAACUCUCAUCAUCCCUAGCUAACAGGACCAGUGGUCAGGGAUGAUGGGAAUUGUAGUCCCAAACAUCUGGAGGGCUGGGGUUUGCCUAUGCCUGCUCCAGAUAUUGCUCAAAUGCAUCUCCCAUCACCCCUGGCCAUUGAACCAAGGUCUGAUGGGAGUCAGGAGUCCAGUAGCAUCCACAGAGCACGAUGGUGGCUAUCCCAGUACAGUCAUACCUCGGGUUACAGAUGCUUCAGGCUGCAUUUUUUUGGGUUACGGACCCGCCAAAACCUGGAAGUACCCCAACGGGUUACUUCCGGGUUUCAGGGGCCGCGUUUGCGCAGAAGUGCUAAACCGCGCUUUGCGCAUGCACAGAAGCACUGAAUCGCAACCCGCACGUGUGCAGACGCGCCGCUGCGGGUUGCGAAUGUGCAUCCUGCACAGAUCACAUUCACAACCCGACGUAUGACUCUAUAAAUUGCUCCUUCAAGGCCUCGAAUCCCUGCAGCAAUUUCCGGCAACUGAUCCCACCUUAAAGCUGUUGGGAGUUAGCAUGUGAUGCUCAGUCACAGUGCAGUUAAGGUUGAAGCUAGGCCACAGCGUUGUGAGUUUCCUUUGCCCAGCUGGCAAGCCGUAAGCAGUGUGGAUUAUGGGCAGGGAAACGCAUCUCCAAGACAGUCCUGACUCACACAGGGCAUUCCAGCAGACAAUAUGGCUGGGAUUAAGGAGAGAAUUUGCCCAGGGGAGGAUGCUGAUCUCCGUGGUGACCGAAACGUCUAGACUGGGUCUCCAUCCCUAGAAGCGUUUCCAGUAAUUCUAUCAAAUGCAUUAUCUAGGAAUCUAUCGGAAAUAAAAUGACAAGAGGUGGGCGGUUUCUCUUGCGGCCUGUCAGUCUUCACUGGUGAAAAGAGCUUUGCCUUUUCCUGAUGAGACGCUGCCCGGUUCCUUCUAGUUGGAGCUUGGCAUGAAAUGUUCGUGGUCAACGUUGGGGCUGGAUUCUGUUAUUUCGGUGAAGUAGGUUUGGGGGUGGCAGCGGUUGGAUGUGGGGAGAAGUCAAAGGACUGCAGGCAGGUUAUCUUGUUCCCCGCUUGUGCCUUCGGUUUACCAGAAGUGAAAUGUGCCUUUCAGCAUAUCUUUUGAGUUACACUUUGCUAUAAUUUCCAUUAAGCAAAGCAAAUGCAUACGAUACUUAGCAGAAAUGUUUUCAGCAUAACAUAGUAGUACGUGCCUUUGGCGAUGCUCCUUGCAGCUCCAGAUUUUAUUUCUAAAGCAAAAUAUAUUGUACUUAGUGGACAUGCCAUUUUGUAAAUAAAAAAAGGCCCGGAGAUUAACACUAGGCAUUAUUAUUUAUUUUCCCCACAGAAGCAGCAAACGAAGGAAUUCAGGGUGGCUCUUGACUGUAUUUGUAGCAGGAAAGAAGACUUUCUCUUUUUUUUGAGGCCAUUUGUAGAAUUAACAAAUGAAUCAUACCAAAUAUGUUCAAACUACUGUUAGGAAAGCAUUUUCACACACCCUGGACUGCUCUUGCAAAUUCUCUUGUCAUGGUUUCAAAACACAUGAGAUGCAGCCCGGGGGGCUGAGGAGAAAAAUGUUUGAGCUGACAGGGAAGAUAAGUGGGGAAGGGGUGAUAAAAUAAGAUGCCUACUUCAGAUGUGAAGGGGGAAAGAUCUUUUGGCUAGUCCUGUCAAAACAACUUUGUAUCCCUCCUCCACCCCCACCCCCAAAAAGAAAAACUACGGCUGUUUUUUGAGGAACUGUGUGUGACAAUAAAUAACAUUUAAAAAUAGAAUUGCUGCCAAAUUCCACCCCAAGUGAGAGUUUUGGUGGGGCUGCC